UGCAAGCAAUGCUAUAAUCACGCUUUGUACAAGGUGAGUAACCUGGUAUCAACAGUUUUUUUAGUCUAAAUAUCCUCUCCAAGCAUAAGCGUCAUGGAUAAAGUGCCUAAAAGCAUCUGAAAGUGUAUAGAAGAAGAAAAUUAGAAUUAUUUCCUCCUUGUGCUAACCCAAUAACAUGACAGUGCAAUAAUUUUAUAACUAGUGGAACAUUCUUUUUCUUUUUAAGAACAUUUUUUAAAAGAUUAGCUAACCUCGGUAACGUGCUCUUAAAACUUCGUGAAUCAUUCAGCGCCUUUUGCAUUAUCUGAGCCAUGCAGUUUGAAAUUUGACUGUUGAUUCAAACAGCGGAACUUUUCAUGGUUCCCAACUCAGUUAGUAGAUGCAUAAAAAGACAAUUUCAACGCACAUUUUAAAACGCAAAAGGAAAGUUGUUUUAAUUGGCUAGAGAUGCCUUUAAUAUAUUUCGAAUGCAGCAAAAAUCCGUAUUUCAGAAUUAACCAGGUGGUCAAAAAGGGUCCCGUUUUGUUUUGUUUUUGCGUCCAAUUUCCUGGUUCUUUACCACCUUUAAAACUUGCUGAACCUUAUAAAGGCAUCGAAAAUGAAACCAGCUUUAUACAAACCGAACUAGCGACAAAACAUAUGUUUGACGUAAGUUGCAUGUUUUCACAACAAUAUCGAAUUUUUUGGUCAAGCAAUGUUGUUAACUUGGUUUCACGUAAGGAUGAAGGAAUAAAACCGAUCGUAUUUGGAGCAUUUUCUUGCAGAGAAAGUGCUUUUAAGUCAUGCGCGCGUUGGAAUAAAACACAUGUACGACAGUUUUUUGAAGGCUGUAUUAACUUGUAUUUUGUUAGAAAAUCUAGGUGAUAAGUAAUAAAUAAAUUGAAGUAUUGACCGUCUGAGAGCGGAUCUUAUUCGAAAAAAACAGUGGCAUCAAAAAGAUUUUAAAAUGACAACGCUGUCAUUUUGUCACUUUGGCAAUUUACAGUCACCGGUCGUUUUACAAUUAAAGCAACUUUGUAAAAGUUACUUGUUGUCAGUAACAUAUAUAACUUUGUGUGCAACGCCCAAAAAAAACCAUGACCGUUUUUAAUGCACAACUAUGAAACAAACAGGAAGUUGUUUAAAAUGGAUGGAGAUUUCUUUCUUUCUUUGCGUAUUUGCGUUUUCUACGUCAACUUGUCAUUCGUUACCAUGCAUUAAAUUUGCUUAAAGAAAGUUAAGACGACUUAAUAUUUUACAAACUUUUAAAGAAACUGCGUUAAUUCGCAAAUUUCUCAGCCAGUCUGGUCAAGAAAUACUCAUAGCUGGGCUUCAGCGUGAGGGUAAAGGCAGAAACUGAUCGCAAUUUGACCAUCUUAACUCUGCUGCGUAAUAAUGCAGCGGAUACAGCCUAGUAUGUUUUUUCGAAGUUUGACAGGGAAUCGCGUUUUUUCUUUUCCACUAGCUUUGAAAGAAACUGCAGUCGAACCUCUCACUAUGGGCCCCUCUUUACUACCUACAGUUCCAUUGGCUCUAAAUGUUUAACUCCAUAAUACAGAAAGUUAUGUAAUGCGGACACCUGGCUCUGUCGCUUUCACUGAAAUAACGUUGAAGUUGAAGUUGAAGUCUGUACGCAGGGGCAACCAGCGACGUCAUUUUCUCAAAUACUUUAGAAAUCUAUUUUAGGCCUUGAGAGUGGCUUUAAAUGCAUUCUAACCGGCGCCAUAAACGUUUUAUCUGUUUAAUGUAUCUUUUCUUAGGCCAUAAGAAGUAUUUGGAAUCCAUUAGGGUCGACUUGUUAUUUUCUCGAAACUAUUAGUUGAUAUAUUCAUACGUUUACGAAAACUUGAGAUUUUCUUUUACCUCCGUCCAUCACUAUUUUCGAAACUGAAGAUUUUGUUGGUCUUUUUUUUCAUGUAUUAUAGGCAAUUCUGGGAAGUGAAAUAUGAGAAACUAUCUUUCAAACAUCAAAGGGAAUGGAAGUUGAUAAAAAACAUGGAAGACCUUAGAUAAAUGGAAAAGCCACUUAGAAAAUUUUCCGGAUUUCUACAAGAAUAGACAUCUUAUUACUAAUUUACUGCAAGGCUGGCCCGCUUUUAAAAAGUACAUUUUUUACCGGAAAGAUCAUUCCAGAGAGUACAAGAUACGUACCUAAUAAACUAAAGAUAUAGAAUUCAAUCCGAAUAUGUUUCCACUUAACUCGGUGCAAUGUCUGUUUAAGAAUUCACAAUGAUAAGCAGACAGCCUACGCGGUGACUUUAACGAUAUCCACCAAAUGACAGAAUAAAUUGAGUCAAUGUUGUACAUCACCUGAAACCGAAAAAAACAAAGGGAAGGUACAUAGCUGAUUGGCUUUGAAGCCUGUUUUCCCAACUGUAUUUUCUCUGGAGAAAAAUUCCAUUUGAAAUGUGAAAGGCAGUGCAAAUUUAAUUGAAAAUGUUGUUUUCAUUAAGAGCAAUAAGUUUACCCGUCCAAUUUAAUUAUUCCGUGAGACGAAAGAAAAACGUUUGUCUUAACUCAGUAAAGAUGUGUGUUCUCUUGGUGUUUCACACAUUAUCCGGCCUUCACCCGGGGUCCAAACAAGAUUGUUAUAUUCUUAAGCAAUUUCAUGAUGCUUUAUUCUCCUUGGACUCAAAAUUUCUAGUGUAGGGGAUAAUUUUCUCCUCUUCAUUUUCAGUGUGAUCAUGAAUAGAAAUUAAAGAUAGCAAAUUGCUCUAACUGAUGUCGCACAUUCUGUUGUAUCGAUGGACAUAUGUCAAAAGUUUGAAAACACAACAAAUUGCACAAGAGGAUCCUUCUUUGCCUCAUUACAACGGUGGUUAGGACAAAAAAAAUCUCUUGCUCUUAACAAAAGCAUUUAGGUUUCCUUUUGGCGAACAAGCAACUAAUACAUUUCGCAUCCUUGUUUAGGAAUUAGAGUUUAUCUCAAUAACAAUAAAAUCAUCUAAUUUCUUACUUAGCUGUUAGGCAAGUAGCUGGGCAAAAAUUUUAAUUAUCCAAUAACUUACUGAUAAAGAGUAAAUUACAAUGGCAACCCUCAUCUAUCUUGUGUCCAUUUAAAUUUAAACCGUCAGUCAAUCAAUCAGCAGGACUUCGCUGUCUGUUUGUGGCAACCGACUUGCUUCAAAAUCCUGAGUGGGGACUUGGCAAUCUUCAUGAUCAUUUUUUUUGGCGUAAUAAUAUUUAUAUUAGCAAUAUUAAAAAGAAAUUAAAUAUUAACCUUCGAUUGACUUAAAAUGUUGUUGGCUCACCGACUUGGGAAAUUUCGUUCACCUUUAAAACACCAUUAUUCGUGCUUAUCUAUUCUUGAUAAGAGUACGAGUUAUUUGAGCUCAAUUUUUUGGGGUUUGGCUGCAGGUGUUUAAUAAAACACUAUUAAAGCUAGUCUUGGUAUAUUUUCGUGAAAGUUCGUCAUGCAAGCAAUGCUAUAAUAACGCUCUGUACAAGGUGAGUAACCUGGUAUCAACAGUUUUGUUAGUCUAAAUAUCCUCUCCAAGCGUAAACUUCAUGGAUAAAGUACCUACAGUAAGAGCAUGUCAGAGUGUAUGGAAGAAGAAAAUUAGAAUUAUUUCUUCCUUGUGCCAAUGCAAUAACAUGACAGUGAAAUAAUUUUAUAACUAUAAUAGAACAUUCCUUUUCAUUUCAAGAACAUUUUUUUAAAAAGUUAGCUUAGCUCGGUAACGUGCUCUUCAAACUUCUUGAAUCAUUCUGAGCCUUUUGCAUUAUCUGAGCCAUCUUGUUUGAAAUUUGACUGUUGAUUCAAACAGCGGAACUUUUCAUGGUUCCCAACUUAAUUAGUAGAUGCAAACAAAGACAAUUUCAACGCACUGUUUAAAACACAAAAGGAAAGUUGUUUAAAUUGGCUAGAGAUCCCCUUAAUAUAUUUCGUUUUGUUUUGUUUUUGCGUCCAAUUACCCGGUUCUUUACCACGUUUAAAAUUUGAAUAACCUUAUAAAGGCAUCGAAAAUGAAACAGCUUUGUACUAGGCGAACUGGUGACAAAACAUAUGUUUGACGUAAGUUUGUAUGUUUUCACAACAACUAUGAAAGUUUGUAUAUUUUCACUACAACUAUGAAACAAACAGGAAGUUGUUAAAAAUGGCGGGAGAUUUCUUUCUUUCUUUGCGUAUUUGCGUUUUCUACGUCAACUUGUCAUUCGUUGCCAUGGAUUAAAUUUGCUCGAGGAAAGUUAAGACGUCUUAAUAUUUUACAAACUUUUAAAGAAACUGCGUUAAUUCGCAAAUUUCUCAGCCAGUCUGGUCAAGCAAUAUUCAUAGCUGGGCUUCUGCAUGAAGGUAAAGGCACAACUUGAUCGCAAUUUGACCAUGUUAAUGACCAUGUUAAUGGGCAGAUACAGCCUACUAUGUGUUAGGGCGAGGUUUCACAGGGAAUCGCGUUUUUUCUUUUCCACUAGCUUUGAAACAAAAUGCAGUCGAACCUCUCAUUAUGGACCCCUCUUUACCACCUAUAUUUCCAUUGGCUCCAAAAUGCUUAACUCACACUUUUAGCCAUGAAAUGCGGACACCUAGCUCUAUCGCUUUCACUAAUGGAGUUGAAGUCUGUACGCAGGGGCUACCAACGACGUCAUUUACUUAAAUACUUUAGAAAUCUAUUUGAAGCCAUCUAGAGUGGUUUUAAAUGCAUUCUAAUCGGCGCCAUAAACCUUUUAUCUGUUUUGUCGUUUCCUAGGCCAUACGUUUCCUAGGCCAUACCAUUUGGAAUCCAUUGGGGUCGACUUGUCAUGUGCUCAGAAAUAUUAGUUGAUAUAUUCAUACGUCACGAAAAUGUGAGAUUUUCUGUUACCUCCUUCCAUCACUAUUUUCGAAACUGAAGAUUUUUUUCAAUUAUGCAUAGUAGCCAAUUCUGUGCAGAGAAUACGAGAAAGUAUCUUCCAAACAUCAAAGGGAAAAGAAAUAGCCAGAGAGAAAGUUGAGGCGAAAAGGGUCAGGGUUAUACAUCACCUGAAACCCAAAAAAACAAAAACAAAAGGGCGAUAUACAGUAGAUUGGCUUUGAAAAGCCGGGUUUUUCACCUGAGUGUAUUUGUACUGUAGAAAAAGUCUAUUUGAAAAGUGAAGGGCAGUGCAAAUUUCAUUGAAUAUGGUGACUAUUACCCUUACACUGAUAAAAAUGAAUAAACUACAAUUGCAACACACAAGUCCCGUUGUUUGAAAAUUAAGUAAACGAGAUUUUUACAGUCAGCUAGGGCAGGCGUUUGAUAGGUAAACAGGACAGAAGCAUUUGUAGUUGUUCUUGAAUUUCAUACAUUGUCUUUUAUUCGGCCCUACCAGACUGUGGGUUAGUUUUGACUUUCUUAUCGUUCGAAGUAUAUCAUGAAGGAAUACGUAAACUCAGUCUUUCGUUUUCCACCUUUGGUAAAACAAUUUUAACACGAUUCAGUAUUGCGGUGUUCGAAAUUACAACCUACACUGUAUGUAGAAACGUUCCUCCGUUGAUAGGGCAGUUCGAAAAAGGCUCACGGUUGAAAGGCCAAUUUUCUAUCCUGUUGAAGCAACAGAGGAGAAAGAGUGAACACGAAUAUAGUUUCAAAGUCAUGUGAUCAUUACGGUACGCCCCCGUGGGUUUUUCACUGCUUAUCGUAUCGAGAACACCACGCACUGUGCUCUUUCUUGUGCUUAGGUUUUCCAAAGGGCCUUUUUUUGCCCUGACAUCUUCAUUCAAGACAUUUUAAAACCUUGACGCCAUUUUGGUACUAAGGCAUACGGAAAGUUGCCAUAGCUAUUUUGUAAUUUUGCCCCAAAAUUAAAGAGUAAUUUGUCACCCAUGUAUUAGAAGAAAAGUAACUAGCCUCUAGCUAGCUUUAUAUUUUAACCUUUAAUAAAAAUCGUUACAGCCGAAAAGAACUUUGUCGUAAAUUCAUUCCAAAACUUAACUAACUUAUCAAUCGGGCAAUCUGGCAAAAUAUUGCAGAACAAAUCAUCUCAACUGCCACACUACUAUUAACGUCACUAUCGAUGUACCCUUCUGGUAAUUUUCAUUUGGUUUAUUUUUGUAUUAGAAUAUAUUUGUUACCGAUUUGUAGAGACAGUACUAACUCCUACGUUCAAUAAACUGUAUCAUUUAUUUUGGACUAUAAUGCUCUAUUAAGUAGAUUUAAAAUGCCCUUAGAAAGCUUGAACAAGUCGUGCAGUUUUCAUGCCACUCUAUUGCUAGCAGAGUUCUAAUAUCGCUUGUUUAGAUAAUUUUAACGGCGGAAGUCUAACAGCGUGUAUUCCAAAUUAUUAAAAUUAUUAUUAUCUAUUUGUUAUAUUUCGCUGAUAUUUUUGUAUAGAACGUGUUUGUUGCCUAUUUGAAUAAGACGGAACUUAAUCCCAUGUUAAAUGAGCUGUACCAUUUAUUUGGACUAUACCCUAUCAAGUAGAUUCAGAAUGAUUAUAACUCGAUUUAAUUCUUUAUCAUUCUCCCGCCUUAGAAACCUUGAACAAGUUGGGCAGUUUUCAUGCGAUCUUUAUUUCUAGCAGAGUUCUAUUAUUAUUUGUUUAGACAAUUUUGGCGGUGGAAGUAUAACAGCCUGUAAAUCCAACUUAAAUUUAAGACAAAAGGUUCUUCAUUUGCAUUACUAAUGAUAACGAAAUGCAAUAUACAAGACUGUCUUUGUGUGCAUGUUGAACAUAAAAUUCGUCGAGUUCAACAGUUCAUUUAAGUCCAGCUAUCAAUCAAAAGCACUUAUUAACCGAAUUUUCAUAUGUUAUUCAUACUGCAGAGAUACUACAGAGAUAAAAGGGGAAAAGUUGGCAACAUGUCUUCGUUCAACAGCUGGCUUAUUAUUGUUACUCUACUUUUUAACAUUUCGCUUUACCAAUCCUCAUUCGCACGAUACAGUUCAAGCUAUCCACCCUCAGGUGAGUUUUUGAUUAGGUAAAAUUAUAUUACCGUCACCAAAAUGACACAUGGUCGGGCGUUUCGCUUUCGCUGAAAGACAAGCGCACUUAACAAGUUUUAUAACAAUUUCAGCGUCGCAGUUAUCUUUCAAGGCGAACAUGAUCAUGAACUUAUAAACUAUAUCCUAUUUGGUUUACAUAACGCAUGGCAUACACUAGAGAAAACAAAAUAUUAUACCUUCCCAGUAAAAGGCAUUUCGCAAAUAUUUUCACUAAUAUUUUGCAUGACAACCUAAAAUCAAAAGCCAAUUAUUCGCUUUUAAAGCAUUUUAAGGAAACUGUGCACUUGCCAAAGGUAUUUGAAAUGCCCUUCCUUACCUUCCUAAUUUUUUCGAUGUCAUAAAAAUUUCGAGGGAGUUUCUCCCAUGAUCCAUUAUGUUUUAUGACUCUUUCCUGCAUGUAUGUCCCAUAUGUGUAUCUAUUAGAAUUAGUGCUCUUUGAGAUCCCAGAACAUCGGCCUAAAAUGUGUUUUAAUUUGUAGCAGUAAAAAAGCGAGUGACCUUUUUCUCUCCAUCGUUAAGCGCUUACAUACAAUAAUUAUGUAUCAAGAUUGCUUUCAGUGUUAUUUCUAUUGUUGUAUAGUAAUUCUCACUUUAAUACCAAAAUGAUGGUCAUAAAGAGAGUAACAUUAAAAAGUCUACCAUUUUACCAAAUUUAAUCCAGGGAAAAGAAGAUAACUGGAUUUAUCGGGUAAAAGGAUUAAGGCAGAAGAUACAGAUAUUUUUAAAACUUAUCCCUUUCCUCUAGUCGAACCGAUUAUAACCUUGACUACUGACAUUAUGCUGCAAUAUAGCCAUAGUAAAAAAUUUUGGAAUAACGAUGUGUCAUAAUGGGCCUUCCACACCCUUUGAAGAUCGCGCUGCCAUUACGGACGGGACAAUUUUUUGACAUGUUUUGACUUGGUUCCACCACUUGUUUUAACUUUGAUUGGUCUCAUAUCAAUGCAGGACCAAUCAAAACCCCCAAUGUUUGAAGGCGGAAUCGUGUUUUUCAAACUUGAGGUUUUGUUUAAACCUUCUCCUUCCUUAAAAACAUUUUGCACUGUCAUUGGUUCUGUAAUAAGUAGAACCUAACUUGUCCCACAAAAUUGGAUAAAACGGGUAAGAAAAUUAAAUUAAAAAUUCCUUAAUUUUGGAAAAAAAUAUAGCAGUUUGCAUCAGCUCGGAUUACAGCGAGUUAUUGAUACUCACUUUUUCUUGGUCUAAUUUCGUUCUUAUUUGCGUUAUGCCAAGUGCUAGACUGCAAUUUUGACGACUCUACGUUUUGCGAAUGGGCAAAUGACAACUCUGGAAAAUCGAAGUUUAACUGGACUUUAAAGUCCGGGCAAACACCUAGUGGGAGCACAGGACCUAUUUCUGAUGUUUCAGGUAUUAAUUCUUUAUUUGAUAUCGACCCCUUAAGUUUAACGGUACGUAACAUUCCUUUGAAUAAUCACCAAGAUCGAAUUGAAGAGAAUUAUUUUAAACAGUCACUUAUUUUAUUGAACUGCAGUAACUUAGAGCUACUUUCUACACAAAAAUUAACAACAAAGCGUAUAAUAAUAAUGCUGAAAGAUCGACAACGAACUCGCCACGCUUCACUUCCAUAACUUCUUGUCAGUGUCUUCAGUUCAGUUAAAAGUUGAAAUCUGUAUCACACUUUAAGCCUAAAAAUCCUGUAAUUGUUUUGUUAUAUCAGUGUUCCCACUUAGUGGUUAUACACCGCUAUUACAGUUUUGACACUUUACAAAGGUAUCAUCAUCAUCAUCAUCAUCAUUGUGAUUCCUUGAUAUUCUAAAAAACUAACUAAAGGCAAUGGAUAUGUAAAAAUCGAAAGCGUCAAUACAAUAAGUAUUUUCUUCCAAAAUCUAAAGGAAAUGGAACUUACGCAUAUCUUGAAGCAUCGUUUCCGCGGCAACAUGGUGACAAAGUGAGGCUUUUAAGUCCUGUAAUGCAAGGUGCAAAGUGCAUGUCAUUCAUGUAUCAUAUGUAUGGAAGUUCCAUGGGAAGCUUGGUGAUCUACAUGAAUACAAACAGCAAUGAAACAGUGGAAUGGAUUAAAACAGGCAAUCAUCCCAAUCAAUGGCUCGAAGCUGUUAUAUUCCUCAAUUCUUCCGCUCUCUACCAGGUAAUCUAUCUGACUGAUAAAUUGAGAAAGCGGGCUAUAACCUAAUUUCAAUUAGUCUCUCCCUGCGCUGGCUUGAUGCAGAAUCUGUUAACCAAGUAAAGUAAAGUAAAAGAAGAUAUUGUACACUGCCUACAGGGAAGAUAGCAAAAGAAUCAAACUACUACCUUUACUUGCUUUUAGAUAGAGAUUUUAAGCCAUCAGUCAUCUUUGAGCAAGCAAGAGUACAUGACAGAAUAUACGAGACUAGGAGAACACUGUAAAUUAACUUUCUAUUAUUUAUACAUCUGGAACUCUAACACCUUGCAACAAAACCGUCAGAAAACCGAUUAAAAAUUAGCCAAGAUUAUCCAGUCUUCGAAUUCCUAGAUUGAUGGGCGGGAUGUUUAUUGAUACAGUAGUAUCCUAUUGUUAAAAGCAUAUAGUUCUUAGUGCUGCAAUGAAUUUAAAUGACUGUAAAGUGCAACGCUUGACGUCACCUAUGCAGGUUUUUGUAAAAGGAUUCUGAUAACAAGGAUAUCACUGCUGAUUUAGCAACAUAUUACGCAAGUGCUUUAACGCAAUCAGAAAUAAGUACGGUUUAGCAGUUACUCCCACAAUGUGGUGCUGGGGUCAGUAUACUGUUGCAUUGUUCUUUUUCCGUAAGCUCUUUUUAGCCUAGUUUAGACUAGUUACCGACAAGCGUACCAGAAUAUGUCCACUAACUAACUUUCAGGGUUUAAUCUUUAUAGAUUGUAAUGGAGGGAGUACGGGGCGUUUCCUAUACAAGUGAUGUAGCCAUAGAUAACAUCGCAUUCAGAAAUGGAUCCUGUCAACGACUUGGUAUGUACGAGUAUAUUUACCACCGCAUUUUUGAAAUAGCCCAAUAUGCUGACACUGAAACAUGGAUCAAACUCAUAAAACUUAUUGCAAACGACAUUUGUAACAUUUUUCCUUUUUUUUUUCCAGUUACCCAGUCGUUAUACGCCUUCAUAAAGGAAGAUGCUACAGACUUCAAAUUGGACAGAAUUCCAGCUCACAUUGGAUGGGUGUAUCAGUUUACAGUGCAUGUUCUUCAAACAAGAAACAUUUCAACCGAUGUGAUGUACUUUGUGUACCCAGCAAACACUGUCCAUUGUGCAAAAGGCGUCACCCAAGAGCUUUCAUUAGAUGACCUCAGUUGCUUUCCUCGAGACUUCUUCUUUUCCUCAAGGACAUAUCAGCCACAUUACAAAAAGGUGUUGCUUCUGGACCGAGGAGAAAAAUUACCUUACGGGAUUGCCUUGGAGGAAUUCGAAAACUGCUGUGGUCAAACAGUUAUUGAGUACUUCUUUGCAAAUGUGUCCUUAGACCGUAAGUUAAUAAGUGAACUUAUACUAAGUUGUCUGUAAACUUAGGCAUAAAACCCAUCUUUUCCAAAUAUUAUAAGACGGUUAGUUUUCUUUUAAUUGUGACCUUAAUACCACCGCCAGGGCUGGUAAAGAGAUACUCCAGUUAUACAGCUUAUAAUAAUAAUAAUAAUAAUAACAAAAACAACAACAAUAAUAAUAAUAAUAAUAAUAAUAAUAAUAAUAAAGAUUUAUUAUUCAAGUAAUUAUAAACCCUGAAGCUUUGGUCAGUUGUUCAGAAACUGGUGUAUCGAUUCUCUUUUUUUUUUUUUUUCAGCUACAGAACAAAAUGCAUGCCCACCUGGCUGGCUUAAUUUGGGCGAGUCAUGUUUUAGAGUGCAUGUAAAAUCUUACGAAACAUGGAAAGACGCCAGGUUUGAGUGCCACAACCGUGGAGGAAGACUUGCUGUUCUUGGAAACGCCGUCAAACUGCACGCACUUUCACGAUUCAUCGAUGACUAUACGGGGGCCCUAGUAGACUUUUUCGUCGGGGCUUUUUCUACCAAGCGCUGGAUUACUGUCCGAAAAGAACUGUUUCCAGUUCAGUCGUUACUAUGGGGACCCUCUCAACCUUCAGGUGAUGGUUGGUGCACCAACCUGAUUUUUGCAGAAAAGUGGAAUUCUAAGUGGAAAGGAAAAGGCUGGAGAGUCAACGACACUCCCUGCUUUUUAAAACAAGAAUUUGUCUGCCAGAAGCCAAAGAGCACCUCAGGUACUGAUAACAUUAAAAACAGCCAGACAGAUUUAGUAUAUAUGCGACUGAUUGACAUUAAAUCAGUAGAGGAGGGAUUAUAAAAAGGUUGGAAAAUAAAUUAGUACUUAAUAAAACGAACCUAGCAAAAUUUGCAGCCUUUUGAGUGGAAAAUGGCCAAAAGGCGGCGUUUCGCACCCGAAAAGCCCGGAAAUCACACCAAGGAAGGCAAAGGAAAAUUAGAAAGAGGGAGGAGAAAGAAAGGAAGAGAACAGAAAAAAGCAAUGGUUGCACUCUUAGUUUUUAUAUUGGCUAUUUUGGAGAUGUUUUUAAACAGCAAAAUGUGCGUAACUGAAAGGUCUGUGUGGCGUUAACGUUUACAAAAAUCCAGCUUGAUAUAUAGUCUGUAAAAUAUCUUUUUCUGUCCGCAAGGAUCAUAGAAUUACUUGUAGGUUGACUUUGGCAAAAGGCUCACUCAGUAUAAACGAUCACAUUGGUGAUUAAUUUCAUAGGAUCAACGUGCGAUUCCGGUUGGUUCGAGGUGGCUGAUUCAUGUUUCCGAGUGUUUGCGGGGACUUCCAUUGCUAAAGAAUGGGUCAAGGCUCGUGAGUCCUGCUUACAACAAGGAAGUGACCUAGCAGUCGUCGAUUCUGAAAUUGAAAGAAAAAUCAUUGGAGAUCAUCUCACUAACAUAGCCAACAGGUACCCAGGUGAUAACAUCCUCGCAUUUCUCGGUAUUCGCAAGUUUCGCACAUGGAAUUGGUUAGACGGCAGCAGUGUUUCAGCUAGCAUUUGGCAUUCUGGGUAUCCGGAUGUUUCGAACAGUGGAGAGUGUGGCUUGCUAGCAAAAAGUUCACUACAAUGGAAGCUCGUUCAUGGGUCUUGUGGAUAUCGACGCAGAUUCAUUUGUGAAACAGAUGAACGUAAGUCCUUCGUUAUGGUAAAGUCACUUCAGGGUUUUUUUUAUUAAGUUCGUUUUAGAUCCGUAGAAGAUCACAACGCAAAUUUUGGAAACCCUCCUUCGAAGAAGAUUCCGUAAUUUUGCUUUUCCUAUUAUUCAAUCAUGCUUAGGAAGAUUUUUGGUCGGUUGGCAAUCCGUACAUUCAUCCCAGGCGAACAGCAGAGGUAAGCCCUUCCACGCCGUCGACGGUAACGUUGCGUCUUGUUUCACAGUUAAAAGGCAAAAGGUAAGUUCUUUUGCGGUAAGAAUCCAUUUCAGUUGUACCCCGCUUAUCAAGUGGAUCAUCUAGCUUUGUUCGUAGUUAAAUUCUCUAUAUUUGUAAUUAAGCUACUAGACGUUAAGAAGCCUCCAAUAUUCUGGCCUUGCGGCUUGUCAAAAGAGUGAUAGAAAGUCCUUCAAAGUACAGUCACUUCCUGUUUAAUUUAUGCUGACUCACUCCACGAACCUCCCCCUCGCUUUCACAAAAUAAAUGCUGUGGUUUAAUUUUACCUUUGAUUUAAAUUUUAUUUCCCUUUGUUGUUGGGUAUGGUAAUAUAUGGUAUCCAGUUUGAAACGAAAAAAUAAGGUUCGACCAAGAAUGAAAUUGAACCACAACAUUAAUACUGUGCGACCUUGUUAAAACUUUCUUUACCACAGGGUCAGCCAGUCUGGUGGGCCGUAACUUUGCAAAGACGAGGAUUUGUCAGCAAAAUCUGGAUCAUAAACAGGCUGGGGUGCUGCCUUGCAGAAAUGCCCAAACAUAAUGUCAUUUUGAGGAACAGCGUGGAAACCGAAAAAGCAAACUGUAAGGUUUACUCCUGGAAGGAUAGACAAAAGACACUGAUGAUCUGUGAACCGUUGAUUUCUGCUUCAAAUGUAACUAUUUAUGAAGAUGGUGUAGACGAUUUAAGCCUGUGUGAGGUGAUGAUAACGGCAAUAGGUGAGAAAUGUAAACGUUUUCUGUUCCCGGUUUAUCAUAAACAAAUUCAAACCCCGGGGCUCGGGUUCAAAACCAAGAAAUCCAAAGAAACAUUGUAAAUUAUAAAAUACCUCCAAACUGCAGGUUUGAAAAGCUAACCAUUUGGACGUGCUAUCACCCAUGUUGUGCAUCAAAAACGAGGUCUUGAUGUUGACUUUGAACCUUGCAAGACAAUUAAAGUGUUCAACCCUGACGUGAAGAAAUAAUAAUGCGCGUAUAAAAAAUUACGACUAGUUUCUUAAACAUUGGUUCUAAAAAGCACGUCUUUGCUUCGCUUGGUAUUGACAAAUAUAUUCAACCAUUAUAAAAUAUACAGAAAGCGAAGACAGUCUUCAUGGCGUUCUUCAAGAACUUUGGUACAAUAUUCCGUCUGGUGCGAGUCUGCGAGCUGACAGCAGGUUUCCAAGCAAUCCAAAUGUUGUGUAUAUUCUCCGACAGUUUGACGCUCCCUUCAAUUUCCAUACAAAUUACGGGCAACGACUUACAGCGUAUUUGCAGGUGCAUAACGUUUCUUAUUAUUUUUUCUCUAAAAUUGUUAUGAUAUAAUGUUGUAAAUAACAACGUGUUACGCCGCAAAAUGUAAUAAUCGCCGCAAAAUGUAAUAAGAAUCGCCGCAAAAUGUAACGCUAACGCAAAAUGUAAUAACAUUGACGCAAAAUGUAAUAAAAUUUUCAACGGAGAAUGUAAUAAUCUUUCAACGCAAAUUGUAAUAACUUUUCUAACGCAUAAUGUAAUAACCUAAAAUGUAAUAAUUUUCCGAAUAACGACGUGCAUGCUAUUUCAAAAUCGGUAUUGUUGCUCAGUCAUCGGUAGUAGCGAAUUCAGAUCUUCAAUGAAAUUAUAAGCUAUUAUUAUUGUUGAUAUUAAUAUUAAUAUUAACAUUAUUAAUAAUAUUAAUAUUACUAUUAAUAUUAAUUAUUAUUAUUAUUAUUAUUAUUAUUAUUAUUAUUAUUGCUAAUAUUACAAUGAAACAGUUGAAAUGAGGAGAUGUAAUCAUCUUUAGGGAACCGAAUGGGACGUUUGUUUCCGCUGAUUUGAACGUAAUACAGGUCCCAAUACAGUGCCCACCUAGCCGUCCCCUCAGCCAACAUUUCGCCCGGGGAGGGUUAUGUAGACAGUUUCCCAUAAUUAUCCAAAAAUUCUAACCCAAACCAAAUUACCCAUACACCCUCCCCCCUCAAGUGGUCAAAAAUGGUCGGCCCUCAAAAGACGAAAAUGCGCACUUUUUAUGGAUCUCCCAGUUCAAGAUUUGGCGCCGUCAACUCUAAGCCAAUGGCGAUUGCGUUGCUGAGCAAAUUCAAGGUUUCGUUUAGCGUCGAAUGCGUUUCCUGAUAUUAUAUUAUCGGUCGGUCAGAUUGAAAAAAAAAAACGCAAAAAACAAAAUCACAAGAAGUCUCGGAAUAGGAGGCCCUGGUACCCCAGGACGACGUUAAAAGUUAACAUUCACAUAUUUGGAUUAACAAAAUACACAAUAUACUGUAAAAAAUGUUUAUGUCUUUGUUCCUGUUUUUCUCUAUGCUGUUACUAUGCUCAUUUUUCAGAUUAAAAGAAUUAUUUCAAGUGAAAAAUGGUUUAACUAGGUCGUUACUUUUUUUUUGAAAAUGCCAAAAAUUUGGGUCGGUCGGACGACGCUAAAAGGAGAAAAAAAAGAGGAUGGCCUGUCUUCUAAUCACAACUGCCUUGCCAGGCAAAUUCAAUGUUUUUGUGCAUCAGCUUAGCUCUACUGCAAUCAAAAAUGCGUUACUGGGCUAACUAAAAAUAUUUUGCGCUAUCUGUUCUAGGCAAACGACAACUGCCUUAUAAGGCAAACUGAUUUGACUUUGCAAAGCUUGGAAACUUCAACAUAAAAGAAACUUGGACCUACAAAACAGCAUUAAGAACAAUUCAGCCUCUAUUAAAUGAGAACUUAGGAAAAGUAAGUUACAGCCAAAGUUGUCUGGUUCUCAUGAAAAAAAGUGUGACAGAUAUCUUAUAUUUUAAAUGCAUUUGAAUUACGCUUUGAAAGUUGAUUCUAUUACUUGUUUUCGACAACAGCUAUUUUAUUUGACUGAAUUAAAUUCAACACCUGAAAUUAAACCAAGUCUCUCAGUUGCUACAGUUGUGGUACAGUACAGCAAGCUCUUGCAGCCAUUUUUGUCUCGUCACGCAAUGCUCCUCCUCCUUUGUUUGGGAAGAUUGUUGCGUGACGAGACACAACACGGCUGCGAUCGAGAGAGACUAGCUCAGCACGGAAGUAACACGACGUUUCAACCGUUAUUUCAUUAAUAGUAAUAAUAAUAAUAAGAAGAAGAAAAUAAAUAUUAUUACUUUUAUUAAUAUCAAUAUUGAUAAUAAUGAUGAUAAUAAUAAUAAUAAUAAUAAUAAUAAUAAUAAUAAUAAUAAUAAUAAUUCACAUGAAGAUCUGGACCAGCUACUGAUUACUGAGCCACAAUACCGAUUUUGAAAUAGCAUGCACGUCGUUAUUUCGGAAAUUAUUACAUUUUGCGUUAUUACAUUAUGCGUUAGAAAAGUUAUUACAAUUUGCGUUGAAAGAUUAUUACAUUCUGCGUUGAAAAUUUUAUUACAUUUUGCGUCAAUGUUAUUACAUUUUGCGUUAAUAUUACAUUUUGCGUCGAUUAUUACAUUUUGCGGCGUAUCACAUAACGUGCACAAAAAUAGUUACAGACGUUCAACUAAGUAUCCUCUUUAAAGGAUUCCAUUGAUAAUUUUUCAUUUUGUGUUUCUAGUUUUGCUUUCUGGGCAUGUGUGAGUAUUUUCCUAGCAGUUUCUUUACAUUAACCUAAACAUCCCUUUCCCUUUAAUACUUACCUUUUCCCGUAAAAUGCAAAUCCUCUUUCGGGCAUCCCUUGCGCAUUCGGUGACAGAGAGUAACCCUACUUCGCACGUCAAUUAUCUUAAUUUUUUCCCUUUUUUUUUAUCUCGCGUGAGGUUUCUGAAAGCGGCAACUACACCUUCUUCGUCGCAUGUGAUGACACUUGCGAGCUUUCGCUACGAACAGAGAGGGAAGAACACCUUGAACAAAUGGAGGAAAACGAAGCAUCUGGCAAGCAACUUCUAAUAAAACUGGACCAUGGGACACACCACAAUCAAUGGAACAAGUAAGACUACACCUUGUUGUUUGAUGAAAAGGGUAUGUUAUCUUGGAAACUAAACCGCGCUUCAUGGCGUUCAUACCGAGUUUUUAAACUGCCCUUUAUCUACUUUAGAAUGCGAUCCGUGCAUAGUUGUAUAUGUACUGCGCGUGGAGAACAAAUACAUUGAUUGUGGCUAAAUUAAAAAGAAUCAUAUUUUGUCUUUACUUUUUUAAAUUAGCCACCAACCGCGGGAAAGACAAGACUCAAUAUUUUUUGCCUUAUAUUAACAUAACAACUUUUUUACUGUUGAAUUUGGGUCCCUAGGACCGAUGAUGUUUUCCAGAUAUCCCAAAACCAUUCCUCAUGAGCUUAUGAACUUCUUUGUGUUUUAAGGUGACUCGGUGCAGUUUUUAGGGUCAAUACCUCCCAAGUUUGAACAUAAACUACAUCGCCAUAAACAAAGAUUUGGAAAAAUUGACACUACAUUUGUAUUAGAUAAGAUAAGGAUUGCAACGACAUUGGAGUUGUCAUAGCAACGAAAUGACGCUAUUACCUAUUUUACUUGCAGCAGUAUAUCUCGGCACUGGGAAUUGGUCUUCCAAAUCGUUCACGGAAGCUUUUUCCUUCAAUUUCACCUCAUAGUAGUUUCGAUCUUUUUGAAAAGGUGUGUGAAAGAUCAUGGAGAUAGCUCCAGCGCAUUGCUAGAAAGAAGGAUUUGAUUAGUAUUUAUCGAAGCGCUCUUGUUAGCGGUUUUGUAAACAUUUUGGUCUUCUUUAACAAAUUAGCGAAUAAUUUUUGAACUGCUCGAUAGAUUUUUUAAAAAUUUUAAGAUUCUUGAGAUUAAUCUUCCUUUUAUAUGACCUUUUGGGUACAAGAUUAUUGAUAUAUUGUAAGGCGAUAAAAUGAAGGGCUACAAUUCGAUAAUUUUUUAUCGGAACUCAUGAGGACCCGCAUAUGACUUUUUUUGCACACCACAAGACGAAGGCGUUGUUAAUGACGCUAGGUUUUGAAUGACAGGCAAUAAACUUCCUAUUACGAAAAGCAAUUAGGUUCUUUACCGUUUGGUCCAAUCAUCAGCGGUCAGUUAUUCGAUAAAGCGUCACAUUUUUUAACAAGAUUUAGGCGGUAUCUGGCGAUAGAGUAAUUAGAGAAGAGAUUACAGAGACUUGCGUUCUCAGCUCACGAGUUAUCCAGAUAAUCGCGCGUGGCCUACGACUCAAGUGUUGUCUCUGGUCUUCGCCAGUAUUAAAAUGUAGCGUAGUUCCAUAUUACAUUGAGUGUAUUGAAGGUCGCGGAACUCAAAUAGAAUCUGACGAAUGUUGUUAGAUAAAAGCGUUGAUUCAAAAUGUUUAUCAUGUAAAACCCGCGGUCCGUGAACACACGGCAUAUUAGUCAUCGUAAAGGAAAGAUGGAUGCCAAAGCAAAUUGCAAUCAUUGAUCUCCGAGGCUUUGUGUACGCAGAUUCAACGAAUUUUUUGGUGUGAGCUUGCUAAGUAGCCUGCGAACGGCGGAGUUCCUCCUUGCUGAUCGGCGCUGAGGGACGUUUCUCCUCGCGAAACGUCGCUGCAGAGGCAAUGAGCGAGAAGAAACGUAUGCCGUUCGCAGGCAACUUGCUAGACUACGAGUAGUCCCCCAUUUUUCCUCAAGGACAAAUGAGGGACCACUCGUAGUCUAGCUACUCGCUAAACUGCCGUUUCCGCAGUGAAUCGCGUGUCACACACGCGUCACGCACGCGCUGGUGUGUUAUGGCAUCUCUCUGAUGGAAUCUUGUACAUUCAACGCACUACGGUUAAAAAUUUAACCAAAACAAUGGAAAUAAUAACUGACUUUUUCUUAACAUGGAAGUAGUGUGACAUUAUGAUUUGACCUAUGAUCGAAUGAAGCCAGCAUUGCAUUCUUGAGAUGAUCGUAAAGGACAGUGUGUGCGUCUGGAUAGGUUUAGAUGACAUUACGAAAAGAAGACAGUCUCCCUGUGCCUUCAAAAUGUUUCUGAGCCAAAAGAUAUUACGAUAAACGUGUAAGUGGUAAUAUUCAUCGGCAGUCUGGUAGGCAUUUUGAUGUUGAAAACGUUUGAUCUUCCAAUCCGACUGCAUUUGUUUGGUGACUAUUACGCGUGAUCUGCUAAUGUAAAGCUUGUGCAAAAGGGCUACACAAACAAAAUUCCGUUAUUUAAUGACGGGUUUGCGGAAAUACUAUUGUUGGUAGUAACUCGGCCUAAAUUCCUAAAGAGGUCUUAGUAGCGGCAGAAAACACAGAGACCAAGCGAUCAAAUGGAUUCGGUCGAAUAGUGAAAUCGGCAUCCACUAAGACCCAAAACGUGUCCAAAGCCCGCCAAAAAUUAUCAAAUAUCGCCGCUGACACUAUUUAACUCUUUAUCCAGUCAAGAAAAAGCUAUGUAUUGCAGGAUUUUAGAAAAUUAGGUAGGGGAAUGGAAAUCAUUGUUAAGAGAGUCUUUUGAUGAAAAGCUGCUUGAGGGGAAAGAGGUGAGUUUCACUUUUGCUAUCGUAAGAUUCUUGCGAGAGGACUGUAUGGAAAUUAAGAACAAGGAAUGGAACGCCGGAGAAAAUCCUGAAGAGAAAUCAAUAAGAAGCACCUUAACAUGUUUCAAGGGUGACUAUGUUUUUUUAAAAAAAAACUUUACUGUUAAGUGCAGCAACUGAGUUUUAUUUUAAUGCCGUAGUACUCUAAACUCCUAAGUGCGAUGAUUUUUAAAGCAACAGAAACACCAGAUGGCACGCCCAUGAUUCUGUGAGUUAGACACCACGGUAUUAUGAAAUCACUUUCGCACAAAGAGGAAAAUUAAGAGUUAAUAUGUGAUAUGUCUUAACAUUAACAGUUAUAUUUACGUUUCAUAAUUGCGAAGUAUUUGUAUGUACUUAAUGACCCGCCUUGUAAUUCAGUUUAUGCUGCAAAAGGUUGACUAAACGAUCAUUAUUAUUAUGUCGCAGUAUGAAACUUUGGAAUGAUGUCCACAUUAUGAGUAGUAUAGGGCGAAUAGCGUAACCUACACCACUUGAGAAGCUAUACUUAGAAGUAAAAAAAGGUCGAUACGAAACCUAAUACAAUCCUAAAAUACAUAGUGAUAUGAAUCUCGCUACUUAAAAAGCCAAUUUAGAAUGUUAUUAAAUUCUGAUACUCUGUAAAACCUUCGCUAUCUCCACUAAAAGCUUAUACAUAGUGAUAUAAAUCUCUCUACUUAAAAAGCCAAUUUAGAAUAUUAUUAAAUUCUGAUACUCUGUAAAACCUUCGCUAUCUCUACUAAAAACAUAGUUAUAAUAAUAUCACACUCUAAUGUUCUAAAAAAUCUAAGUAAAAACGUCAGCAAGCUUGUGUUUCUAGAUUUCUAGAGGAAAAACAAAAACCUAAAAACUGAAGUCCAUAGCGCCCUAACUAAGUAUUUAUCUUAAAUGUUCUGGCAAUGUUUAAAGUGUUUGAGAUGACCGACUUCUGCAUCCGCUCAAGUAAGCUCCGUGCUCUUGCUCCAAGUAGCUUCCUCACCGACUUCUCUAGGUGUUUAGAGUAACCCCCCAGUACGUCAAUUAUUACGUUGUACUGUUCAACCCUGUAACCAUUGUAUCUCUGCUUCAGCUCCCACAUCAUGGGCCCAUACUUGAGUUUCUUUUCCUCAUCUUUCUUAGCUCUACUCUCAAUCCAUGGGCAGCUCAUUUCAAUUGUGCAGACUUCUUUCCUCUCGUGGUUGACAAGUCGCGCGUCGAUCCGAUUUGCUCUAACUUCGUUGUGCUCUGCAUAGAUGGGAAUAUCCCAAAACGCCUCACUCGUGGUGUCCUGGUAGGCUGGUUUUGGCAUCACCGGUGAGUACCAUGGCGGAACCUCUUCCAUUAACCCAUGCUCUCGCAGGAGCUCAAAAAACAGAAUCUUCAAAGCUGCGUUAUGCCUGUAUAGGUACUUGGUUUGCGCCAGGGAGGAACAUCCAGCUAGUACAUGUGCAACGCUCUCAGCUACCUUCCCACAUAACCUGCAUAGCACUUCGCCGUCGGUGGAGGUUUGCGUCUUCUCCUUUGUGUAGAGCUUCGUAGGUAGCAACUGCUCAUACAAUUCAUACAUGUCCGCGAUGGUAUGUGUAGGGCAUGUAGCCCAACCUUUUAACCAUGCAAAGAAGCUGGUUAUGCUUAGGCUCUCAUCUUCCCAUCUGAUACGGAAUAACUUUCCUUGCCACUUUUUGUCUUUAGCGAUCUCCAAGAACUGCUUCUCUUGAGAUUGCUUCAACAGAUUCCCAGCUCUUGCUGCAGUUACCACCUUUCCUUCUGUUGUCACACACACGGGAUUUAGGGUAUCAAGCUGAAGUGUAAUGUUGAGUUCUUCAGCGUACUUAGCUCCUUCCUUUACGAGCGACUGGUGGCCUGAUGCCAUGGCGUGUUCUUCAAAUUCUCUAACUGCUUCCACAGUCUGGUCCGGGUUCUGAUACAAUUUCAGUAGCGAUUUGAUUUUAGUGAUCUUGUACUCGUGUUCGACUGAUCGCAGGCCUCUAGUAAGUAAGUAAGUAAAGACUUUAUUUUAUGAGGGUUAGCACGAAAUAGCCGGGGCUAAUAAACUUGUGGCCCUCUAAAUAAUAAAUAAUAAAAUAAUAAAUGAGUAUACUAAGCUAUGAAAAAAUACAAGAUUAAAACCAAUUAAGAAUACAGAUACUAUAGAAUCUACUAAAUUAUUUAAAAGAUAAAAUAUAGCGUUAUAAUAAUCUCACAGUUCAUCAAGUAACUUAAAUAGAAAAAUGAUCAAAAUUCUGCUGUUGUUUAAAAAAUUCAUUCCACAAUGCUUUUUUUAAAGAGUCAACUGAGUCCCUUUGCCUUACAGGCAAAGAUAAGCUGUUCCACGCUUUGCAAGUUGUUACGCUAAAAGUUCUGCCUCCUUCUGUUUCGCGAUUAUACCUCGGAGAGGUUAGGUUAAAAUUACAGUACCUGGUUUUUCUACUGUGGAUGUUACUGUUUAAUUUAAGUAGAUCGUUGAGAUAAACAGGGACGUCACCUUGUAAUCGCUUAUAAGCAAUGAUACAUUUAGAUAUGAAAGCGUCUUUAUAAAAAGGCAACCAUUUCAGCCGAUUAAACAAGGGAACUGAUGGUGCUUUAGGGGGGGCAUUCAGGAUUACUCUAGCUGCUCGUUUUUGGAGCUUCAGGACCCGCCCAAGGCUUUCCUUAUCACAAUUAGCCUCUACCCCCUUUCUCCCUCGGUAGAUAUAACAAAGAAGUCAGGCUAGCUGGGUGCUUGCCACCGUUGUCAACUAUGAUCUUCCGAGCUGCUCUGUCCACAUCUCUUAACUCUGAUAGAGGCCAAUGCUGUGUCCACAUUAGGUACCGCAGGACCGGGAGUGCAUACUGAUUACAUGCCUGCACACGGUUACAAUCAUACAGGGGGCUGGACCAUAUAAUAGAUAUCCUGCGUAGAUACUCUUUAGCCGCGCAAGCCAGGGUCAGCCGUUCAUCCUGUCGAACGUUCUCUAGCACCCCCAGGAAUUUGUAGUGUUUUCCUUCCCCAAGAGCCGUGAUGGUAGUUGUCUCGUCCAUCCUCAUACCAGACUCGUCUAGCACUCGGGCUCCCCUCUUCACGUGUACCACUGAGCACUUUUUCUGAUUCCAGUGGAGGCCUCACCCAGCUAGACGGGAAGCCUGUGUACGUCAGUCAUUGCGCAUAACCAAUCAUGAUCGACGGAGUCGUAGGCUUUGCGCACGUCAAUCCAUGCCAUACUUAAAUUCCGUUUGCCUCUGUGACAAUCCAGCAUUACUGCUCUAUCGAUUAGCAAGUUAUCGAUCGUACCGAAACACCCUGAUUUCGCUCCUCUUUGCUGGCCUUCCAUCAGGCCAUAAUGUUCAAGGUGUUGGUCCAUGGGUGCCAGGAGGCAAGAUGUAAACCACUUAUACAUGUUGUUAUUAUUAUUAUUAUUAUUAUUAUUAUAUGUUUUAGCUUAAGGAAACGAGUUUCAUUGCAAUGCCAUGAUGUUCUAAUCUCCCAAGUGCGAUUUUUAAAGCAACAGAAACUCUAGGUGGUGCGCCCGUGAUUCUGUGAGUUAGACACCACGGUACUAUGAAAUUAUUUGCGCACCGAGUGGAAAUUUGAAAGUUAAUAUGUUUUAGCUUGAGUACGCGAGUUUUAUUGUAAUGCCAUGGUGUUCUAAAUUCCUAAGUGCGAUUUUUAAAAUAACAGAAACACCAGGUGGCACGCCCGUGAUUCUGGAGUUAGACACCCCGGUAUUAUGAAAUCACUUACGCACGGAAGAAAAUUAAGGGUUGAUAAAUCUGAUAUGUUUUAGCUUGAGGAAGUGAGUUUUAUUUUAAUGCCAUGGUGUUCUAAACUCCUAAGUGCGAUUUUUAAAGCAACAGAAACUCUAGGUGGCGCGUCCGUGAUAUUGUGAGUUUAGACACCACAGUAUUAUGAAAUUACUUGCGCACCAAGUGAAAAUUUAAAGGUUAAUAUGUUUAAGCUUGAGUAAGCGAGUUUUAUUGUAAUGCCAUGGUGUUCUAAACUCCUAAGUGCGAGUUUUAUUCAUGCAACAGAAACAUUAGGUGGCACGCCCGUGAUUCUGUGAGUUUGACACCAAGGUAUAAUUAUGAAAUCACUUGAGCAAUAACUGGAAAAUUAAGAGCGGAUCUCAGUAAAUAUCGACCAGAGGUCUACAAAAGUGAAAAAUCACAAAGUAGUAAAUCACAAAGUAGCACUAGGUAAGCUAUUAACAUAAAUGGAAUUUUUACUUCGAUCCGAUAAUUAUUUUCCACGUACGGGGGGAUUAUUGGUUUCGCGGCUCUCGGACCGGGUUUUCCAGGCCCGAGACCAUGUGUCGCAAAAAAAUCGUUUUAAAAUUCAAAUCCAUUGUAAUGCCGACAACAAAUAGCUUAUUCAGAAGAGUACAUAAUUGCACACAUUCUAAGUGGUGAUAUACUCAGUUUGAACGAAAGUGUAAUAUUUUGGAGAUUUUUCAUUAUUUUCAAUAUUUUGAUCGUUUUCGUUCAAUGAAAAAAUAGUAAAUUUCAAAGCCCAAAAUCGUCGACUGGUACCUCGAUUUCCGUAACAAGUCUUAUACCACGUUAAAGAGCGUUAUCUAUUCUUUCAAAAUGUGUUUUCAAAACUACGGGCAACUUAAAAUAAAAUGUUUGAGGCCAAAAAAUACAAGUAAUACUUUUCUGAAAUUUGAGCUUUCCAGACGCAGCGGGCCGAUGCUAAAAACUUGGAAAAAUACAGUAAGAAAUCAGUUUGAGCAAUAGUGGUUUCAUGUUAUCAGCUUUCAGAAACCAAGACCUGUUUAUCGAGCGAUCUGAUAUAAAUUAAUGCCGCUUGCUAUCAAGAAAGGCAGAUUUAAGCUGUCAACUCCUGCCAAGUGCACCAGUCACGUGAAGUUGUCAAAGGGAGGGCAAAGCACUAAUAUUAAGAAGUCUUAAAAUUCAAAACGUUUUACGUCCAUGAAAUCAGAUUUUAGCGUACAAAACAAUGUUGUGAAUGUCUGUUGUUCGUACCUUAGCAUGGUGUUUCCAUAUAUUGGAAAUGUCAAGUAUCCACACGGGAGAACAUACCAAACAACAACGUUUCAAAUCCAAGCGCCGAAAGAUCGUAAACGGCAAAGAUUGCGUUACAUUUCACAGAACGACCGCUUACCACUGUUGUCACUCCUUUUUUCGCUGGAAGCUACGAGGAGUUUUCAUUCCGUCAUGAGUGAUUCUUGAUCAGCGUUUCCUUGAAAGUACGACCCCGGACAGGUGAUAACUGAGGACGUUUCGUCAAGACUCCUGUUGUUCAGUUUCAGGCUUCAGCAGGUGCGUAGUCAGGAUUUUUCAGGAGGUACGCCCAACUUUUUCUACAUCUUCUUACCCCUCCCCCACCCCAGCAUUUUUGCUGUUUAUGAAAUGACACAACCUCUAAACUUCUAUAAUUCUGUCGGCUUGUUAUGUUCAUUGACGUCAACCGUUUAUUUUUAAUUCAGCUAUUAAAAAUCAAGCUUGUAGUACCUCCGGCUUCAGUUUACAAAUGACUCUUUUAACCCCUUUUUGUCACAUUAUUUUUGACCGACAAAAGCACCACACAUUGACGUAAUUGUGCCCUACUUCGCCUACUCCGAAGACAGGUCGUGGAGAAAACAACGCGUUCACGCUUUACAUCAUCAAGCUUGCUAUAUAAAUAAAUCAUCCAAGAUUCGGUUCUCCAAUUAAUGUCGUCGCUUCUCCGGAAACCGACUUUUUUUAGUUAUGUUUAUUUCAUUCUAUUUUUUUUCCUCAACGUUUUCGGGUACGCACUUGCAAACCGUGCGUACAAGUAGCUACGCCACUGUUUAGUCUCCUUAGCCCUGAGCGUUCCUCUCUUGCAGUUUUCGCGGGAGUUCAGGAUGUGGUCCACCCAGUAUUUCACGUCUCUUUUAAAUGAGAGGCAGCACUUCUUGUUUACCGUUUCGUUAUCAGACAGCGCUUAGGCUCUUAGCCUUUCAUUUAAUUUUGAUCAAAUUUUUAUCAUUUAGUUACUCAGUAUACGUUCGAUCCUGUCCUUGUAAACUUAUACUUCUCUACUUUAAGGGAGCUUAAUUCCUAUAUUAAUUUUUUCUUCGUUUAGUGUCGUCCAAAAGACCCAGUUUUCUGGCACUUUUUAAAAAAGCAAGAAAAAGAAACGACAAGGUUUAUUUUUUUUGGACUUAUAUCAAUUCUUUUAAUCUAAAAAAUUAGCAUUAUAACAUCAUUUCGAGGCAUAAAACGUUCGGUGGUAUAUCCUCUUUGCUUUUUACCCUUUUUGGGCCUUUUUUUAUGAAAUUGACCAUCAAAUUUUCCGCCAUAUUGGGUUUGUGUCGAUUUGGUGACCAUGUCUUGUUGUUUUCAGUCUCCACGGCAAUGAUGCUGGUGUUUCAGGCCUCCUUUUUUCAGAUUUCUUGUGAUUUUUUUUUCACCCCACCGACCGACCCUCCGAAAACCAGGAAACCUAUUCGACGCUAAACGAACAAAAAGGGGAUGACCUAAGCCUUAUGGUUUCUUUUUGGGCUUCCUCACCACAUUGCUUCUGCGUGUUUCUGUAUACUUGUCUUUUGCUUUGUUUUGUUAUCUUUUGUCGGUAAAAUAAACUGAAACUGUACAUAGACCCUCAAUAUUCCCUUUGGAGGUUCUCGAACGCGCAUAAAAAAAAUGAAAAACGCGAUGAUUUAUUGACCGCAAAGGCAAUGGGGUGGGGUUAGGGCUCGUCACUGCGCUCCGGUUCACUCGUACGCUGUCAAAUGGUCCCGAAAUACAAAAUGAAAAAUGACCGUGGACAAACUAUUCACGUCUAGACAUCAAGCAUCUUUUAAGAUGGGACUUAUCGCCUCUCCCUGUUCAUGGAGUUGAUUCAAGCUGUUGACGUUAAUUUCGUGAUGCCCUGCAUGUUGCCAGGACAUGUCUCAAAAGGGCCUUUCCAAAGGUACGGAGUCCGCCGUCACCUUGUCAGCCGUGCGAGAAAUGAUGUACUUCACAAAAACAAAGAGAAGUUAUUUUCGAUUUGCCCCGCCCCCUCCCUACCCCUAAAAGUCCCCGACAGGACCGCUUCAAAGUACUCCCCAUGUGGUUGCGCGGGGGAUAGUAACAGGUCUACCUAAUUGCACCGUGCAUCAAUGACAGUUUAGCUCAAUCAGAAGCCCCUUUUCCCUGGCUAGUUCAAGGUGUGUGCACCUCCUUUAAGCUGUUGUUUUCGGUUCUUACUGAAAUUUUUGAUCUUGAGGAAAUUCACAACGACAGGAGCAGGUUAUGGGCUUUUUUCCUAGCCCUAAUCCUACAUCACGGGAAAUCCCUCAGGUUAGGCAAGAAUUCGAUAAUCCUUCCAUAAUCAUCCAUUUUUUCACCGCGUGAAUUGGGUAUUUUUAGCUUAUUUCGAGGAAAUACUUUUUGCUUCAAAUCCAGGGUGGGCUUUUAAACACAUUUUUUAAGCCAAAUGGUUUUUGCGAGAAUCUGCUUACCCGAAUUUUUCGCAUAAAAAACGACAAAUACCCGAAAAACGCUCAUGUUUUUGAUGGUGGUGGCAUAUUUCCGAUAAAUUCAGCUCAAUGUCUCAUGAAGAAGAGUUCAGAUCCGUGCCGCGCGCCUCUCGAGGCAAGCGUUCCGUCGAAAUGCGAGCCCAAAAACAGGUGGUAAGCGGUCAAUCUGUGAAAAGUAACGCAAUCUCCGUCGUUUGAGAGCAGCCGAAGAUGCUCUUGCCGAUGCUGUCCUUGAUGUUUUUUAUUUCCAGUAUCUAGGAAACCCAUGCUAAGGUAUGAAACAUACACUCGUAGGCAUUGUUCUGUCCGCUUAAGUCUAAUUCCUGGACGCAGAAACGUUGUGCUUUUUGAAGUUUAUUAUUGUGCUUUGCCGUUUGACAACCUUACGUCACUCGUGUGUUUGGUAGCAGAAGAUGGCUAAACUCUGCUUUUCUUGUUGCAAAACGGCUUUAAAUUUUAUCAGAUCGCUCGAUAAACACGUGUUGGUUUCUGAUAGCUGAUAACGUUAAAUCACUGUUGCUCAAACUGAUUUCUUAUUGCAUUUUUCUGAGUUUUUAGCAUCGACCCGCUGAGUCUGGAAAGCUCAAAUUUCAGAAAAGUACUACUAGUAUUUUUGGGCCUCAAACAUUUUAUUUUAAGUUGCCCGUAGUUUUGAAAACACAUUUUGAAAGAAGAGAUAACGCUCUUUAACGUGGUAUAAGACUCGUUACUGAAAUCGAGGUACCAGUCGACGAUUUUGGGCUUUGAAACUUGCCAUUUUUUCAUUGAACGAAAACGAUCAAAAUAUUGAAAAUAAUGAAAAAUCUCCAAAAUAUUACACUUUCGUUCAAACUGAGUAUAUCACCACUUAGAAUGUGUGCAAUUAUGUACUCUUCUGAAUAAGCUAUUUGUUGUCGGCAUUACAAUGGAUUUGAAUUUUAAAACGAUUUUUUUGCGACACAUGGUCUCGGGCCUGGAAAACCCGGUCCGAGAGCCGCGAAACCAAUAAUCCCCCCGUACGUGGAAAAUAAUUAUCGGAUCGAAGUAAAAAUUCCAUUUAUGUUAAUAGCUUACCUAGUGCUACUUUGUGAUUUACUACUUUGUGAUUUUUCACUUUUGUAGACCUCUGGUCGAUAUUUACUGACAUCCGCUCUUAAGGGGUAUACAAGCUAUCAAAGCUAUAUGUGUGUCUUAAAGUGUUUUUUAAUAGGAGAUUUUCUUGUAGGAGACCCUCCAACAGAUAUACUUUUUUAAAUUUGUUUUCUCGUUACAAAUAUAACACGCGUAGCAAAAUUCCCAUUUCCGGCACUUUUAGUACGUCCUGGAAACUGGAAAGCACAGUAAGUAACCGUUUAUUCGGAAGAAGGCUUUUCUUUUUCUUUUUGGUAUUUAUUUAGAACAAUGUUGUUGCGAUCCGUUCACGGAGAACCUGUGCUAAUGCGGUUACAUUUCGAAAACAAUACUUUUGUGGUCUCGCGCUCUCUCCGCGCGCGGCCUUUUGCUUUGAUCACCUGGAGACUUUGGUUGCGAUUUGGUUUGAUUAUUUUACGUGGUAGUUACAAAGAAACGUCUCGGCGCGGCCCACACAAUGUAAAUAAAUUUAAAUAAAGUGGCCCAGUGUCCUGAAGUUGCUCUGUUUGAAAAUACAUUUGUAAUUUUUAAAAUAAAGUCGAUGAUGUAUUUACGGAGGUUCCGGUUAACGUUUGGGGACAAAAGCAUAUUUUGAUUAUCUUAAUUGCGUUUGUCGGAAUAAAAUGUCAUAUGAAUUAGCGAGAUCACGUGCGAGUAAUAAGUUCCAGGGAUUUCUUAUGGUUCCCGACAUACGGUCCUGCACUAUGUUGUCAACACUUCCUUUGUUUCAUAUUGCGCAAUCGAUCAAUUCAGAUGACCGUCGUGCACGUUUCUAAGGCCACCUUAAUAAUUGAAGAUAUGUUUUUUUAUUGGUAACUUUAUCAUUCUUACCCACUGAUAUUUGUAAGUUUCUUUAGAUUUCCCUCUCAGCAAACAUCCAAAGAGAUCUGGUUGAGUAAAUGCCAAUCGUACUCUUUGGAGUUAUUAAUGAAGCAAUCUGGAGGAAAAGAUUGUGCAUCCGUAGGAAUGAAGCUACCAAAUGGGACAUUCAUAAGCCCAAUAACUGAGGAUUACUUAUUUUGGGUGCGGCCAGGUAAAUAAUUUCAUGCAGUUGAUACUACUGAACGAGGGCACCUUUAGAAGCCGGAAAUUGUCCGUGUCUGCGCAUAUCUGUCCACGGAUUAUUUCUCUUAAACGGCGGUCUCUAGUUAAACUUCUAGUGAACUUUACCUUUUUUUGGCUCAGUUUUUGAUCUGUUUGACUGAAAUUUUGUUUUUCGGGUAUGGUGCGAAAAGUGUCUUCCCCGUGCACGAAUAAGCUGCCAAAGUUGUUUAUGGCCGUUAAAACAGAUGUACAAGGGACGUGAUUCCGCACUCGCUGUUGCGGGCGGUUCACUGGUGAAAAGGCUUGAAAUAAUCUUAGUAGUUUAUGUCGUUUCUGAACACUCUUUGUUACCGAUCGGAUAAAUGGAUAUCUUGACCGCAGUUCUUAUUUGUAAAACAUUGAUUUCCCUUCUAUUCCGAUUACGAAGGAUUCGCACUAUGUUUUAUUUUUAUAUACAAUUUGCAAUUCACACAGGUGUUGGAGACUUUCAAAUAUCGUCUAGUCCUAAAAAGGUUACUCUCAAGACUGGUCAAAAACUUCUCAUUCAAGGUAUUUUUAGGUAGCUGUUUUCGCAUAACAGUAAUUACUCGUAUGUGAAAGUUGUAACUUGAUCGUAUCGCUAAUUUCUCUUAUAUUUGUUCUUGCAGCAAAACUUUUGUUUAGUGGUGGAAAACCAUUAACGUUAAUUUGGACAGGACAGCUACUAUACUUCUAAAUGCUAAAAAUCUUUUUGUAACGAAAAGUUCCGGAUAAUACGUCCGCGUAUAUUGAUUAACCUGUUUACACUUUCGAGUCAUUUUCUCUUCUUUAACCAUAUAGCCAAUUACAAAUAUUGCUGCCGUGGAUUGAACUGUUCUGGAUGUCCAAUUCGCGUUUAUGUGAGCUUUGGUGAGCAAAGGAUUUUGGUUCAUAAUGACUUGCCAAUGGAUUGUCAGGAACGCUAUUUCAACAUUAGCUUUGAUACCUUUCUACAAGAAGGAACGUACCAAAUUAAUGUAAGCAAUUUGAAUUUAUCGUAUUUGUUUUAUAUAAUAAAACAGACACGAGAUGUGUGCGUAUUGAAGAAUGUUAAGAGUAUCAUGGACGGAACAUAAAACCAAACAAGAAGUUUUAAAGGUAGCAAAUACAACAAGUUCAUCAUUACCAGCAAUAAUUAAAGAAAAGAAAAUGCCAGUAUUUUAGACACGUGAUAACAGCGUGCGUGGUCGAUCCAAAAAUUGUUACUGGAAGACAAAAUUGCAGGGAAGAGAGAACGGAGGAGACCAAACGUUACCAAUAUUUGCUCCUUCGAACAGUUACUUUACAGAAAAAAAGUCGCUGGGUGCCCCUGCUUGAUGAUGAAGAUGUUUUAUAUAAUUAAGCCCGUCCACAAGUAUCCGAAUAUUUUGAAUCCGCAAAUUGUUCUUUGCGGAUUCAAAAAUUUCCACGUCCACAUGUCGGGUAUUCAAAUCGAAUUUGGCCGUCUAUACGUAUCCAGAUUCACUCUCAGUUCGUCAGCUGGUUGCACACUUGAAAUUGAAGUCCAAGAAGUAAAGAAGCCAUAACAUUGCGCACAGCACCGCCUUCAAUAUUCACUGUAAAGGACUUGGCUCGAUCUUGUGACAUCACUGGAUAAAAAAAUAUCCGGAUUUCAUAGCGUGUAUAUUCAACAUUUUCACUCUGAAGAGCGGAUACAAAAAGUUGUGGAUUACACCGGAUACGUGUGGGCGAAGAAUCCGCAAAGGAAAAGUUGCGGAUUCAAAAAUAUCCGGAUACGCAAGGAUAAAUGAUGACGUUUUUGCCAAGCAUUUGCCUUACAAAUGACCUGCGUAUCGUCGUGUGUUAGGUAACGCAUGGCCUGGUCGAUUGCUUGUCCUGCACAUCACAAGUUUCAAGGGAAAUUAACGAAGUUCAUAUCUCAGGUAUGACAAUCCUGACUGCAUGUAACUGAAAAAUAUUGUUGUUUUUUCAAGUAUUCAUUGUCCAGAACAAGACUCCACUUUUAUUCAUUUUUUAGCUAUCCUAGUUGAAAAUUGCAGUUUCACAUCUGACCUUUGUUCGUGGAACAGUAAAGAUAAUGGUUGGACACUUUCACCGUCUGGCAAAGGUUUGUGUUGUUGAUUCUGUAAUAUCUCAUGAACAUAUUAGCCUUUGGUCUCGAGCCAAAUACGAUGUAAUGGCAGCUGAAUGCAGUGCCAACAAUUGAAGGGGGCUUAAAGACGAUCAGGCGUGCACCCAAACAUCUACGAUCUUAACAAUUCAUAUUACUUUCAUUUUUGGAAGCUGAAGAGUAAACUAUUGUUAUGGACGUUGUAAACCAUCUUAAGCAAUUUGUGCAAGUCACAGGGCACCAUACUGCGCAUAAUACCUUGCGCAGUUUAGUUGGUGACUGUGAAAGGAAAGACUUAAGUUUUGAUGCAACAAAGUUGUUCCCUCACCCUCGCUAGUUGAGGCGAUGGAGAUCGCUUGGCUUUCACAGGCCAGUUAUCGCUGCGGUUCUCUAAUUAUUAUCUCGUCACCAAGUCCUGUUUCGGAAAAAAUAUGUUAUUGUGUUUUUUCUUGCAUGGAUAUGCUUUGAACUCUUAGCUAACUCUUAUACUACAGUGGAACCUUCAGAUAUAAAGAAGUGCUAAGGGACUGGCAAAAUUUGUUCACUAUAACGAAGUUCUUUUCCACAUACAAUACAAUAGAAUACAAUACAAUACUUUAUUCAAGAAAUAAAAAAACGAAAGUUGCAAAUGGCUCUGAAAAGGGGAUAACUAGAGGUUACUAUGAAAGACUCCCCAAAAUAAAAGAUAAAAAGGUAAAAUCUAGAAUCUAAAACACUAUAUACAGAGAAAAAAACUAAAACCUAAAACCGGGAAUAAAAAACAUUAUUUGCAUAUCAUAAUUGAACCUAUUUGCAAAUGAUCGUAUUAAUUAAUAUUCAUAUAAAUCCUUAAUCCGUUGCGAAAUAAAGUCAACGAUCCUGCGUGUACAGAAUCUUUAGGUAAGUUAUUCCGCACAUUGCGAUCCGUACAAAGAAAGAAUAUUUGUAGCAGGUUAGGAUGGCAACUUUUACACAGAGCUUAUAAUAGUGAUUGGCUCCAGUUCGAUUACACAUAGUAAGUUCCAAAAAAGUCCGAAAAAGGAAGGCUAUCUGUUUCAAAAACUAUCUUGUAGCACUGAACUAGAGAUAAGAACUCUCUACGUUUCUCCAAAGUUUGCCAAUUCAUUAAGCGGCAGCGCUCUUCUUAGCUCAUUUCUCCGCGCUUUUGCUUUAAGGCCAACCGUGAUGCUCUUCUUUGGAUUUUUUCCAAGGAUUCAAUAUCCUUUAAUUGGUAGGGGCUUCAGACGUGGGCGGCGUAUUCGAGUAUAGGUCCUACCAACGACUUAAAGAGGCAAGAAAACGCAUGCCGAUUGUCGUUUCCGAGUGAUCGCUUAAUUACACCUAACACUUUGUUCGCCUUGUUUACUAUGUAGGAGACGUUUUUACCCCAAGAUAGAUCGUAGUUUAUUGUGACCCCUAGGUCCAUGACACUUUCAACAGAUUUUAGUUGCACACCUAGAGAGUAACAUGGCGUAGGCUAGAUCUGUCCCUACUGUGCGUUGCACGCAUGAAUACAUUUUUCGGGAUUAAAGCGCAACUGCCGGUUUGUUAGCCCAGUCGCUUAAUCGAUCUAUUCAGGUCAAGCUGCAAGGCUGAGAUAUCCUUAUCAGGCUCAUUGAUCGUGCGAUAGAUUUUGGUUUCAUCAGCGUAGAUUUUGACUGUUUAUGUUAGGUUUGUCGAAAUAUCGUUUAUAUAAAUGAUAAAUAAGAUUGGGGCCGAGUAAUGUUCCUUGGGGCACGCCUGAAAUUACAGGUGACCAUUCUGAACAACUGCCCCUUAACACGACACACUGCCUUCUAUUUGUCAAGAAAUUUCUAAUCCACAGUAAUAAGAGAGCCAUCUAUUCUAUGCCGUUGCAGUUUCAGCAACAAACGCUCAUGUGGCACACUGUCGAAAGCCUUAGAGAGAUCUAAGAAGAUGCAUAUGAUAUCCACUUGCCGCGAACGAUUCCUUAACCUUUGCCCAGUCGUUGUAACAAUUACUAAGUAAUUGUGCCAACGUAGAUUUGCCCCUUAGAUACGCAAAUUGGUCUGGGUUAAAAAGAUUGAGAUCUGACCAAAAGUCAACCACAAGGGUCCUUCUGCAGUCAGGCCCAGAGGAUUUAUAGAUAUUCAAAUUUCUUAGCAAUUUCUCAACUUCAGUGGCAGAACAAAAGAUAUUACAUAAUUUCUUGUUGGUAAUAUAAUCGAGGUCGGGAAAGUUUUCGUGAUCCUCAACAGAAACGACCGAUGAGAAAAAAGAAUUCAUACAGUUGGCAAUACUCAGGUUGUGACGUUAAGUUUCGUUUCUCUUUGAUUGAACAAGGUUCCAAAAAGGCUUUGGUUACUGGUCUUUAAUUCAUCUGCCAGACUGUUUACAAACUGCCUACGCGCAGAGUUGCACUCCUUCUUCACAUAAUUGUUAAAUUUGCUAUAUUUGUCACAGUGAGUCAGGGCACGGGUUUUUUUUUUUUUUGCCCUUUUAUAGAGUACUUUCUUCUUCUACACAACUUAAUUAAAUACCCGCUUAUCCAUGGUGCGUUUGAAUUUCUCUUCGCUGUCCGCCUUGGGAUACACUCGUCGACAGCAAAUAAAAACAAAUCAGACCAUGCAGCCCAUAGACGAUCUGUGUCAGUAUCCAUAAAAGCACAAUGCCAUGGAGUGUAAUGUAAAAGAAUUCUGAGGUGAUCCCAGUCUGCCUUCUUGAAGGAAUAGUUUAACUUCUGCGAUUUCCGUUCAGGGAACGAUUUCCUCUAUAACAGCAUAGAGAUCAAGUUAUGGUCAGAAAAGGGCAGACUAACUUUUAGAUCAUAAACUAAAAUAUUCCUAUUGCGAAUUGGAUCCUUGACUAGCUGAAAGAGAAAAUUGUCGUAUAACUGAUCUGCUAACAAAGUAGCGUUAGGUGAAUCAACAGAUAUCACCCAUCACAUAUUUUACUAUUACAGGUGUAAGCAAAAUCUUUCGUUAGACCUGCGAGGACUUCUUAUAAAGAGAUUCGUUAUAUCAAGGUUGCACUUUGAAAACAUUGGGAAGCAACUGAUGUGUUAUUAUUCUAUGUGUAUUCAGGAAUUGUGCCCCGUUUUGACGGCAAAGAUGCUGUUCUAGAGAGCCCGUGGAUUUCGAAAAAUCCUUUUUAUGAAAAAACUGGAAUGUGCCUGUCCUUCUCUUAUCUUACCUCUUAUUCUGGAUCAUCAGUAAGUUUUAUACUGCUGACAUCAGCAAAUGUCUCCCGAGUGUGGAGUCUCCAUGGAUACCAGGGCCCGACCUGGCUGACAGGCCAAGUGUCAUUCAUACCAAGUGAGGAUUUUAAGGUACAAUGUCUUUCCGGUAGCAAAAUCUGGCUCAUACUCGGUGUAAAACCUGAAAACCUCACGAGUGACGUAAAACAAGUAAUACCCAGAACCCAGGUAGAAGUCAACCCAAAAGAGCAAUAGAGCCAAGGAGCGCUUACAUUUACAUGGAAAACCCGGAAAUUCCGGGGAGAAUUCAAAUGGAACGGUUCAUCCCGGAGGAAAUUUUCCGGAAAAAAAGUAAUACCUUUCGAGGUAUUACCUUUUCCCUGUUCUUACUGAAACGACCGAAAUUUUCUGUACCAUUUGGUCGGAUUACCAGUGCCAGGCUUCCCGUCGAGAGAAAGUGAAAAAUUUACCGGUAUUGUGUAAAUGGUAUACAACUCAAUAGCGUUUCUGUUUUCGGUGCCAAAAAAAUGUCAGUACGAUUUAAAUUUUUCACCGAAAUUUCCGUAUAAAUGGUAAGCGCUCAAAAUAAUAGCUAGAAUGCAAAGAAAAACUUCGCAGGUUUUUACACAGAAGAUGACCCCAUAAUCUCGCUUUUCGCUCCGUCGUAAGAUUGAUUUAUUCAAUCAUUCCUUCUAUUUUGUAGGUUCGUAUUGUUGCUAACGGAAAACAGCCGUCUGGGAUUAACCCCGUGACAAUAAAAAACAUUAGUAUUGCUACAACGCAGUGCGAGAGACUACCUCUUCGUAGUUUACCAGGUAAGUAUACUCUUUCUUAAUAGUCUCCACUUUGUCCAUAACUGGGAUUCUUAAAACCUUGUUUUGGGUACGUUCUGCUGUCCAGCGGCGUAAAGUCUUUGCACUUAUAUGGACAGAUGAGUAAUUGAAAUAUAUAAAUAAUAGUGGCGGCUUCUUUACUUCGAGGAGCUUCACGGAUCAACUAUCACUCAAACUUCAUUUUUUUUUAGGAUUCAUGUGCGAGAGCAAAAGUAGUUUUCAGUGCGACAAUGGAGAAUGCGUAAGCAAAGACCUAGUAUGCGAUGGAGACAAGGCUUGCGUGGACAAUUCAGACGAGAAGAACUGUAAAUGCCUCCCAACUGAAUUUGAGUGUCCCACUGGAGAAUGCCUUGGUGUGGAGAAGCUAUGUGACUUGAGAAAGGACUGCAAGGACGGAACAGACGAGGCAAGAUGUGGUAAGCAACAGACUCAAAAGUUAUUUAUUUAAUUUCCUAAAAUAUUUGUUACUUUAGAGUCUCAUUAAUAUAGGGCAAAGCUGCUCGGAAGAUGCUUUUUCUUGCGCCGGAGGUGGUUGCGUACCAUGGUCUCUCACGUGCGAUGAAGAUACAAACUGUCAAGAUGGAACAGAUGAGCCAUCUAUAUGUGGUAAUGGCUCUUUUUGCUGCACAUUAAAGUAAACAGCGAUUUGUCUUUAAGCUUAGUAUAAUUUAGUUAGUAAACGUUUAACCGGCGUUACAUAAACUUGGUGUAGAUGUCUACACGUCUGAAUCUAGCGUUAAAGGUAUUUUCAGAGAGUGUGAGCGGUAAACGUUUCAAUAUUUUAGCAAAGAAAGGUCGUUCUUUAGAUAUUCAUGACUACGCACAGAUUAGUGCGCAGCUAAGGGCCUUGACUGAUUUCAGAAUGAAAGCUACUGCCAAUAUCCUGAGUUUGUUUCUAGAUCGGGACAGAAUCCGGAUAGAAUAGCUGUUGCAACCAAAUUUGUAGAUGGCAAUACCUACUAGCAGAUACCGGUAUAUUUCCCUUGCUAAAAUGUGAUUCUAAAUACUAAAGUGGUCAUUCCCAGAAUGUCAAAUGAAAUAGAAACGAUAGUUUCCUUAAAAAUGAACCAAAACUUUGAAUUUGGAGCAAGACAUUUUUUGAUCGAUCUACGAUCAUCGGUUGCAGGUAAUAUAGUUACUGGGAUUUGAAAUACCAAUAUACGGUGAUGCAUUAUGCAAUUGUACAUGACGUUAACACCGAGGUGAUUACAAUAUAGAAUUAUUGUUUUUAAUAAGCUCUAGAUAACAAAUAUUACAAAAGCAAGGGAAAGGUAGAAAAAAACCAAAUAAAUUAAAUAUCAAAAUCUGUUUAAAUGUUUAAUACGCAGUAAUGAUAAAUGAAUGAAUAAUAAAAUAAAUAAUAAAUAAAUAUUUUAAAGUUUAAUAAAAAGUUGUAGUAAUAAACGACACUGUGUAAUAAUCAAAUAAUAAAUGCAUUGGACAAUACUUUUGUUUCUUCAGGGUCUUCGCACUGUCCGUUGCUUAAUCUGGGCUGUGAUUGGUUUAACUAUACGAAUUCGUUAAAAUUUUACCAGUGUGGUGGAAACAAAGGUAUGGAAAUGAUGAUCUUGUCCUAUAUUUGUUGACAAAUGAAGACGACUUUUUACCUGUAACAGUGCAGCGUAACAGUCGCUUAAGAUUAGAUUAUUAUAAAAGGCAAGUGCAAAGCUUAGUUUCCAUACUGGGAAAUGAACCCAAUUACUUCUCUCACAUUCGUUUUGUUCAUAACGUGAAUAAUGUAUGUCUGCUAAUAAGCAGCAGGUAAAUUGAUGAAAUUUGAGUAAUCCACUGGUACCCUAUCGGGACGAAAUAUCAUACAAAUAAACACUACUAUCAUUCAUUCAAAAUAUUUCUCUGUUUCUGACUGGCUAAAAGCACACGCAUAAUUCACUAUAACCAGCUACUGUUGACCAAAUUUGGAAGAAUUUUGUGAUUAAUCAACCGAUGACGUCAAAAGUGCAGCACAGUUGCAGGUUAAUGCACCGUUAACCGAGAAGACUUGGGGACGAGGUUGAGUUGUUUUGGUUGUGAAAAGAAAAAUGGUCGAACAGUUGGUGGAACAUUUUAACCGUCUCACGACGAACUAUUGUCUAGAAACAUAGCAAGAAGACAGCUCGACGGACAACAUCUGCUAUUUGGAGUAUAUUUGCAGACCUGAACAGCCCUUUAUCUUCUAAGCAUGCCCUAUCUAGAUGAACUUAGCAUCGACGAAGGUAAGAAUGUUUUAGCUUGUUUUUAAACAAGGAAUUAUUUUGAAUGUUGAAUAAUAUAGCAAUUAACGAAUUCGGCUUUCGUGGGAUAUAAAGAAUUAUGCGGAUCUCGGAGGGUGUUAUCCACCUCGGUCACACGCUCCUCAAUCUGCAUAAUGCUUCACAUCCUACUCAGCCUCAUUCAUUAAUUCCUAACAGAAACUCAUAAGGGGCUGAAACAUGUAACUCUCAUAUGUUUACUUUGUCCGAUGCUCGUGAUUAUUCAUUUUCGAAAGUACCAUAUUUGGAAGGAGAAGAAGAGAUAACUGAGCAAUCAAAUAUCGUAAACAACGUGAUGUAAUUUUACUUCAGUUUCCCGCGCCCGCUUAAAAAAAUGACCAACAAACGGGGGAAAAACUCCCGAAAGCCGAGAAAGCUUUCAAAGGUUGAGACCAGGAAUCUUACCGAAACACUGAGCAGGAUAUUAUUGCCUUACCACCCGGGCCAAACGUAACAUUAUGAAACCCAUUGACGUCCUCGAAACUACUUGAAGUUGUCACUUCCAAAAACGAUGCCUCGUUGACCCUCUGCAUAGUAAACUUAUGCUGCAAAUAGGCUUUUAAAACUCUUAUAUUAAAAGUCUACAAUAAACAGUAAAAACUAUUUUCGAAUAGAAAUCAUUAGCUUCGUAUCGAAAAGUGUCCAAAACCUGAACCUGACAUCUUCGCAAAAAGUGAUGCGUGUAAUGAAUGUGAGAAGCAUUUAAGUUUAAAUUCAGCUUGGAUGUUGUAGUCACGAUCGUGUUUUGAGCUAAUUUUAUGAAUGAACAAACUCAAAAUAAUAGACAGAUAAGCCGUUUCUUGAAAUUUUUAUUCAAAGUCCAAAAAGUUAAUCCUUUAAAGCAAUUCGGAAAACACUAUCUGGAUCGUGGAUCCGUUCAAGCAAGUGAAACCGGCUGAGCACAUGGCAAAAUUCAACUCAAAAUCCAUCUCAAAUCGGGGCACAUUUUGUAAUUUUUCUCUUAAGCGCCCAAGAGAAAAAUUUAUAAAACGUCUAUGAAACAUUUAAAAAUACAUAAAUUCCCUUUCAAAAACGUAAAGUGCAAAAUAUACCUGAAAAACUUCACUGCCUUGGUUGCGUUUCAAAGCAGACCAUGCGCUCCGUCGUGAAGAAAACGAGGUUGAAUUCCUUGAAGGACGAUUUGUUGAUGAAAAGCUUCCCUUCCUACACAAAAAGAAAGCUAGCAUUCUUUAGAUCUUUAAUAAAUUCUCUUUCCAUUUUUUGUCUUUUAACAGUGUAUUUUAAACCUUGAAAUGCAGAACUCUUGUCUUAAAACAUCUGCAUGGUGAUCGCGCGGCAGCCAUUUUGUUGAAAACGGAUAUCUGUCACUGUUCGGGACAAAUCUAAUUUAAAAAUCGGACAUGAAAAUUAUCCGAAAACUGUUAGGUUUUUUUGAUAGGGACCUGAGCACUGGUCACGUGACUUCCUUUUCCAUGUGACUAGUGUGUUGAUCUGUGAUAGUUGUUGCGUUGUUUGUAUGGUAGAGAGAGCACAGAACUUGUAAGUAUUUGGUUCGUUUUUCAGUUCUAUCUUGCUCUCUACCUACAUGUUUUGUAUUUUUGUUUUAGUUUUCACCGUUUGAGUCGAAGAAAUCUGUGCUUAUCCCCAACAUCAGUGACAAAAGUUCUAUUGGAAUUGCAUGUUUUCAAGUGUGAUCGAUGGAUGCUUCGAAUAGAUUCAACGUUGGCUUCGACAGUGGUCGUGGUAUAAGUUUGGAUUACGCUGGGUCUGGAAUGGAUCGUGGAUUGCCCGAUUUUUCGAUUCAGUUACCUGCGGUUUCAACUCGAAGCGAUAUUUCUUUACCUUCUUGUGUUUCUACGAAUGUGUUUUCACAGCCAUUGAGCGCUUCGCGGGAAGGCGAUGGCUAUCAUUUUCGUCCCAGGCCCCCGCCGACUACUCGCGUUGAAUUUUUGGAAUCGGAUCGGAAAAGGGACUCACGGGACCAGAGGAGUACGGCAAUGCAGUGGUCAAAUAUUAGCAAGGAAAUAGACAGUUUAUUGAAAGAAAUUCAGUCUGAAAUUCAUGUAACACUGAGUCCAGAGGAAGCUAAGAAAUCUGUUGACUUGCUCUUGGAAAAAUGGGACAGGCUCGAGGGACUUCAUGGGAGGUACCUUGCAGGAAUUAACGAGAGAAAACGCUUAGAACAUGUACAAGAACGUUAUUCUACUCUGAAACGUGAAGUGGACGAUAUUAUCAAUGAGUGUGAGGGUUUGUUUAGAAGACCAGACCCCCGGCAUGACGAACUUGGAAUGGACCGCGGACUACCAGUCUGGGAUCGGAAACAAGAUGACAAUAAGUCAGUGCACAGCGUUGCUACUCAUGUUACCAAACAUUCUGAGGCAUCAUCAGUUUCUUCACAGAAGAAAUCACUAAAGAGGGCACUGGUGUCUAAAAUGAAACUAGACUUAGCAAGAGCUAGGGCAAAGGAAGACGCAGAAGCAGCAAGAGUGGCUCAUGAAUAUAAGCAAACGAUGGAACUUAGGCGCCUUGAAGAGGAAGCAACAUUGGCUGAGCUUGAAUGGAAAAUUGAAAUGGAUAACUUGACUGAAAGCAAACUCCCCCCUGUUGUGCCUAGUGCCUUGAACACUUCUACGUUUAUUGUUAACAAGCAAUCACACUCCACCCCAGUCACGUCUGAGUAUGUUUCUAGAGAUGGGUUUAACAGUCAAUCGAGUGCCGUGUAUGUGAUAUCCAGUGGAACACCUCAAUCAACGGAGCCAAAGUAUCCAGCAGUUUCAAGACCGUCAGACACUAUGUUGAGCCACAAUGAAUCGUCUGUGAAGGGAUUAAACACCACCACUCCCUCUGCGGGGAUUAACUCGACCCAGUCCCUUGAACGUGUUAACUUCGGGAGGUCGCAGACCGUCUCCAGCAUGGACCAGGCUCCCCGUGAUCAUGUUGCCGCAAUGUGGAAAGCACAAUAUCUUAGCGGAAUAAAGCCGACACAGUUCAGUGGUAAUCCAGCCGAGUUCCCCUUUUUUCGUGAACAAGUUCGUACGCACCUCGAAAGCGACCUGCUCACUGAUGUCCAGCAAGUGGAGUAUCUGCCUAAAUUCGUGGCGGGAGAAGCGUUAGAGGUUGUGAAGCGUAAUAGAGGUUGUACGUUAAAUGAGAUUAUGAAAACGUUGGAGGAACGUUUUGGCCAAGCGGUGAGAGUGACGCAAGCAUGUGUGGAAGAGCUCGCAUCUGGCCCCAAGUUGGCGUACGGCGACAAUACUGGUCUUCUCAAUUUCUCUGAGAACUUAAAUGCAGCCACCAGGAUCCUCAAGGGAGACGUUGAACGCGAGGCGAGCGUAGCGACGAACCUCAGGCGCAUCGUGAACCGUUUACCUAACGACUUAAUCCUGAAGUGGCAAACCGUGAACUACGAGCUCGUGAAGUCCGGAAGAUCCGCUCGAUUAAAGGACGUCGCUGAUUUUGUGCACAAACAAGCGUCUAUCAGAAAUGACCCGGUGUUCGGGUUGCAGACAUUUAAGCGGGAAAACAAGAAUACCAAACUUCCUCCGAAGCUUCCAGUAAAGAACACCACAAUCAGUACUACCGGCGUUGAUCAUAAAACUCCUGCUUCUGAGAACACUGAACACUGCGGAAUUUGCAAAUCAAGUAAGCGUCACAAACUCCAAGAAUGCCCUAUUAUCAAACAGUGCAAACACGUGGCAGUGCGAAGACAGUAUGCGGCAUCCUGUGGAUUUUGUUUUAAUUGUGGUCUUGAAAGGCCCGGACACGGUUCUGGCUCCUGUCCGGACCCACCAGCAGGUUCAGUAUGUUCCGGUCGACACAUUCCUCUUCUGCACUCUGAAAGUAAUCAUGGUGGUCGUCGCUUCAUCCCACGGAGUAAUAGAGAGUCUAGUGAUAAGUCUGACAAGCCAUUGGCGACGCCUAAAUCCCCAAACAGCGAAAGGGGAAAUGUCACUCCAGCCGCGAGCGGAGACAAGUCUGACAAGUCUGUGGGAAAGGUGCCAAUAUCGUCCGCUGCCGUUGCGACUGUGCAAGCGAAAGUGCUGUUGAACGUUAUACCUGUUGUAAUAUCUGCUGAGAAUGGUAAAACUGUAUCCACUUACGCCUUCUUAGACAGUGGCUGCACUGACACCCUCAUUGAACAAGAUUUAGUUGAUCACCUUGGUAUUCAAGGAACACCCGCGCAAAUCGGAAUUAACACGAUUUCAAGUAGUGACAAUGUGGUAGAGUCGAAACGUGUGUCCUUUACCUUGACUUCGGUGGAUACUUCCGGGGAGAGUAUUGACGUUUCGGAGGCCUAUGUCCUGCCUAACCUCAACCAGUCGCGCUGUACUCUUUCGGAGCAGAUUGACACUAUUGAGUACCCGCACUUACGUGAUGUGGAGUUCCCGGAGGUUGACAUCAAGAGAGUCUCUAUACUUUUUGGAAACAAUAUUCCCUAUGCACAUUUACAGAAGGAAGUUAGAGUCCCUGAAGAUAAGAAGAAAGGGCUCUAUGGCUGUCGUUAUCCCUUGGGCUGGUGCGUUUGUGGUCCUUAUGGUGCCAAUUGUCGUCAAGGGGUUUCAGCAAAUUUUGUCUCGAUUGACCCUGAACCGCGUUCUCUCAUUGAAAAAUUUUGGAAUCUGGAGGAUUACGGGACACUGAAAUCAAAUGAGAAACCCCUCUCGGUGGAAGACAAAAUAGCCUUGAAGAUAAUUGAGAACACCACCCACUGCGUGGACGGUCGGUAUGAAGUCGGUAUGCUGUGGAAGGAGAAAGAACGCCAGUUUCCGAAUAAUGUAGCCAUGGCCAAGCACCGUCUAGAGUGCCUGAGACGCCGUCUUACGAAACCUGGCAACGAAGAAAUGGCCGUUAAGUACCGCGAAGUUAUGGAUAGUUAUAUCAGCAGUGGGUUCGCUCGCAAGUUGUCAGAAGAAGAGUUAAACAAAGAGUCUAAAACACAUUGGUAUCUUCCGCAUCACCCUGUAACCAGUCCUACCAAACCAGGCAAGGUGCGCAUUGUCCUCGAUGCAGCAGCUGAAUGCGAGGGAACUUCGCUUAAUAAGAACUUGCUGACUGGACCAGAUGUAGCCAACAACUUGGUUGGUGUUCUCCUACGUUUCCGCCAGGGAAAAAUAGCGUUCGCUGCCGACAUCGAAAAGAUGUUUCAUCAGAUACGUGUGCGUGAGGAAGACCGGGAUUCCUUGAGGUUACUGUGGUGGACAAAUGGAUAUGAUAAUCCCCCUGAUACAUACGUCAUGCAAGUGCAUAUUUUCGGAGCGGCUUCCUCCCCCUGUAUUGCAAACUCAACUUUGCGCCGUGUGGCCGACGACAAUGCCGAAGAGUACAGCUCUAGUGUUAUUACAGCUGUAAAAAGAAAUUUCUAUGUUGACGAUGCUCUUCCCUCUGAGAAUGAUGAACAGUGCGCAAUUCGCCUAGCCCAUGACAUGGUAGAACUGCUCGCUCGAGGCGGAUUUAACUUGACCAAGUUUACGUCGAACUCCAAGAGACUACUAAGUGCUGUCCCAAAUGAUAAGCGAUUUAAGCCAGAUCUAAACCUUGACCUGGACGAGCUACCUAUAGAGCGUGCACUCGGAGUACGUUGGUCUGUUGGAGAUGAUACGUUGGGGUUCGAAAUAAGAAGCCUAGUUCGCCCUGAAACAAAGCGCGGUAUACUCUCCACUGUUUGUUCAUUGUUUGAUCCUCUGGGUUUCGCAGCAUCAGUGGCUUUCUCUGCACGACGCCUGAUUCAAGACCUAUGGAAGGCUAACAUAGGAUGGGAUGAGCCCCUGAGCGAAGAAUUUCUGUCUAAGUGGAGAGCAUGGAGCACUGAGUUACCCUUGUUGUCCGAGUUGUCCAUCCCUCGGUCCUAUUUCCUGUCGGACGGUGACCCGCGUCAAUGCAAGUUACAGCUUCAUGUGUUUUCAGAUGCGUCAGAGAUUGGCUAUGGCGCAUCAUCAUAUCUGCGAAGCGAGUACCCCGAUGGACGAGUUCAUUGCGCCUUCAUUAUUGGUAAGGCCAGAAAUGCACCUGUGAAAUUUGUUAGUAUUCCAAGACUGGAAUUGCAAGCAGCUGUACUCGCAACCCGGAUGUUUAAGAUGUUGCGAGAGGAACUUGAACUGAACAUUUCCGGGACGUAUCUUUGGACUUAUAGUGAAAUAGUGCUGCACUAUCUGAGAAACGAGAAACGAAGACUUCAGACCUUUGUAGCUAACAGAGUGGAAGAAAUAAAGGAGCACACACUUGUAGAGGAUUGGCAUCAUGUGCCAGGAUCCUUAAACCAGGCAGACUAUGUGUCGCGAGGAAUGAGCCCGUCUUCGCUAACUGCUGACCAUAGGUGGCUUCGUGGACCUGACUUCUUGUGGGAGCCGGAAACUUGUUGGCCCACAGACAUGUGCCAGUUCGUACCCGAUGAAGGUCUGGAGUUAAAGAAGGAAGCUCUCGUGCACUCCGUCCAACUUUCCCCUAAUCCGUCCGUGACGAAGAAGGAAGAUACAAGGCCUACGGCCGUCGAAAGCUGUGAAGAACCGCCCCUCCGAGUGUUAUUAACUACCUGUUCAGAUUGGUCCCGCCUCAGGCGCAGAAUGGCCUGGCUCCUGCGUUUUGUACAAUUUGUUAAGGACAAACAGAACGCCAAAACUGGACGUCUCAGUGUUGACGAUUUUGACACGGUAACUGCAGCAAUUGUGAGGAUUGUCCAAGGAUUGGCGUAUGCACAGGAGAUUAAAGAUUUGAAGUCCAACGGUGCGGUCAAGCCGUCAAGCAAGGUUGCGUCACUGAAUCCCAAACUUGACGAAGGCGGAAUCCUGAGAGUUAAUGGCCGUGGUCAGCUCAAGCCGACCUCCUGUACACACGGCCAACAAAUGAUUUUUCCCAGAGACCAUCCGGUCGCCAAGCUGGUUGUACGUCACGUUCACCACCUUAUUGGUCACUUGGGACGGGAACAUGUCAUUGCAAAGUUGCGGGAAGAUUUCUGGAUCCCUCAAGUGCGUGUAUUGGUUAGAUCGGUCCUUAAUCGAUGCCUUACCUGCAAGAAACUUAACGCCAAACCUAUGACCCAGCAGAUGGCACCCUUUCCCAAAUGUCGACUUACAGCCUAUGAGCCACCGUUUUCGUUCACUGGUAUGGACCUCUUCGGUCCGAUUUAUGUGAAACAUGGCCGAGGGACCGCGAAACGGUGGUGUUGCUUGUUUACCUGUUUGACCACCCGUAGCGUGCAUCUUGAAGUGGUUAAUUCUAUGGAUACUGAUGAGUUCAUCAUGUGUUUAAGGCGUUUUAUAAAUCGAAAGGGAGACGUGAAAGAGUUACGAUGUGACAACGGUUCUAACUUCGUUGGGUCCGAACGAGAAUUGAAGAAGAGUCUCCAGGAAUGGAACCAAGGGCAGAUAGAGAGAGAGCUGAUACAACGAGGCUGUAAAUGGAUAUUUCAACCCCCGACUGCAUCAAGUAUGUCUGGCGUGUGGGAACGUAUGGUUCGAAGUGCAAAGACAGUCUUGAAGUCCAUUUUGGGGGCGCAAACUGUGACAGAUGUGGUUCUACGAACACUUGUUACUGAGGUUGAGUGUAUCCUUAACGGAGGAGCCCUCACAGCGAAUUCGGACGAUCCGAACGAUCUCGAACCGCUAACACCGGCCCACCUAUUGAUGCAGAGGAAGUUCAUCUGUUUGCCUCCUGGAGUCUUUGAGAAGACUGACAUUUACAGAAAGAAGUGGAGGCAGGUUCAAUUUUUGGCUAAUUUGUUUUGGGAAAGGUGGUUGAAGGAGUACAUCCCAACCCUCCAACAACGAGUUAAAUGGCGAAGAGUGCUGCCUAAUAUCAAACCCGACGCCUUGGUUCUUCUUGUUAACGACAACACUCCUAGAGGGCAUUGGAAUCUCGGUAGAGUGUUGGAGACGUACCCGGGUGCAGAUGGUCUAGUACGGACUGUGAAAGUCAAGACCAAGGAUGCUGUCUAUGUUCGUCCUAUACAGAAGUUGUGCUUGCUUGAGAACGAUGUGAAAGAAGUAGAUGCGGUGUAGUUGCUGAGGAAAACAAUAAAAAUGAGGGAAAAUAUUAAAAUUGUGGUGGAGGGAAAAAAAUUGAGGAGGGAAACGUGGUAAUAAAAAGAUAGCUUGCUUUCUUUGACUAUUUUAACAGAUUUCUUUCAAAUCGCUGUGUAUUUGACUCUUUUAGUUUUAAACGGUAUCUCGUGUCUGAUUUUAUUGCUAGCAAUUAUUAGUCGCGUGCUUAAUCAAUUGAUCCUUGUUAAGUUAUUUGUUUUAUAAUAAUACGUCAAUAUGGUCCCUUCAGGUUUUUCCUGUAGAGCUAAUUUGUAUUCAACUUUGGUCUUGUGAACUCGCAUAAUUACCUAACUAACGACGCUUGAAACCUUGAGACUUCAAUAGUUUUUCAUUUCCUCGAGAUAGAACGGAGAAAACAGUUCUGUAAUAGUCAGACAAAAUUGAAAUAGAGAGUUUUCAGCUACACUUUGUGUAUAGGUGCGUGUGUUUUGUUUAUAAAUCCGAGUUUUAGCGUUAAAUAGUACCCCGGAAUACAUAUGACAUCAUUUUCCAAAAAUAACUAAAACCUGUCAAACCGGUUAUACCAACCAUGACCGCCACAAGAUAAAAAUAGAACAUGACAUCAUUGAUAAACCCGUCAAACUGGAUAUACUUAAUGAGAUUCCACCGCAAGUUCAUGAGAUACCACAGCAUUUUAUUCAUGAGAUCAAGACAAAAGGUUAUGACGUCAUUGGCGUUAAUUUAUUCCUGACCAAGUUAAUGGAAUUCCUGCCCAAAAAAGAGGAGUAACCGGUCCCUCCUAUACUACUCUCUCUAUUUACGAAGUCUUCCUUAUGCAUUGUGCUAGUUAAAUGCGAUUUUGAGGAUGGACUGUGCGGGAUGGAACAAGAUAACUGGCGCGUUGGGUCUGGCUCAACACCCACAAAAAACACUGGUCCGGAUUAUGACCACACCACAUUUCUACCUGAAGGUUGGUUUGAGUGAUACUAAUUCUUAAGCAUUUCAGUUUUCUCUUCGUAUUCCCUUUAAAGGCGCCACCAAAUGCUACAAACCAUCUCAUAAACAGCAAGCUGCUUUAAGUUUAUAUUUAAAAAAAAAUUAAAAUAAAUAUACAACAGUAUUAGAAACAAAGCAAUAAAGAAAAUGCUAAAUGUAAAUGAUGGGCUGAUACAUCAACUGAACUUGACCGCUCUUCCAAACUAAACGUUCUUAUUAUGACACCGUGUAAAAGACAAAAGCUUUGAUAAGGUUUCUGGUGCACUUGGUUUAAUUGACUCUUUAGUCUUUUUUUUUUCUUUCUAAGUUUAAUUAUGUAUUUAUUUCUGUUAUUCCUUUUUAUUUAUCUAAUUAUCUAUCAAGGAAAAUACCUAUUUCUGGAAGCAUCGGAGCAGAAGGCAGGUGAGGGAGCCAUUCUGUUCAGCAGUAUAAUUGGUCCUGGUAAAUCUAUUUGUGUACAGUUUUGGUAUCACAUGAAAGGAAAGGAUGUCGGAAGCUUGAGAGUCUACAUUCAAACAAAUCAAACAAAAACGCUGGUUUGGAAUACGACAGGUGAACAAGGUGACAAAUGGAACUUUGGACAAGUUGGAUACAGAGGCGACUUGAAGAGCUACCAGGUAGGGGUAAUAUUGCAACAAAUAACUUUAAGUUAAUAAUUGUUCUAAAAAUUGCUAUCCAUACUAAUGGUGAUCUUUUAUUACCGAGAUUUGACAAUCAGAAAACGAGAGGGCUAGUCAGACGUUGUUGUUGUUGCUGUGGAUUGAUGAUAUGAAGUAAGAUAGUUCUCGAUCAUAAUACGCAGGGCUAUGGGCAGAUAGUUCAGUCACGAAUUGACUGGUUCUCCCCUGGUGACCAUUUUAAACUUGACUACAAAAUUUGUAUUGUCAGUGCGUAGGACGGCAAGUGAGCUUACGUCACUCAAUUUAACUUACUGUAUAGAAUGAAAAAUCCUUUAUAAGCGAGAACAGAUCUCUUUGUUGAGUGAUAUGGCAAUAAUAAAUGUGUUCGUUGAACUGAGAUAUGGCACCCUUAAACUCAUCUGAUUCCUCUUUCCAGGUCAUCUUAGAGGGGGUUGUUGGUAGUGGAAUUUACGGAGACAUUGCCGUUGAUGAUCUAUCCUUACUUGGCGAAAAUAUAUGUGACAUCAUAAAGGGGAAUGGUUAGUUACAAUUACUAAACUUAGUUAAAUCCUACUUAACGUCUGGCCGUACGAAGAAAGCCUCAAUUAGGGCUUGAACCUAGUACAAUCGAACUUGAAAAAAGUUAAAAGCGCGAAUUUUAUCUUAAUGUUAUGAUUUAUAGUACGAUUCACACUUUCGCAUUGUCCAUAGUACGUAGUGUUUGCCCCCACCCUCCAAUUUUUUCCUUACCAUUAUUACCAAUUUCUUCUGGGCUGAUCGUCCUUGAAAGAAAGAAAAGAAAGAAAAGAAACCGAGAAGAAUAUGCAUGUGCAAGAUUUUGGGCAGCAAACAGAGCGCAUUAUGAGCAGUGCGAAAAUGGUGAAUUCACUGAAUUCUAAAGUAUCAUUUACUGACCCAGUGUCUUACAUCUAUAUUAUCUCCGGAGGCUUUGAGAAGGUCCUGGUCGUGAUAAAUUAAAACCACUUAAUAUCUUCGAAGACACAGGUUAAACGAAUGUGUUAACGUUACCGGUUUAUUUUCAACUGCUGUAUUUAACAGAGCUUCCCGGAUGUCUAUUUGAGCAGGAUCAUUGCGUUUGGGAGCCGAGUGACAACUGGCGAAUGAGUAAACUUUUCCCUUUGAAAUUUUUGCAAACGGAUUGGCAAAACACCCUCGGUACGUAUAUUGUCCCCUUGCGUUUUAAUAAACCAAAUUAAGCAUUUCCCUGUAAAUACCUUUAAACGUGAUAUUCUGCAGGAGGAUUUACAUAUUUGCAAGGUUGUUCAUGGACUGACAAAGAAUCAGGAUGCAAUGGGACUUUGAAAAGUCGACGCAUUUUGCCUGAAGCAGGUUGGAAUUGUGUGCAGCUCUGGUAUUAUCUUGAAACCACCGGAUCUGGUUCUCUUAAGGUGUCUUUAAUAAUCAAUGAAACCAAAGCCAUUUUGUGGAGUUCAGACUCUCAUCAAGAUCAAGGAAAAGCUGGACGUUGGAUGUAUGUUCGGUUGCCAAUCGACUCUGGCUCAAGGCCAUACCAGGUGAAUACCAUAGCUAAAUAAAAAUCUCUAAUGAAAAGCUAUUGGAUUACAAAAAACUUAGUUAGUUCAAUUUGGGUUGAUACUGCGAAACCCUAUCCUAAGUUGGAAAAGAAGGAGGCAGCCGACCUGAUUGUACCAAAAUCAAAAUGUAACUGAUUCCUGUUUACUUCAUCGGAUGUUUUCGUGCCGAUAAUUUUCUGACAAGCAUCAUUUACGAUGUGAUGGUUUCACUUAACGGAGAAAAGAGGCUAAACAUGCCUUAAAUUAAGGACCAAAUUGCCAAGAAUUUUGUUUGAUUGCGUGUUUUUCCAAGUUUUUUUUUAUUGAUGGGCAAGCAUUUGAGGCUUGCUCUAUUUGCAAGUUAUAACAAGCUUCCCUGCCAAAACGAAGAAACAACUAUUGAAAGACAGGUGGCUGGGGCUGGAAGUUAUGUUGCCUUUUGUCUUACCUAGAAAACACUUCAGUAUCAUGACAAGGGUGAAGUCUUUGACGUUUAGUCUUUUUCUCGGAUGUAACUAGGUCCUUCUUGAAGGGCAGACGUCCUUGAAACAGGCAUUCCUUGCCGUGGAUGACAUAGCUUUUCAAACCGAAGGAUGUGAAGUAAUUCCCUGGCAAGGCAAGUGUGAUUCACCCAGUUGAACAACAACCGCGUAGAUUGUUUUUACUGAACUGCAAUGAUCAGAUUCGCUUUCAUGUAAUGUCACUGUUUAGAUAGUAAGAAAAAGACUUAAUUCCGGUCAAUUUCAGCCCGGCUGAUAUUUUUCAAUAGCCCAAUGCAUUAUGAUCUUUAUCAGUGUAAAUAUUUUCUAAGGAGCAUUGUUCAGUUGCAAUGUGAUUCUGAAUUCCUAAAAGUACAUCCUGUCGAUUACUAAAUAAAAAAGCUCUUUUUGUAUAUAGUUUCUCAAACACCACCAUUGGAAUGUACCAGUUAAUCAAGAAUAUCACAUACUUUAUAUUCGAACCUUUCGCACAUUACGUUUCCCGGUACAAUUUUUCUUUUUCUGUUGCUGUUAAUUAUUAGUGGUUGGAAUAUUAUUUUUGGUGUCUAGUGGCCAAGCUUGGCCAAGUAAACUAAUGUUACUUUAUUGGCCCCUAGCUCCUAUGAAUAUUUACUUACACAGUAACUAAAUGUAUGCCGUUUCAGUUUGUCUUUUUCUUAAAAGUAAUAUUUCUUCCAGAAUAUGGAAAAAAUCCCCUCAAAACGCAAUAUUUCUGGAAACUAGACGGAAGCGACGAAAAUGUAAGGUAUGCUUUAGAUUAGGAUAGCCUCACUGUUUUUUGAGAAUAAAAUUAAAACUUGCCAUACUAAAUGCGCAACACGACUUUCAUUGUGAGCACCGAAAACACGCAAACGGUUUAAAGGACGCAUAGGUACACAAUUUUUCACCAGCAUACUUCAAAGAUAUCAUUUAAAUCAGGGGGUUAGUGUGGAAUAUUCAGAAAAUGGGGGCUGAAACAGCUGAAAGUAGACAUAGAACAGAAAUGUAUUCGCAGUUGCUACUUAAGGUGGCUGAACACAAUUUUGGCAGUUUGAGAGUAUAUGUCAUUUGCCAAAUCAUGGCAAGAGAAAGGUUGCAGCUCACAAGCUGAAACUUGGCAAGUGAAAAAUAUACUGAUGAAAGAUUUUGAUUGACUGGCAAAAUUUAACGUUUUCGUAGUUUCCAUGGCAACACGAACGAUUGAAUACAACCUUAAAAUUUCACUUUUGCUCAGUUUACAUAAAAUUCGCUCAUUAGAUUUUCCUAUAAACUAGCACACAGCUUACUAUAAUUAAUCAUUAACAUUUGAAACUUAUUUGACCAAAUUUUAAGAGACAGGUUUUGAGAUAAUUAAUAACAUAAUUGUACUGUAAUUAUUAAAUGUGGCACAAAAAUCGUCUGUUCAACUUCCAUUUUAAAGUUCUCAUUAAUCAAACUACGAUAGAAGUAAAAAUUCUCCCAAAUAUCACAUAAUUUUAAUAAACAGACCUUGAGAAAUCCUCUCCUGUGUACCAUUGAUUUUUUCGCCGCCAUGUUUGUUUGUAUAAAUAAAACGCGCGCCAUCGCGCGAGUUACCGCUGACCACCCACAUCGAGGUUUGUCCAAUACACCCCCACCGUAACGGUCCGUAUAAGCCAUGUGUCGAUCCGUACGGAUCGAACCGAUCGACAACAGGGGUAUACGGUCUGUAAAGAGUGUUUUACGGUCCGUAAAUCGCAUCUCAUUGGUGGGACUUACUUACUGAUCGAACGGAUCGACAAAAGGGGUAUACGGUCUGUGAAGAGUGUUUUACGGUCCGUAAAUCGCAUCUCAUUAGUGGCACUUAAAAUAUUUUCAUGGCAAGAGUGGCAUGAUAUACGGUUUGUCCAUCCGUACGGAUCGAACGGAUCGACAAAAGGGGUAUAGUCGGUAUACGGUCUGUAAAGAGUGUUUUACGGUCCGUAAAUCGCAUCUCAUUAGUGGGACUUAGAAUAUUUUCAUGGCAAGAGUGGUUAUAUACGGUUUGUCGAUCUGUAGGGAUCGAACAGAUCGACAAAAGGGGUAUACGGUCUGUAAAGUGUGUUUUACGGUCCGUAAAUCGCAUUUCAUCAGUGGGACUUAGAAUAUAUUCAUGGCAAGAGUGGAUAUAUUUACCGUUUUUCGAUCUGUAAGGACGGUACGGACCGACGAAAGGGGUAUACGGUUUGUGAAGAGCUCUCUUCGGUCAAUAAAGUGCGCGAGGUUCACGUUGGCGAUCAUUGGGUCCCUAUAACUUAGGAGAUAAAUUAUAAGAGAGAUAUUCAGUACUAUGAUGCUGUAAACUCGAGGUGUAAUUGCAAAUAUUAUGGUAAUUUUACAUUGACUGUUAUGUAUACUCAGUGUCCAAAGUGCAAUAUUUUACAAUCUCUUGGCUAAAAUUCUAUGGUAACUAACUGCAUUACAGUGUUCACUUUCUUUAUUUUUUGCCCUUUUUCAGCACGCGUUUUUACUUGAGUACCUUUUACGGUGUCUAAGUUGGCGACCCGAAACGAAUAUUUCAAGCCAUAUCAUGGGUUAUAACUUAUGUGUAUUGGUGAAAUGUUACUCUUGAUUUGAACUGUAUUUUCUUCCUUUUCAAACAUUAUAGCACAAGACAAAUUUGGGAAAUAUGAAUUAAACCAAGGAUAAAAUUGAUCCACAACACAAAAUUGAACUGGAACAUCUACAUGUACUAGAUUGUCGGUUAAGUAGUAUUUAGCAGCAGGUACAUCCUUGCAAAGGUUAAUUGUAAAAAAAGUAUGUUGUCACUUGUGUUUCGGGUAGGUCAAUAUUUGGAAUUAUUUACAACUUUGAGAUGUCAGUGAUUGUAAAAAGAAAGAAAAUUAUGAUGGUAUGGACCCGUAGGAGAUGAGAGUUUUUUUUUUUUGAUCCGCGCGCCGAUUUCACGUUGAAAAUGACGUUUUGCUAGCCAGAUUGUGCGCAGGAAAAUGAUGCGUAACAAUAAUAAGAGAGGAUGUGAGAAAAAAUAAAAUGUGAAUAAUAAAUGCCCCGAUGAUAUAUUAACAAUGAGAUGUGAAAAAAUUAUAAGGAAACAGAAAGGUGUGAGAAAAUUAAAUGCUUAAAGUUAGUAAACAGUCGAUGGUGAUUGGUUGCUACUAUCACACAUAUAGAUUAAAGCGUGGUCUCAAACAACCAUUUUCCCACUGUUGAACAAUACUGAGAAACCAUAACUCUACUAUUGUGGGAAGAUGUCUUGGGUAAACGAAUAUGGAGAGACCAUCAGAUACCUGCCAAAGGCAGAAGUUCUACUUUGACGUAGACCACAACAAACUUUUGUAUUUAAAUGGACUACCGAAACAGUAAUCACAGCACCAACAAGACGCAGCAGAAAAACCUAGAAAAUCCAAGAAAAAUCAUAAAAGAAGGAAAAACCCUGCAAUGCAGGACACAAAAAAAGGCUCUUUUAGGAGCCACCAAAAGAAUAAAAGUCUCUAACCAAGAAGAGUACUUUUUAAGUAGUAUUUGACGACUACACUUCGUUGUGAAAAUAUGUUCGCAUCAACAUUCCUAUUUCAUAAACUGCAGACGAUUGUUCUUAAAGUUUUACCGUAGAAAAGUUACAUUUCAAGUGCGCUUGCUUUUGUUUUUGGCGUAUAGAAAGAGGAAACUUAAAUUGAUAUAGAGAAUGUUUGUCAUGGUUAUACAAAGUACUGCGUGCUUAUUGCCAAAAAUUUGACAGCUUAUAUAAAACGAGGCGAUUGUUACAUUUGAAGCGCGCGUGCCCUCGUUUGUGACAUUAGAACGAGGAGCAGUUUUAUAAUGAAUAUUACAUUUGUUUUGUGCAGCAAAGCAAAGCUAAAAGAAAAGCAAGCGAAGAACAUUUGCAUUUAAAGUGCGCUUGCUUUAUUUCUGGCGUAUAGAGAAGGAUCAUUAAAUUUUUAUAGAGCAUGCUUAUCUUGGUUAUAUAAAGAAAUACUACGUUUGAAUAUUACAUUUUUGGUGCUUAUUUAUCUUGCCUUUACAUUCGGUGCGUGCUUAUAUUAAUUAUAAACUUAUUAACGCUUGUUCUUACAUUUGAAGCGCGCCUGUUUUGGUUUUUGACUUACAAGAACAUCACAUUUAGACACAAGCAUAAAACGUAGAGCGUGCAUACCGCGGUUUUUGGGUUGUUUUGAUUUACAGAAGAAGGAAAAUUACAUUUGGAGUGUGCCUUUCUUGGUUUUUGCGCUUGUGUUGGUUUAUGGUUUAUAGAACGAGGAAUUAAUACUACACUUGGAGUGCGCCUUUCUUGGUUUUUGCGCUUGUGUUGGUUUAUGGUUUAUAGAACGAGGAAUAUUACACUUGGAGUGUGCCCUUCUUGGUUUUUGCGCUUGUGUUGGUUUAUGGUUUAUAGAACGAGGAAUUAAUACUACACUUGGAGUGCGCCUUUCUUGGUUUUUGCGCUUGUGUUGGUUUAUGGUUUAUAGAACGAGGAAUAUUACACUUGGAGUGUGCCUUUCUUGGUUUUUGCGCUUGUGUUGGUUUAUGGUUUAUAGAACGAGGAAUAUUACAGUUGGAGUGCGCCUUUCUUAGUUUUUGCGCUUGGGUUGGUUUAUGGUUUAUAGAACGAGGAAUUAAUAUUACACUUGGAGUGCGCCUUUCUUGGUUUUUGCGCUUGUGUUGAUUUAUGGUUUAUAGAACGAGGAAUAAUACAUUUGGAGUGUGCCUUUCUUGGUUUUUGCGCUUGUGUUGGUUUAUGGUUUAUAGAACGAGGAAUAUUACACUUGGAGUGUGCCUUUCUUGGUUUUUGCGCUUGUGUUGGUUUAUGGUUUGUAGAACGAGGAAUAUUACAUUUGGAGUGUGCCUUUCUUGGUUUUUGCGCUUGUGUUGGUUUAUGGUUUGUAGAACGAGGAAUAUUACACUUGGAGUGUGCCUUUCUUGGUUUUUGCGCUUGUGUUGGUUUAUGGUUUAUAGAACGAGGAAUUAAUACUACACUUGGAGUGCGCCUUUCUUGGUUUUUGCGCUUGUGUUGGUUUAUGGUUUAUAGAACGAGGAAUAUUACACUUGGAGUGUGCCCUUCUUGGUUUUUGCGCUUGUGUUGGUUUAUGGUUUAUAGAACGAGGAAUUAAUACUACACUUGGAGUGCGCCUUUCUUGGUUUUUGCGCUUGUGUUGGUUUAUGGUUUAUAGAACGAGGAAUAUUACACUUGGAGUGUGCCUUUCUUGGUUUUUGCGCUUGUGUUGGUUUAUGGUUUAUAGAACGAGGAAUAUUACAUGAGUGCGCCUUUCUUGGUUUUUGCGCUUGGGUUGGUUUAUGGUUUAUAGAACGAGGAAUUAAUAUUACACUUGAGUGCGCAUUUCUUGGUUUUUGCGCUUGUGUUGGUUUAUGGUUUAUAGAACGAGGAAUAUUACAUUUGGAGUGCGCCUUUCUUGGUUUUUGCGCUUGUGUUGGUUUAUGGUUUAUAGAACGAGGAAUAUUACAUUUGGAGUGUGCCUUUCUUGGUUUUUGCGCUUGUGUUGGUUUAUGGUUUAUAGAACGAGGAAUAUUACAUUUGGAGUGUGCCUUUCUUGGUUUUUGCGCUUGUGUUGGUUUAUGGUUUGUAGAACGAGGAAUAUUACACUUGGAGUGUGCCUUUCUUGGUUUUUGCGCUUGUGUUGGUUUAUGGUUUGUAGAACGAGGAAUAUUACAUUUGGAGUGUGCCUUUCUUGGUUUUUGCGCUUGUGUUGGUUUAUGGUUUGUAGAACGAGGAAUAUUACACUUGGAGUGCGCCUUUCUAGGUUUUUGCGCUUGUGUUGGUUUAUGGUUUAUAGAACGAGGAAUAUUACAGUUGGAGUGCGCCUCUCUUGCCGUGCGGAUCGUACGGAUCGAACGAACCGUAUCGCAUUGUGCCCUGAUGUAAUAAUAAGAUGCACGCUCCGUAUGUCUACGGACUGUACGGAUCGAACGAACCGUAACGCAUUGUGCCCUGAUGUAUUAAAGAGAUGCCCGCUCCGUAUGUUUUUGGACCGUACGGAUCGAACGAACCGUAACGCAUUGUGCCCUCAUGUAAUAAUGAGAUGCACGCUCCGUAUGUGCUCAGCAUACGGACCGUGAGUAAUAGUGACGGUUUGUGCAGAACGUACGGUCCGUUAACUGCUCUUAACGGUCCGUAACAGUGCGGCAGUAUUGGACAUGACUGGAGCCCACAUCACUGUGUUUAGCCACCUUAAGUCAUUACAUUUUGUUUAUCUGAGUAUCGAAAUAUGUCAUGUGCUAAAAACUCUGGUCAAGCUAAGAAUUCUAAGCUAUAUUAUUAUCCCAUAUGAUUUUAGAUUGGAAGGUGAUGCUUCAUACCAAACCAACGGCGGAAUUAAAUCUUUGCAUCUUGACGGAAUAUCUGGUUACGCAGAAAUUCCUGCAAUCAAUUUCAGUAAGAGCAGCUUUUCAAUCGCCCUUCGAUAUAACGUCCACGAUUCAAACAUUAAAGAAAGACAUCUCAUAUCCGAUUGGUCAUCACCAUGGCAGUUUAGACUGUUUGUGCAUUACAGAAAAGUUUGGGUGCAAUUGAGACGAAGUGGUUUUUUGCAGGAUUUGCUUGGUAUGGCGAGCAAUCGGUUAGUUAAAAAGCGUUCUAAUGACUUUUUACACGGGUUUUUUUUCCACCUGUUAUUGAAUACCAGGGAGUGAGGAGUAACCUUAUGAUAGACGAUAAAACAGACACACUCCGCCUACCAGUAUGACGUCACAUAGUAACGGGCAAGAGCCUCGGGUCGCUUGUCCAAAUUAGCAAGGGAUAAGACAUUUAUUUUGACGAGCGAGGUCGAGGAAAAGCUAAGAAGAUAGUAAAUAUCGCUAUAUAUCGCUUAUUUGAUCGAAUGUGUGUGAGCUUUGAUGUUGCCAUAAUCUGCUUGUGUAAACCGUUUUGAUGUUUUGUGUCCGUGAUUGUAUAAUUUUGUUAAUUUGUUUUGCCGGCCGUGUUGCGGGAUCGCCAUCUAUUUCACGGGACCUGCAAGAUCAUCAAAACUUAAUUUUUUUUCCCUAAAAUAAGCAAGGUGUAGUCUCCAGAAUAGGAGGUUCCAUUCACAGAUCACACAUGUUUAUAUUUCAUCUAUUCUUUUGUUAAUUAAACGGGCCUAACUUCAUAUCAUUCCUUUCGAGUGUGGGCCUCUGUUGAUCUCCUAAUUCUCCACCAAAUCCAGUAAAGCUAGUUCGAUCGAUUAUCUACAUCGAGUCGGCCCGUUGAACCCGAAAUAAUGCGAAAUAGCUUUGAAAUACGCGCUUAAGCCGCUAAUUUUCGUCAAAUUUAUAUUUGAAUUCAUGAUAAAUACAGCUCCACCAGCUUCAAACAGCGUCUAUGGCAGAGAAAAAUUGUUUUGAUAUGACAAAAUUAAUUUUUCAAAUCAUGUGUGUCACUGUGGUGCAGUGGUCAAGUAGUUCCUUGAACGUGCAGACUCCCGGCGACGCUGUUUUCUGUUUCUUUGUCCCGUUUUUUUUUCUGUUUGGUCUCUUUUUUUCAAAAAUAUUUUUCCUUUUGGCCUUUUUUUCUUUAUUCUUACUGCUGACCCUGCCGGUAAUACCCUUGGAUCAAUAUAUAUUUUAAGCUUUCAUUAAGUCCGGAAUUUUAUUUUGGAAAAAAUAAAUAAAUGCCAGUGCCUUUGUACAGUCAUCGUCUUAAUCACCAAUAUUAUUACUCUAAAAUCUCCACUGGGUCAGUUGCCGCCCAAAAAUAGUUAAACGAAACCUUUUAUUGGAUUUCGGGAUUUAAUUACAGAAUUACAUACAUAUUAAAGUGGGGUAAAGUAACAGUAUUCAAUGCUCACAGUCUCUCCCAAAUACCUGUCAUUUAGCUUCCUCUUUCAACUCUACAGCUAAGCGAACUUUGAGAGGAAUGAUAUGGGGUUUCACUGGCUCUAAAGAGCUGAAAAUAUGCACAAUUUAAAGUAUAAUACAUCCUUUGAUGAACCUCCUAUUGCUGUGUCUAAACUCCUCAAUCUAGCUGUGUACUGGCCCUCAAAAGCAUGACCGGUCGGUAUAAUUGCCCGUAAAAUUUGCUCGACGAUAGAAAGGAAUCUUUGAAAUUCAUUACUCCACUGCACAUUUCAUUCCAAAAAAGUACUUAAGUCUAGUCUUCUAUGACAAUAGAAACCCUAAAAUCUCCAAAUCCAAGAAAUCGGAACAGUAUUUCCGUGAUAAAAUCGAAAUUUUUAUCCGACUCUUCGAUUAACACUUUGCUCGCCAUUUUGAAAGUUACUGACGCAAGACGUGACGUCAUACUGGCAGGCGGACUGUACCACAGAUUUCCUUGGAGACACCUUCCCCCCCCCCCCCCACCCCCCCUGGCUGCGUGCCCAUCAAAAGAUGAUUGGGCAUUUAUUAUAUGGCUACAAUAGUACGCUCUGAUUAGCUGCUAAGCGGGCAUUAUUUCCCUGUAAUGACCUGUCGUUACAGGGCCAGAGAUUACGUUGGUCUGAGUGAUGGAAUCAGUGUUACUGUGAGUGUUCCGUCUAACAAAGUCCGUGUUGUAGUUGUGAACACUCUCACUCUCGGUUAAUUAGUGGUACCGUAUUUAAUUGUCAUGUUUUUUCUUCGAUGGUUGAUAGACUUGAAAUGGGACGAAUUAUUUGUCUUUUCCACAUUUAUCUGGGAAAAAUUCAAUGUGAAUAGUAUAGUGCUAUAGAAGUAGUCUCGAGUAGGACAUAUAUAAAUGCAUUCGGAUUUUAAAUGAUUCUAAGCUAUAUAAAUUUACUAUUAUAUUUUAGAGAAAUUUAUGCAAAAAUCUGGACACACGUGAUAUUUGUCUGGGAUCGCUCUACCCGGAUAGGAAAGUUGUACUUGAAUGGUGAGUACGCAGGAGAGAAACAGUCUGCGUAUACCGGUCAAGAUAUUGACCUCAACCUGACAAAUCACACGGCAUAUGAGCUUGGUCUCAAAAAGGACUCAAUGGAAAGAAUCCGUGGCUCGCUGAGGGAUCUGAUGGUCUUCUUGCGGCCACUUACGACGAGGGAAGCUUUUACCCUUUACAGUAAGUUCUGUAUUUUGCAUUGCGACUACAGGCGUAUUGGUAUACAAAUUUUACUAGCAGUAGUUAAUGGCGGAGCGUCCGAGCACGCGAUGCACGCUCAGCGGAGCCUCUGUUACUAGUACGACUGAUGGAGGGUGUUAAGAGUUUCCCUUCGUUUACAAGAAUGCACAAUGCAUGUACAUGUAUGGAAUCGGAGGACGUGUUGUGUGGAGCUAAAUCAAUCGAGACGGAAGCACCACUCAACUAGGUGAUCAAGGUGUUCUAGUAAGUAAUUGCUCUCGAUCUAUUUCCGUACUAGUAAAUCAUUAAAUCCCUCUCUACAGUUUUCUUUGUUAACAAUGAUUCCCUGAUCUUUUUUAGGCUUCGGACAUUUGAUAUAAGGGAUAAGUGAAAUGGGAUAAUGAAAUUGUGUCCUGGAUCUCCAUUAAUUAUAAUCGAUUAGCACUUUAAUUUUUUCACUUUUCCAGUGUGUGUGUGUCUGUGUGAAACUUUUAGGCAUAAGGGAUAACAAGACCCCCUUCCCCCCUAAUAGGGCCUCUUUGAUUCAUCCAUUUACAUGAAUGUUUCACAUUUCUUCUGUAGAUACUGUUUAUAUUUAUACUGGAUACUGUCUUGCUGUCAAAUUCUUCGACUCUCUCUCUACUCUUUUCUAGCGAUCACUGGAUAUCCUCAGUUUUACGAAGGUUUACGUGGAUGGAAAAAUUCUAAGCAAAGUGUCUCACCAUGGAAACAAGCAGUGGGUCUGGAUAUGGCAGCCUCUACCAAGCAAGUUAAAUCGUAUUUGCAACGCAGAGGGAGAAACUCAAGAAGAGGUUGUUAAAAAUGGAGACAUUUUACUCCCUAUAAUUUUCAAUUUUUUUUUUUUUUUGAGAUAGACCUUCGUGUUGUCAUGAAAUCCUAGGUGAUAGGUAUCAAAUUAUUGCGUUCGACGUUAGGAUAACGCAACACGUAAUCUCGAAAAUCCCUGUGGUACUUGGGUGUCCUGUGGUACUCAAGAACCUUGAUCAGUAAGCGUUUUUUUGUAGCCUGUGUACAGAAAGGGGAGGGGGGCGUCUGUACACAGGCUACGUUUUUUGUCGUACGUCUGCAUUUUCUGCGCCAUUUUGAAUAAUUAAGAUCGCGAUAUUUACGUCAUAUGCGCAAAUGGCAAAAACAUGCAUCACACUGGUUCAUAAAACUCAACAAGGUGAUUUCAGCAUGUCAAAAGCAGGGAGAUACUUAAGUUCCGCAAAAGAAUGAACUUUGGAUUUGUUUUCUGAGCGGGUUUCAUGGCAGAGCUGAUGAUUCUGCUACACCUAUCUCGGUCAAUAUGCCGUUCAAAUCGAGCUGAAACAUCGUAGAAAGAUUCAAAUAAAGACAAGGUAACAUCUGUACCGUUAGAAAUUUCCCUUUGAGUUUGAGUCUAUUUAUAUAUUUCUAGUUUUACCUCUUACACGCAAAAAAAAAGCUUUUGGGAUAAAGUACGUUUGAAGAAUUUUACCUGCGUAUCAGUGAUUAUGUUUAUUACACAGGUAAUGCUUUAUCCGAGUCUGACUAUAUCUUCCCACGCAAGAUAAGUUUAAAACAUGAUGAACUGACCUGCAUGAACUGAAAUAAUGAAGAUGAACAGUUCGCACAAUAGCAAAAGAUUUUUUCCGAUUCACUGACAUCUGUAACCUAGCAAAGGUUUCUGACCCUCCUAUGAUCAUUACGUUCACUCCAAGUUGUGUCACGCAAGAAGCCAGGAAUAUAACCUUUAAUGAGGCUAUCAUGCUUUUGAAGUUUGUAGUAAGAUGUUUAUCUUUUUAACAAAAUAGGACUUUUUACGGUCGGUGUACUUUACAUUUUUAUCGACCAUUUGAGAGAGAGUAAAACGCAGACUGCGGACUAUUAUUUUCACCAUGCAAAUGAGAACUUGAGAACAAUGGUCCCAUUGUUUUCUAAACCUAGCCACCGACAAUGAGGUGAAUAAGUAUUUUGGUAUAUACUAAAACAAUGAGAUAAUUGAGCACAAAAAUGAUGAUUUUUAACUCAUUUACUGUUGCCAACGAUAACAAUUUUGGCGCGCAACGACCGAACGGCAGUCGAGUUUUCUUGCCGACAAAUAAAACAUUUGAAGGCAUUUAUUUAGCUCGCUCAUUGGCAGCCCAAGCUCGGUGCAUAAAUUACCGCGAGUUUCGAUGAGAAAUUCAAUAUAGCUGUUAAAACGUAGAAAUAUAGACAUGAAUAUAGAAAUAAAUUGUGCUUACGUGAACUUGGGUCUGUUGUUGCUUGUUCUCUGUAACCUGGGCUAAAUUCAUUUUUAUACGGUUUUGCGGUUCUUUGUUUGUUCGGUGUUGUUUUCCUACAUAAAGCGAAGCAAGGCAGUUUACUGUGUGCAGUCGCAACUCACAAAUUUCUGCCGCAUCAAAGAACCGCGCACUGAUUCACCAUGAAAGCGCCAAAUCCUUUAGGCAUGGUCAGUCUCUCAUCUCUUCCCCUAAUCAUGGGUAUUGCGCCGUGUUUUUACUCAGGGGAACCGGGUAGUCAAUACUGUGUGACAAAACAUGGAUCUUCCUACCCUCAGAUAGUCUAUUGAUUGCGCGUGAGCAGUGUUUGGAAUUAUCCAAAUUGAUGAGCGUAUUUAAGAUGUUCGCGUUCACCACGCAGCACGUAGUCAUCGAGUUUCCUGAGCGCAUGUCAGAUUGCCCAGAACCAAAAAUUUUCUAAAAUAUUUUCCACAAAAAACACAUCGCAAUACCCAUGACUAGGGGAAGAGAUAAGAGACUGACAAUGCCCAAAGGAUUUGGCGCUUUCAUGGUGAAUCAGUGCGCGGUUCUUUGAUGCGACAGAAAUUUGUGAGUUGCGACUACACACAGUCACCUGCCUUGCUUCGCUAGGAAAACAACACCGAAAAAACGUGCCGUAAAAGCGUAUAAAAUGGCUAUGAAUUGAGCCCAGGUUACAGAGAAAAAGCAACAGGCCCAAGUUUACGUAAGUACAAUUUAUUUCUAUAUUUAUGCCUAUAUUUCUACGUUUUAUUUAGCUACAUUGAAUUUCUCAUACAAAUUCUUCUAAUCGUUCGUUGUAUGCAAAGCGGUAUCGAAACGCGCGGUAAUUUAAGCACCGAGUUUGGGUCACCUAUGGCUCGUUCGGGGAAAUCUCGUCAAAAGGACUGAAAGGAGUUGUGAAUUCUCUUUGUAUUUAAAACCAUUCUGUAAAAAAAAAACUAUUAAAUUUAGUUUUAAGCUUAUUUAUGAACAAUCCGCUAAAUAAAGUAACGCAAGAUUUAAUUUGCAUUUGUAAACAUAAACCUUUUUCAUCGGUUUCAUCGAUAAAUUCAAGUCAAACAGACAAAGCUUUACCUAUUAAAACUUCCAAAUCGAAUUUCGCCACCUUCUCUGCGUAUUUAGAGAACGGCUUGUUUGAUUAUUUGUGAAAUUUUUUUGUUUGUUACGGUUUGGCGUCGCUCGCUCAGAGGAACUGGAGGUGAAUCAGUAAAUAGUCAAAAAUUAUUCUUUGAAGUCGAGUUGAAUAGUGGCUGAAUAUUAGGGAGUUUACGCAACGACGACGGAGACGACAACAAGAACGGCAAAAAAGCAAUACGUUUAGACAAGCAAAACAACAACUUUGCACGUGCAUCACACUUUUUUGUACAUUUCUCUGCCGUUGUUGCACGACUACAACGUGAAACUGCCUGAUUUCACGUUUUGUCGAGGACGGGAACAAAAGACGACAACUUUCUUUUUCUUUUCCUGAACUUUGAUGCAGUCCUGUAGAAUUUAACGUCAAAAAAAUUGCCAACAUUUGACGAAUUAAAGAAGAUGGAAUAAGCGCGAUAAAGUUUGAGGCAGCGCAAAUUCACUUAUUAAGGGGCAAUUGACAAGUUUAUCACUUCGCAAACAACAGCGAAAUGGGUUUAAUCGAACCGUUAAAAGUUUGAAUUGUUUCCUUAUCUGAGAAGAAAAGUAGAGCUUUGUUGUUUUCUGUUGACUCGCCAAGUUUAUAGCCAGAAAGGCUUGCUGUGUCGUUCUUCGCAUGAAGUGCUGACAAAAAUGGCGGUUUGGUUGCUCGAGGUAUUGAAGGGGCCGUUUUCCUGUAGCAUUCUUUGUCCUAUUUACUUGAAACGUAGAAUUUCUGCAAACAUUUGCUUUCAAAUUUGUUUGACAUAAAUAAACUCCGAUUUUUGGGCCAAAUUUUUCUUGUUAGGAAACGCGGAGUUCACGAAACGGCCGUUUCUACUCGAAUAAUACCCUUCCUUCACCAAAACGAAAGAAAGUUCAGCGCGCCUCCGAGUUCCUAGCAGUCAACUCCCUCGGGUUAAUACCCAGCGUUUUAAAAGUAGUUUUUUUAAUAGGCUAUUUUUCAAAUAUAGUAGCUAUUUAAUGUAAUGUUGAUCUUGAAUGUUAAAUUCAAUGCCUUCUACAUGGAUUUUUUUAAGCCUUGUAAUUCUUUCUCCUGUUUUUUAAUGUAAGUGUUCUUGGUUUUUUGCAUGUAUUUUUGCUUAAAAAACAAUAAGGACUUUUAUUUAUAAUAAACGGGAUUUGUAAACAAUCCAUCGAGCAGAAAAUUCAGCUAUAGUAAAUGGACUGAACGCCGUUUUGAAUCCUUCGAAGACUUUUCUUACCUUAAAAAAAGUCAAACCUAAGAUUUUUUCUACUUUUAAAAAAGAUCACUGAGUGGAUAUUCCGAGAUUGAGCAACCAAUCAGAGCCCGCGAAAAACACUAUCCACUGUUUUAACACAUACUAAAUAGAUUUAGCCACGGCUAAAAGCGAAGCUCCUGUAAAUAAAUUUCUAAUUUAAAACAAACAAUAAACUUGUCAUCCACAAAUCAAUUAACUUUAAUAUUGAGGGAAAGGCUAAUUGUAAGUGAUCUUAGAGAAAAAAUAAAUUGGUCAGAUUGCAAACCGCCUUUUUCGUGUUCGACAAGUUUACUUUACAAAAUCUUGCGGACAAAUCUGGUGGCGUAAAAAAGCCUUUUAUACUUUUUAUACAUCACACCUGAUGAAAAAAAAAUAUGAUGUAAACAGUACUAUCAGACGCUGUUUGUUUAUCGUAUAGACCUCAGACAGAAUUUGUUAUUUCUUGCCCUAUUUAUACCUAAAAUUUUGUAGUUUUUCACAAUUUUUCAAGACAAAAUUGACUGCACUCAUUCAAUAUUCAGAACGAUCGAAGCACGUACGCGCUUCCCUUGCACAACAAAUUAUAGAACUGUUCACAUUUUUAAACGUUUUCAUGAAGAGAAUUCGACAAUGUUGGGACUGUUCAGCAGAUCAAUGUGCUCCCAAGUAUGUUAGUAUGUAGGGUAAUAAUGAGCUUUUAGGACAAAACUUCUAAAAGUUUCCAAACUCACUCAUACGGCCAGCCGGUUCUGACUUUUGACAAGCACCAAAUUUGCAGUAUUACGAGCUGUCGAGUGUUUGAUGGACAGUAAUACAGUUGCACUUCAACAUAAUAAAGAAUUUAUUAGGCUUAUGUUUAUUUUUUAUUUAAGCUUAUGUUUUAAUUAUGUGUAAUCUUUUGAUACGGGCGGCAUUUUGAGUACUCCGCAUUGAUGUUCCCACUGCGAUUAAAACUUGCGAAAGAAACUACCAGCUUAACUAUUCUAACAAUCAAGGCAAGAAAUAUGAUUAGAUGAAACAUUUACAGAGACAACAGUUUCCAUUCAAGAAGAAGAGUAUUGAGAGUAAAGUGUUUCUGAAAAUCCUGAGUCAUGUAUAAAGCCUUGCAGAAGUUGUUUUAAAGGGACUAUGUCACCCCACACGCAUGCGCGAGCCAAUGAAAACAAACUUGAAAAAGUUGGCCCGUCUUUUUCAAGUUCUGUCGGAGAUUUUGGAAGGCUGUUUUUAUCUGUCUAAAUCUCAGCCAUCGCUCAAUAGCUAGCGAAGUUUUGUAUUAAGAAUCGUUCUAUGGUGAUUACAGAAUAAUUUUUUGGCGUUAUUUUGAAAUUGUUUGCCUGUGGAAUGUUUUUACGUGGAUUUACUGUGUCCUCUUAUCAGCGGCCGUUGUAAUGGCAGAGUUAAUGACGGCUACUCCACGAUGAGUGAUGGAAUCUUUGAUGGAAUCUUCCCUAUAGUUCACAGAACCUUUCUAUUGAGUUAUUUUAGAGGUUGCUGGCUCUUGGAUUUUUCUUGUGCUCAAAAUAUGUGGACAUAUAAUGAAGCGGCUAUCGAGUUGGCGGCGGCCGUUUUUGGUAAACGAUUACAAGAGCAUCAGGCCAUGAGUUUCGUGACCAAACGAAACUCUUGGCGAAGGAAACAUUAUAAAAUUCGGCUAGAUUCCUUCUUGUAUUUAUAUGGAUUCACGGCAAAGAUAAACACGACCGUUUGCUCGUCCAGAUUGUUCUCAACGGACUUAGAGAGGCACCUUAGUACGAGUUAGAUGCUGUAAAUGCCAUGUUUUUGAACUGUUUGUGUUCGAGCAUAUUUUUGGAAAAUAGCAGAAUUUACUUUUCCUUUUUAUCAACGGACUGCUUAUAGUGGAGUAGUAUACCAAUGAUGCUUGGUUCUGUUUUUCUCGACGUCGCAGUGAUCCGGCAUGAUCGAACAAUUUUGCGCGAUAAUGUAUGUUUCCCUAAGAUCAAAACAAAGACUUGAUGUCUCUUGUUCUAUCAGCAUCUAAAUUAUAAAAUCACUAGCGACAGAUAAGUCUAAUUGUUAAUGAUUUGAAACAGUCUUGGUCUUUAUCUUCGGUGUAGCGUCUUUUGUAGCUCGUUUGUAAAAUACAACUUCGAUUUAUUUUGUUGAAUAAGACAAUAUGUUGUUGUUGAAUUUUUGUUUGCGCACUAUUUUAUGAAUGGCAUGCGUUUUUACGCCAAAACUACAAGUAAAAUUGUCGUCACAAUUUUAUUCUUGAUCUAGCAUAACCAGAGAAGAAACGUUCCGUAAAUUCUAUCGAAAAUAUCCCUUAUCUAAACCCAUUUCGCUUGUUAACCUCUCUAAAUUCGGAGCCUUGGACGUGACAGAGAACAAGGAGAAAGUCACGCGUUAAAAACAAUAGAAUUUUGACAGUUGAAAGUAAUUUGCAUAACCUCAGAGCGCACAUGGAGAAAGUCACGCGUUAAAAACAAUAGAAUUUUGACAGUUGAAAGUAAUUUGCAUAACCUCAGAGCGCAUGCUCUCCAGCUGACAUAGCCCCUUUAAGCCGGCUUCCCGGUGUUUGCUAUUUUUUCAAGAUAAAAUCGAGGCAAAAAAAUAGAUAGCUCAAAGCUUUUUUUUUACAAUCAAAAUUAUAACUAAAUAUUUAUGUUCGGAACGUUUUCUUUCUGUUUGCGGUCGGAAAAUGUCUUUAAAAGGCUUUUAAAGUUCUGUAUAUUAACAAAGCCUGAUACUAGAUCAGAUCAUUGUCUCAAAUCUUAUAAACGUGCAUUGACUCGCCGCAUAAACUACUCUCGACUUCAUGUAACAUCAAAUACGAUAAUUACUCGGGCUUACCAGUCGAGAAGCGGGUCACCUGACUAUCAAAUUUUCUCACAUGGAUAGAUAACCAAAUUUUCUUAGCUAUGGGGCUCCGCGCGCGCGUGGAGCUUCGCUAUAAAGCGAUCUUGGGCUCGUGCGAAAAUUCCUCGCCAAUCUUCUUCAAAACUGUUUCAGUGGCAAAAGUGUCCCACCAAGCCGGCUAUUUCGCUCGUUUAACUUGUUUGCGGCGUCCAAUUCAUCCGUCCGACAUGGAAAGAAGCCUCAGAAUGUCGAGCCGCCGUUUAGCAUAAUUGAAGUGUACAGUAAUCAUAGCUAGGUUUAACUGCAGACACGUUAUUUAGACUUGAAACUGAAGUCCAAGAAGUAAAGAAGAGAUAACGUUGCGCUCAGUACCAUCUUGAAUAUUUACGGUAAAAAAAUGGGCUCGAUCUUGUUACCUCACUGGAUAAAAAAAAAAAUACAUCCGGAUUUAGCGUCCACACGAUUCCGGAUUCCUAGCGAAUUCAAAAAUUUCCACCCUAGAGAGCGGAUUUAAAAAAGUUGCCGAUUCGUAUGUCGGAUUCACAUGAUACUUUUGAACGGAAGCGCGAAUCCGGAAAGAAAAAAAAUAUCCGGAUACGUGUGGACGGGGCCUUACACUACCCUGGAUGUUAACUUUGUAAAAAAUAUGUAUGAUCUAAGUUUCCCUAUUUUGAAUAAUGCUCGACGGCAUAAAAGCUAAUCUGGAGCUAAGAAAACUCGAACGCAUUCAUUAUAGUUUUUAUGUACUGUAUGCAUCGCGAUCGAGCUUCACUGUGAAUAGGGAAUAUAAUAAAAAGUACUCUUGCAAAUGGGCUUAAUCUGGGCGUUAUCUUUCUAUAGGCCUUAUGAAGGACAGUAACUACCAACUGGACUUCGUUGAAAAUCACAAUGGACAUGUCAACAUAACUGAUCUUCCAGAUCUCAUUGCUUUCACGAUCUGUUUCUGGAUGAAGACUUCCGAUAAUACGAGUGCAGGGACUCCCAUAUGGUACAGAGUCCGAUAUGAAACUAACGGAAAAUACAUCCCUGCUAUUGCACUUGUGGACUAUCGAGGAUUCAGUGUUUAUUUAGGCGAGAAAAGGUCGUAGGUGUACUUUAUUUCUAUUUAUUUUGCCUCUUCUUAACAGUCAGAGCAAUGUUUAUUUUGUUUGUUCUUAUUGUCCAUAAAAUAUCGCAGUAAUAUUGCCUUUUUUCCAGGGCCAAAACUGACUCAGCAGCAAAUGACGGCAAGUGGCAUCAUAUUUGUUUGGUAUGGACUUCUGAAGGCGGAAAAUUCACUUUACAUAACGACUUGUCAAUACUUCUAGAAAGGGAAUUUUCUGAGGGAGAAACGAUUCCUGGUAGGCACAGCUGUCAUGUUAUGGCUUUGUUGUACUGAUUAGAACCUGAAACUUAAUAACCCGACUUGAUUCUACAUCGCUCGUGCCUCGUAUUUCACGACAAAAACUGAAUUAUUGGAAGAUUUCUUCGAAAUUGCUUAGAAAACAUUUAUAUCGGAAGUUGAAGAAUGAAAGAUGAUUUUUCGAAAGAAAUACCUAUUUAUAACAUUUAUCUCUAAGAACGAGGCAAUACAUAUUUUCGUCAUAAUCUAGGAGAUAAAAGAAAUAUUCUCCGAGCGAGGAAGUAAACGAUGCUUUUAAAAAUCUUACUGCCACUUUAUGUUCGACAGGAGGAGGUGAAUUUAUUAUUGGCCUGACAGAGGAUUUGGCAAAAGAAGAUCCCCAAGCUGGACAGUUUAUUGGUCUGAUAAGCCAUGUUAACAUCUUUAAAAAAGCCCUUGAUAGAGAGGAGAUAGAAUGGAUGUCACACGGUUGUGGCAAAGACUUUUCGCAUGCGAUCUACCCCUGGUCGCAGUUUAUUAAAGGCUUUGUUGGGGACGUCAAAGACGAAAAACCUGCAUUGUGUGCAGAUCGUGAAGGUGACGUACGCAAUGGUGUCUCAAGAAACCACAUAUCAUGAGCAUGCUAUAGUAUAAUUUAUUACCUUUAACCCUAUUCAGACCGGGGGACGUUUGGAGCUCCCCUAGCUAAAAACUUGAAUAACUUCAAAACCGGUAUAAAGCGUGGCGACUUUACUUUAGAAUUAUCUGGAAACAUUUUAAAGUCGUCAUGACGUGUACGUUAGCAUUGAAGUUACCACGGCAACCGAGUUUUGACAAUCAUGUUUUUCAAAAUUUGCUUUUUUCCUAUAAAAAGGAUUGAUUUUUAUUUUUACUUAGUGAAUUUUAACAUUACACUUAAUUCAGCAACAUUUCAUUAAUCAUAUUAUAACUGUUAUUGAGAAAAAAACCAUGACUUUAAAAUGACCAAAUAGUUAACAGUGAUAAUUCUCUCGAAAUUUCAUAACUUGCGGAUUUUUAAGCAAUCUUUUAUAAAGAGGAAUUUUUCUAUCAUGAUUACUUUGAAUUAUACGGAUUUUACGUAAAAUGGAAUACUUUUCAUGAAUUCAAAAUGGCGGAUCCAAGACGGCAGAUGGUCGCAGAUCCUUCUUUAACAGUGAUUGACGUCAUCAUGACAUCACUGCUAUUGUUAAAGUUCAUAAAUGUGUUUUCCAACUUCUAUUUAUUAGUAUUUUUCCCUUUGAGGGGAAAAAUUAAUGGAACUUGGAUUUUGCCAGCGUCAAAUCGCAUCAUUUUGUCAACCACAUUAUUCUGUGUGAUUUUGGUGGCCGUAUUAUUAGCGGCUUUAAAGUUAUAGAGGGGGAGCUCCAGAAGUGCCCUUUCCCCCCCGGUUGUAGGAAGUAUAAAAAAAGCCCGGUCUGAAUAGGUGUCAUUAGCUUAUCACUAAAAGGUCUAUCAAAUAUCCUUCUGCUGAGGACUUCACAUCGAUAAUAUUGGCAUAGAUUUCACUGCAAAUUCAAGUCUAUCAAUAAUUAGUAAAAUCCAGCUAGUGGGCUAUUGAGUCAGAGGCCAUGAGGAGGAGAGGAAUAAUUGUUAAAUUGCCCGCGCGCUAGCUCUCCAGCCGAGCCGCUCGAGAACGCGCAAGCAAGCGAGCGGCAAAGCAGGGAGGGGCGUGCGCGUGACUUUUCACGAAAUCCCUCAAAUGGAGAGCUUGCUCUCAGGUCAAUCAAUAAUUUUUCAAGAUAAUUUUGAUGUUUUUUUACAAAACGUUUGAAAAAACAUGUGAAAAUUAGAUGUUUUGUUUCUAGAUUAUUUCUGUAAGUUUUUUUAUUUUUAAGGCGCGUGAAUGGCUUUACUUCAUUCUUAGUUAUGACGUUAAAUCUCUAUUUCUCAACUUUUUAAAUGUUUUCUCCAACAAAGGAUACCGCUUCAUGGUGUUUAAUAACAACACGUCGCAACCAUCUCAAACAUCCUUUUUCUAUGGUUGGCCAUCCGUUUCAAAAUUAUGACAUCGUGUACGUGGGCUUUUUUGCCGCGUAUAAUCGUUUAUAAUCGCUAUGUAUGGGCUUUUAUCCCAUAUACAACCAUUUAUAUCGCGUAUAUACGCGUAUUUAAUACGCGUAUAUGUGCAAAAUCAAAUGCACGUCUAUACGCGUUGCUAAAAACCCGUAUAUAUGCGUACCUGUCAAAGCCCACGUAUACGCAUGCAAAAAUGUGCAUAUACGCGGGGUUCAGAAAUCAGACUUGGUAUAAGAGGGCACGAAAAGUGCCUCUAACGGAAUAGGUUUCAUGUAUCGUGGCAAUGAAAAGUGCCUUUCGCAAUGCAAACAUGGCUUCCUCUCUAGCUCUUGUAGUGAUAUGUAUCUUGUCAACUAGUUCUUACAGUUCUCCCACAACGGAUCUUCUGGAGACGGUUUCUCGUCUAUUAAGGGAUUGCUCCAGGUUUUAUCCUCACGCCGAUCGAAACAUGGCUGAAAACUUGGUAGUCCGCCUUCAGGUAGCUGUCGAUUCAGUUCGUCGUUUGGUAGAGUCGUUGGACCCAGACGAUCAAGGCAAUGAUGUCAGAAUACCAGAGCUUGAAUCACUGUUGAGGCAACUUCAAUACUUAUUAAACAGAUGGGAGAUGCUGGCAAUAAGAGCAAGUUCUUGCACGACAGUUCGCCCCAUAAGGACUUUGCCAGGUUUGUCAGGUCCUAUAAAUCAAAGAGCGGGUCGUCCGGCCUACGAAAUUUCUACACAUCAGUUGGAGUUUCUAAGAAAUAGAAUGAGAUUUAAUUGGUCCCAGAUAUCAAGAAUGUUAUUAGUUUCUAGAACUACUCUUUGGCGAAGAACUAGAAACCUGGAGUCAUUUUCCAGUCGACAUCAUUAUACAGCCAUCACGGAUUCAGAUUUAGAUGAAUUAAUUCGAGGUUUAAGACAAGGAUUUCCAAAUUCUGGUAUCAGUAUGAUGCUGGGACAUUUUGAAGUAGAAAUAUUUUUGUGCAGCGUCAGCGUGUUAGGGAAAGUUUGGUUCGAACUGACCCAGCAGGGAGUGCAAUGAGGUGGUUUAACACUAUCACAAGGCGUGUUUACAGUGUCCGAGGACCUAAUUCUCUCUGGCACAUUGAUGGACUGCAUUGUCUCAUCCGUUGGAGGUUCGUCAUACAUGGAGGUAUCGAUGGGUUUUCCAGACUUAUAGUGUAUUUAAGUUGUGCUACAAAUAACUAUGCCUCGACUGUGCUUUCCCUCUUCUUAGCAGCUGUGCAGAGAUAUGGAUGGCCCUCUAGAGUACGUUCAGACAAAGGGGUGAAAAUCUAGACGUAGCAAGAGCUAUGCUAAGGCACAGAGGGUUGAACAGGGAAGCAUGAUUGCUGGACUCUCUGUACACAAUCAAAGGAUUGAGCGACUGUGGAGAGAUGUCUUUAUAGGAGUUGGUCACUUCUUCUACACUCUGUUUUACCAAAUGGAAGAAAAUGGUAUCCUGGAAUCAACAAGUGUCAUAGAUCUGUUCUGUUUACAUUACAUAUUUCUUCCAAGAAUAAACCACCAGUUAAAUCUCCUAGUUGAAGCAUGGAAUAAUCAUCCUGUACGCACAGAAGGUCAUUGGACUCCUUGCCAAAUCUGGGUAAAUGGUGUUAUUUCACUAGAAAAUUCUGGGAGUACUGCAGUCAGGGACAUAUUUGAUGACAACAGCCAACGAGAUGAGUUAUAUGGUGAAGAUCCAACAGGACCUGCACCAAAUGAGUUUGACCUGGGUAGUGUUGAUGUACCAGAUACAAACAUUCCAUUAACUGACACAGAACUUGGAGCUAUUUCUCAUAUUCAACCUCUGUCAGUGAGUGAUAACUAUGGGUGGAUCUCUACUUGGAAACUCGGCAACUUAUUUUGGCACUUAUGCAAGCACACCAGAAUUAAGGUACAUCAUGUCAUGUUAAAAUCAAAACCAAAAUAACAAAUGGAAACAUGUAUGCUGUACAUGUAGUGAAUAGGCCUCUCACAAAGAAUUAUAAACAAUUAUUGGAUGAGGUUUUUGUGAUGACCAGAAUAAGAAAAGGCAAGGAAAAUGUAAUUGGCUCCAGCUGAUAACACCUAAGACCUCGAUUAUUUCAGAUAUCACAAAAACCGAGUGUAAUAUUAUUGUUUCAGAGAAAACAAUUCACUGUCUCACAGAACACAGUUUAUUUAUGAAUCAUCUGUGGGUUGCACUGAUUCGUACCAGAAUUAAUUUUAGUGUCUUAGCCAAUGAGAAGACAGAUAUUCCAUACGGACAAUAUAUAGUAAAAGAAAUUUGUGAGCUGGUGCAUUUUAUAUGGAUAUGUGCAGUGGAAAGCAUCACUGAUCUUCCCUUGUUUACAUUCAUUAACAGGUACUACAUUAAUUGUGGUUGAUUAGGUUGAUUUUUUAGAUCAAAGUUAUAUGUAUCACUUGUUAAAGUUACAGUUUACAUACAUGUACUGUUCUUUACUGUUUUACAGUUUUAUUCUGCCAAUGGUAGCCAAGAAUCAGUUGUCUACUAAUCAAAAGUUGAUAUUUUUUUGUUUUGUUGGGUUUAAAAAAGCAAGAUACAAGUGCAUAAUUAAUACAUGUACUGAGAUGUACAGUAUUUGUAAUGAAUCAACAACUAUUACAUGUACCUAUAAGGCACACCUUUUUGUUUGGGAAGGAAACCUUGGCUGUUGAGGUAAGUUUAUGCUGGGUUGCUCGAAAUACCGGUAACUCAAGGCCAAGUUUCCUUUUUAGCCGAGAUUCCCCCUAAAGUUUUAAAAUAGACGAGUAAACAGAAAACCUAUAACACAACUUUAUUAUUUCUUGUUGCAUUGUAUUCAUUUGAGUUUGUGGAAUUCCAUGUACAAGAUACAGCAUGUGGGUGCUGUUUGAAAUGUAUAACAAACUACAACUUUAAAACUAUACCAAAACAUGGAUUUACUAAACAUUUGAAAUGUCCAAAGCCUUUAGGAAGAACAUGCUAAUAUAAAAAAAAUGGUAACUCAACAUAUAUGUGAAACCAGAGGCUUCUUUAAGCAUUUAUGGGCUCACAAUAAAUUGUGACAAACGAACCAUAAAAAAAUGUAAACUGAACUCUGCCUUAUGGCAACUGUGACACUGCACUGACACUAUCUUACCAAAUGUAAAACACUACAUGUUACAUUUAUGUUUUUCCUUGAAAAAGCCACAGCUGUAAGAUCCUAGUGUUCAAACUUUUCCAAAUCCUAUUUUGCCAAAUUGUACACUCUUGUUGAUGUACUCCUUGAACGUGUUGUACUGCUCAUGGACAACUGGUAUUUGCAGGGUUCCAUUGCAAGUAGUGGAUUCAGCCAGCACUUUAGUAGCAUUGUUUGCCAGAUACUUUACAUGCAUAAUGGUUGUUUCAUCAACUGGUAGUGCUGGAUAGCCCGUCCAAAAUUGAAGCAAGCCAUGCAAUCCUACCUGUCCUUUGGCACCAUCUAUUCAGUGAAACAAUGACAGAAACAGUAAACGGGAAUGUUGAACUACUAUAUACUUUUUAGAAAUAUUUGUAAUGAGAAAUAGACACAGUGACAUUUUUCAGCACACAUUAAAGGAAAAUAGAGAAGAUGCAAAGGCAAAGGCAUAUUCAGAAAAAGAAAACUAAAUAAGUUCCCCAUGCUUCAUCAGUGAGGUACAGGAUCUGGAUUUAUGGUUUCUUAAAACAAGUUAGCUUAAUGCUAGGAUUUUAACCCUUUAAGCCCUUAGAAUGCCAUUUUGGCACAUACUGUUAGGACUAAGUCAAUAUUUUUCCAGUUAACGUAAAUACAAUUGUACCUCCCCUCUCUUUUUUAAUUAAUUGAACAUCCCUAGAACUUUUGAAACCUUUUUGGCCUGGUACAUUUCUGGUAUGCAACAUAACUGACAUUAAAACACUAUAAUUGGAGCUGCAAAAUAAGGCUAUGUUUACCUCCGUGCUGUACAUGGAAAUAAACAACAUCUAGGGGGGAAUAGAAAUAUUCCUAGUCACUUCAUGGUACUAAAACCAGGAUAAGCUCUGGCCUGAUGGGCCUCUUAACUAGAACACAGACUUAACCUACCAACCUACCUACCUACCUACCGGUACCUACGUUUACUAUGAAUAAACUCACUUCUUUCAAAACCAUAACGUUUUCUAAUGGUUUUGUUCAAGAGAUUUAUAGAAUUUACUCAUCAACACAAUUUUCAACAGUGUAUCAUAUUAAUAUUUACAUUUAUGAAAAAUGAACAUUUGCAUUGGGGAAGCUUAAAAGGGUUAAUUUGAAUAAAAUUUUUGAAUAGUUGGCAUUUGCCAAUCUCCAGCUGUGAAAAUAAAAUUUCAAGCACUGAGCUAUAAUCACCUGUGAAAAGCUCCUCAAUGUACUGUUCAAAGAAUUUGCGAGCACGUUGGCACAACGGAUUACUGCUUUCAUCGUACUGUAUGUGUGAUGCCAUUUCCCUUUCAUCAAUGAUCUCCAAGUCCUUGGGAAAGACUCUCUGUUGGAGUUCAGGGUAUCUUUCCAGUAAACUGAGAAGGCUCACUCCAGACACUUUUACUUCCCCCAAUCCCCUUCUUAGGUCAUCUAAGGCUGGUAUUCUUUUUGUCACAACCUCGGAAAGGAGAAUGCAUUCAUACGCCAGGUUCCUUCUCUCCUCUGUUAUAGUAAUAUGAGGAAAGCCAGCUGACAUUAGAAGCUCUGAAAUAUCAUGUGGGCUAUUUGGAUCUGUAAAUGCUGGCAACUGUUCCUCUCCACAGCUAAGGAGCUAUUAUAGAUAAACAAAUUAUUUCAAAUGGUAAGCAGUGUUAACAUAUUAAGAACUGUAGAAUGAUAUGGAAUUAAGAGAUGGGUCACCAAUGUGCAAAGCCUGUAUGCAGCGUUUGGUAAAGGGGCACAAGGAAAUGACAUGCAGCACAAUGUUGCAUUAAUUUGUUGCACUGCACCUGUUUGCUAACCAAACACCUUGAACAGGCUUACUUAAUAAAGUUAAAGUCAAGAUUGUCAGUGCUAAGAAAAUAACUGUCUCUAUUCCCUCUUAAUCAUAAGAUGGUUAAUAAUUUUACUCUUGGAUAACAAGUUGUUCAAUAUAUCCUUAUUUGGAACAAAUAAAUAUUUCCUUAUUUCAAUAUAUCCUUAUCGUGGCCUCAAAAGUCCGCGUGGGCCCAAAGAGAAUAAAUAAGUAAGCAAUAUAUCCUUAUUAAAGGAAAGUGAGUGCUGGCGAAGGGAAAGCCGUUAUUGGGGUAGAGGACACAGAUGCUGAAAAUUGGCCUGUGUAUUGUCUGAUUACAGAGAUGUAAGAUAACAAAAUGACGGUCAAACAUUUAGCCUCAACAGGCCAGUUGGUAACCUAAAGCGAACGACUUUUUCUUGUUGACUCAAUGGUCCAAGAUUCAGCUUUAAUGAGCCAGUAAGUAACCUCAUUCUUUCCCUUAAAGCCCUUUUCUUUAACGCCAGAUCUGUUUUUUAAUUCACCUUCCACGAAUAUCUGUGAAGAUGGUCUUAUUUACCGUAACCUUGCCGCACUCACCUUUUCACUCCUUGUAAAUAACAAGGCUAGACGUGCGGAGUCAAAUACGCAUCGAUUGUGACGUGACGUAAUGAAUUAGCCAAUUGCUCAUUGAUGAAAUUUGACAACAAAUCGUCAAAACAUUGAUUGUGACGUCAUGUAAUGAAAAGCCAAACUGUACAUGCCAGACUCUGUCUAAAAAAGAUCUCGAAUUUUCACGGCUUAUAUGUUAAGUAACACUGCUGACCUUCUGAAAUAGUGUGCUGGCCGAGGCUUGCUAAGGCUCGCCAGCAAUAAAAUUAAUAAUAUCGUGGUCAUACACUUAGCUUCAAGAUAGCUAGUUUCCAGGCAUGCCACUGAUGUGAUUAAAAAUCCCAAUUGGAAGGAGGCAGAUGAGUGGGUAUAUGUAAAGCGUGUAGGAUUUGAAUGUGGUGGUACCAAAGACAGAUCCAUCCAGUGGCUGGAGGAGGAUUCAAACCUGGAACCACAGAAUUACCAUUUCCAGCGCAUAAGACAUGGGCAUUAAAUGUAUCUUACUUCUUAACAUUUUGUCUUUUUUAUGCAAUAGCAAAGGGAAUUUCUAGUCAGAUUUAACAAACCUUUGUUAAGUCUUCUGCUAAAUCAGGAUCUGGGAUGUCCUCAACACAUACAUGAGCUACUGCUGCAUCCCUCCUUCCACUUAUCAGGUAUGACACAACAGCUGCGGAGAGCCCAGGAACACCAUGGCAGUCGUUGAGAAUAGUGUGCAGUAUCAUCUUGCCAGCCUGCACAAACAAGCCGCCUGACAAAACAUCGUAGUUGUUAAUGGGAACUAGAUGCCCCACCUGACCCUCAAACAAAUUUAUUUAAACCCCUUGCUUUUUCAACCUUUCCAUUAACAAGUGAAAAAACUCUCUCGUUACACCACCUGCAUGAACUCCUGCUUCACCAACAAAUUCAACACACAGUGGCCGAGUUACAUCAAACCCGGGAUUUUUAUAUUUCCGCAGCAUUUGCUUUAGAAGGUCAUUUUCCCUGUCUACUUCUAAAUCAAUCUCACAACCAAAUCGUUUCACCGCUUGUGUAGUAAAACUGUUUAUAGAGGAUAAAGCAUCCUCAGCUUUUACUAUGGCUGAGGAUGCCAAAGGGGCAUUCCACUGAUCUUCAUCACUUGACAUACUCUCAUCGUUAGUUGCUGUGUAAACAAAACAAAAUUAAAAAAUCAUUAAAAUGUUGGGUUCCAUUAUUAUGAAUGGAUUGAUGAUAAUGGUGUGGCAUUGUCAGGAUUACUACAAUGGGUUUGCAGGUUUUCAGGAUUUUGGCAAUAGGAAAAUUCUGACUGGUAUUAAAAAAAGUUGUCCUGAGCAAUGCAUCACUUCAAGAUUUAAUAAACGGGGGCCGCAACAUUCUGGUCUUGCCCAAAAACGGCUUAAAGAUGCCGAGGGUCUUUCCUUUGCCUCCCAAUCUAUCGUGGGGUGGGGGUACUGAGAGGCCAGUGGCACAUACCCAGCAACAAUUAAUUAACCCAAUGAAGCAACCCAAUUAGGCAGACACUCAGGUACAGAAAGAGGCAUACCUCUUAAACCAAAUAAAAGGUUGUUGACAGCCCCUCGUACUUCAAAGUGAGCUUGUCUGAGAGCCUGAUAAAUUUCUUCAUCAUUGUUGUCUGGGAACAUUUCUUUCAGUGUUUCAAGUUUCCUUUCUUCAGAAUCAUAUCCAGAUGUUGACUGAAUAGUAUUAGCACUUCCAUGCAAACAUCUGGGACUAAGAUCUCCUAGGUGAACAAGAUGGAGAAGUCAUUGUAAUUUGUAAACUGAAAAUGUGGACAUUAAUUUUUUUAACUAAGAAACUAUGCAUUUUUCCUUAAAAAUUACUGAACAAUAACUUGAAAUUCAGUUCUGACAUGCAGAUCAACUCUUUAUUUGACUGAUGAUGUUAUCUGAUGUUGCUCUAAUUUGUAACAUUUCUUCACCCACUCCAGGCAGCCAGACAGGAAACCUGCAUAUGGCCAUUUUUAAAGAAAAAUCUUGAUUAACAAUGUGUACAUGUGGUUCCAGAAAAUAUCCAUACCUACUCAAAGGAUGGUUUUUUGGUUUGGACACUCCCACCCCCCAGGAAUUUUCAUUUCUGCUUCAUACUUUCCUUUAAAAAAUUUUUUUUUUUGAGACCCCCUCCCCUCGGAAUUUCCAAUGACCAUCCUUGGGAGGGGAGGUGGGUAUGGAUAUUUUCUGGAACCACACAAUUUGCAGUAUAAAGAGUUAUUUUUAGCAAGUUUAACAAUCUUGAAACGCAAAACAAUAACAAAACGUAAGCAAUACACUUUGCAAUACACUCUAUGUGUAAUAUUUACAUGUACACUUUGUCCUCAUGAUCAGACCUAAAAAUUAGCUCCUGCCUUAAAACCUGAACAAUCAGCCUGCCUGCUGCAUUCGUUUAAGGUGAUUCCCUAGAAAUAGAACUGCUGCUUCAAACUUUGCCAUUUGAUUGUUUAUCUCAAGGGAAUUUAAUUUUUGAAAUAAAAAAGGGGGGCCGCAUAUUCGUGUAAAAGCAGCAAGACAUUGAAUAUACACAUCCAUGCUUAAAUACGUUUCAAGCAUGCGGUAGCAAUUAUGAGUAUUGGCAAAGUUCACCUUUCCAAUAAUACAAUUUUCCCUCGUAGAAAUUGGUCUAUUAUUCAUUUUACAGAAAGUUGGUGUUGGCUACACUCAAAUUACUAAGGAAAAAAAAUUGUAGAUCACCAUAUGUGAGGGUCGUGACCCAUAAUCCCCCUUGAGUUGUAACUCGCAUAAGCCCUUGCAGCAGAAGUCUAAUAAACAAGAAAGCACAUGGUUGAAAGUUGACUGUCUCUUUGUGGAUUAGUUCGCUGUUUCCCCGCUUGAGGCACUGUAGGGAUUCUGCUUGAAGUUCUAUCGGCGAGCGAGUAACACAUACUCGUUGUCAGUUAAACAAAGAGAUGAUUCAUCUCUUAUGCAAGCAAGGCUGCACAGAAAACAACCAACCUUUUUUUUGGUGUGCACGAAAAACAGAGUUUGCGCACGCUUAUCAUGCAUAAAAUUCUGCGCAGUAAGGAUGCGCAAUGCAAUACUAAGGAAUCACUUUAAAGCUAAUGAAUAUUUUUUGGUAUGAUAUGUCUGUAUUCAACCCAGUGGUACACGAGCACAGUUCCACACAUCCAGCCUGAACUUACUGAUUCUAAUAUUCUGGUGAGGAAAAUUAAUUGUUGACUGCUCGGGUCUUGAUGUGCUUGGUCCAGCAGCAGUAGAUAAGCCGGCAAUAUUAGUACAGAGGGAUGACUGUGGUGCCAUACUUGCAAUGGAAGAAAUGCCUGAUGCACUCUGAACAUUGCCAUCCUAAUAGCAAAGAAGAAAAAAAUGUUUUCCACACGUUACAAAUUCCAUUCUCUAGCUGGGUUUUUGUUAGUGAAACACAGAAGAUGAAAUUUUCUAAUUUGCAGACACUAUAUCUCACUGACCAGUCUUGGUGUGCUAGCAUCAGUAGUUUGCCCAAAAUAACUGUCCACACUGCAAACCUGAUAAAGAGAUUUACAAAAAAUGUCUUUGGCACCUUACAAAACUCAGUCUCAUGGGCAUAUUGGGUUCUUGCUGAUCAAAGAAAGGAGCUAAGGGGCUUACAACUCUAACAAAAUGAAGCUGUUUGAAGAGAACAAUGUGUGAAUAAAAGUCUUCCACAAAAUCUGGAAUAUCGCCCAAAUUUUUGGGAGACCAGGGUACAAAGAAGUUGGUGUCCCAUAGCUCCGGGCUAGAAGAUUUUGCUGCUGGGCUAGCGGAUUUUACCCACAACUUGCCCGAAAAAGCAAGUGAAACUUUUUGGGGAAACUUUUUUUGAAGAAAUUAAUUAGGACAGGCUGGAAAAUUGAACUUCUUUAUACUCUGGGAGAAAUUCUUAAAAAGUCUUAAACUUCCUGAAAUUUUUACUCUACCACAUCAUGUCUCCUCCAAAUUUCCCAAGUCUCCCAGUUCCCAGCAAAAUGUCCACAUUCCCAAGAGAAUUUAUUUCCUCCUGAAAUAGACUUCCUUUAGAGUUGACACCCCCUGUGGAGAUGAAGUCUUUCCUAAUUAAUCUAGUUAUUAAAGAUUAUACAGACUGCAUCUCACUUACUUCUCUAGAUGUACUUUGUCCAGCAUUAGAAGAUGGGCCAAAAUAACUGCUUUGAUCAGCACCAGAUGGCCCGAAAUAACUGCAGAGGGUUGACUGCUGCUGUGUUGCUGUAUUUCCAAUGCAUUCAGUGCCUGAUGCACUGUCAUUGCCCUCCUGAUAAAGAGAUAAAAAAAAUGUUUUUGCCAUCUUUCAAAUGUGCCCUGGGUUUUUGCUGAUUAAAAAGACAGGCCUAAGAGACAAAUGUAUAUUAUUAUAAUAACCUAGAUAAUGCAGACCCUACAUGUAUUAAUCUCACUGACCAGUCUUGAUGUCCUUUGUCCAACAUCAGUGCAUCGAGUAACUGAUGUACUUGGUCCAAUGCGAGAAAUGGCCGAUGCAUCAUUAACAAUGCAAUCCUACAAAAAAAAGAUUGUAUAGAACUCACCAUAAUUUAUCAAGUUAACAGGAAAGGAAAUCCAAAUCCUGAUGGAGGUCUGGAUAUGUGAGUGUAGAUUUUUACUCAAUUUUCUAAUUAACAAUAAUAAUAGGACUAUGAGCCCGUGUUUCUAUGAGUGAAUAAUCAACAAGGCGUGGCCAAGUUGACUUCAUAGAAAACGAGGGCUUGUCUUAUUGUUUUAGUAGAAACUCUAAAGGAUUGCAGUCCAAAACCUACAAUAUUGUGCACCUUUAAGACAAAAAUCAAAAAAGUUACUGCUUAAAGAGAUACACGUACGCCACUGUCUUUUGUGAAAACAGUGAGAGAACUUAUCAGAUUUGCAGAUUUCCAAUAGAACACAGCUGAGUUUCUACUAAGUACUUUUAGUGGGAGGGAGGAGCACCCACCAGACCCAAGAGAAUGGCAGAGAUCAAGCUUAUUAUGGGACUUACAUUUGUGGUAGUUGUGCAGGUAGUGGGCAUAACAAUUUCAACAUAAAUGCACCCUUGUCUGUAAUUACACGAAAUUCCUAAUCCAUCAUACACAGCGGACUGUCUUGUUGUAACUUUGCCAUUUUUCCUGUGCACAAAACGUAACUGUUCCUUCUUUAGCGGAGUGGCAUUUGGCUUGCGUAUGGGUGGCGAUAAAUUAUAAGCCUCACAGAUUGCAGUCAGAAUUUCUGACUGUGAGCUUUGGUCGGAAUAUUCGAUGUUUCCUUCCCAUAUUUCCCGAAAUGAUUUAUAGCACCAAGGCUCAUUAUUCCUUUCCAGAACUGGAGUGUAUGACAGUGCUUGCACAACUCGACGUUUUUUCUGUGCUGAAAUGUGCCUAUUGUAUGGUCCAAAUCUUGACCGUUGAGAUGCUCUUUGUCUUCUUGAUACUGGUCUGUUCUGGGCAUAACUGUUCAUAACCUUUGUUACGUUGGCCAGAGCACUAUCAACAGUUGAACCAUAGCUGACAACUGGCAUUGACUCUUGUUGGCCAAAUAUGUUCCGUAAAGUGUCAGACACUAUUGAACAGAAAAGAAACCCAUUUCAGUGACUUCUUCUGGUAUAAGAAGCAAAGCAGAUAAACAUGACAUCCACACUUCAUGUGGGUUUAAACAAAUAUUUAAGAACUAUAAUAAUUGGAGCAAAUUUUUAUCAAUUUUUAAGCUAGGGUUAUGGAUUUUUGAUUUUCUUUUUAUUCAGUUUUUUUAGCAGGGCAUCUGUCAAUAACAGUUUUUAUUUUAAAAGCAGAAAAGAGCUAUCCUUAUAAAAUAAAAGUUUACUUACUUACUCACUUACUUACUACAUUUAAAUUUAAAUUCAAAUUUGAAUGAUGGUGUCUUUGAAAAAAAAAAUUAAUCCCUUGCGAUAAUCAGGGCUGAGUUUUCAAACAUUCAUAAAUAAUGUCUUAUGGCCCUUAUAAAAUAAUGUUAUAUUAUAACAUUUUAUAAGGGUUUGGGAUGGGACAGACACAAAACCAGUUAAGAAUAACUGAUACCCCUGCAAAAAGGAGUUUCCACCUAAUGGAGACCCCACCUUUCACUUUUUCAGUAAUAUUCUAAUCAUCAUGGCUCUUGUAUGUCAUACUCUCAUAAGUUACUACAAAUUUAUCUUUUAAGAAUAUUAUUUGCCAUUAGAUUCUCAUACAAAUAUAGUAAAUUAGGGGCGGAAUGCAUGGUCAAGCUAGCCAGUAUGCCACACAUAGAACCAUUUUUUUGCUUAUGGUGGAUUGGGGACACUAAACUAAGAAAUCUUUAAUAAUUGCACUCAACAUUGUUUGGACAAAAUCCGUGAAUAAAUAAAUCUCUGUUAUUCAAAGGUCUAAAAAGAUUUAAAAAAAAAAUCGUUUUAUAUAUUUAUUUCUUUUUAUUUUUAACAAGAAAUUUGUUUUGUAGAAGUUAAGCUCAUGUCACGUUGCCAAUUUGUACAUACAUGGCAGGUGGGAUAAAAGCUCUUAUCCAGUUGAAACGUGACGACAUGAUGUUGAGUAACUGUACCUACCCGACUGUUCCUUUUGAGCAGAACGUUGUGCAGGGGCCACGGACGGUUCUCCUGCUCCAUAAUAUAGAACAUCUCCAUCUCUGAGAUUCAAAAAACAUUUAAGCUUAAGUUAGCCAUAGUGGUUUAGCAACCUGUGUUCAGUUCCCACGCCAAAGCAGCAAAUGCUUCGGAAAUGACGUCGAUUAAGAAUCCCAAUUCUUAUUCUUACCUUAACAAAGUUACAUCUUUGAGUUCCCCCAAGUCCUCGUUAAAUAGUUUAACCUCUUCGGGAAUCUCGAGCUCUCUUCGGAGAUCUUCCAAAGAUUGAGGAAUUGCAUAGUACUGGCGCAAUAAUAUGUCAAUGGUGAGUUAGCGGUUUAAACUCUUUUAAAAGGCAAACCAUAGAAAGUGGUUUCAGCUUACCUUUCCGCCGUAUUUCUGACCAAUUGGCCGUACAAGUACACGAGAUACUGCAAAUGAAGUUUCACGAGGAGAAGAUGAUCGGCAAGUCGCCAUGUUCCUCAUCAUUUUGCGCGGGAAAAAUGGUUCGGGACAUUUCAUUGCCACGAUACAUGAAACCUAUUCCGUUAGAGGCACUUUUCGUGCAAUCUUAUACCAAGUCUGAUUUCUGAACCCCGCGUAUAUGCACAUUUUUGCAUGCGUAUACGUGGGCUUUGACAGGUACGCAUAUAUACGGGUUUUUAGCAACGCGUAUAGACGUGCAUUUGAUUUUGCACAUAUCCGCGUAUUAAAUACGCGUAUAUACGCGAUAUAAAUGGUUGUAUAUGGGAUAAAAGCCCAUACAUAGCGAUUAUAAACGAUUAUACGCGGCAAAAAAGCCCACGUACACGAUGUCGUAAUUUUGAAACGGAUGGCCAACCAUAUUUUUCGAGAGUCCACUGUAUGAACGAUCUUAUGAGGGUCACAAUAUUUGUGUACGGUUCAGAUAUCUCAUCUACGGCCCCGGGAGACACUUCCUUCGUAUUUACCAACAACUGAAUUUAACUGACUACCCGCGGAGGCUUAUGUGGGCAGUGAACGAGUCAAACAACACUGAUUUGAUAUGGAAAUACGGAAGAGUGGCACUUCCGAGUGUUACAAAAUACAAUGUAAGGAAAAACAGGUCACCACAUAACCUCUUUGUUGUGUUUUGCCAAGGAACGUCUUAGGGAGAAUUUGGCCCUUUUUCUUUUUAUUAAUCAUGCGUACAUAUGCACGUGAAUACAUACAUACACACACACACACCCAUACAUCUUUUCUCCCUAUUUUCUCCCUUUCAGUACCAAUAUUAAAAGUAAACAUCGUCAGCUAAAUAAAAAAUAAAUAAUCUCUAGCUAAAUUAAAUAUAAUAAAUAAUUAAGAACGAAUAUACUAACAUGAUUUUCUUAAGGCCUAAGGUGGUGGAUAAGACAAAAUUUUGAAAGAAACAGUUCUCUGGAGUAUUAUCACAUGAGCUAAAUUGGGAAAAAAUUAAACGUACAAACUAAAGAGGACUACUGCAAAGACUGACUCACAUUUUUACUCGAAAAUAAAGUCGUUUUUAUCUUCUUUAAAUGAUCUCAUUUUAAAUCUUUAAAGUCAACUAAUCGGCCGCCAUAAUCUUCUUUUCAUUCUCCUUUAUAACAACUGAAUUUCAACAAUAAUGGAAUAGCAAUUUAUACUUCUGCAGGUAUCUCUGGAAGCAGAUUUGGGCAGUGAACCUGGUUAUAUUAGUGUCAGAGGUGUUCACGUGGUUCCAGGAUACUGUCAUCCAUUGCCCCCAAACGCAACUAAAGGUGCAGUGUUGUUUAGCUUAGGCCACGUCCUCAAGAAUCCGGAUAGUUUAAAAUGCCAUUUUUUUUUUUUACACAAAUCGGCCUUCUGUCCACAGGAAACCAGUUACGCUUACCAAAAUCGCAUCCUUUUGAAACCGCGCCACAGAGAGCGUAGAGGCCCCGUCCAAACGAAUCCCGGUAACAAAAUAUGCGGUUUUAAAUAUGUCAAAAUUUCGUGUGGAAGACCCGCGGUAGGUACUUUUAGGCCAAUGGGGAUUUGCCGCUGGAGGGGGUUGCACUUUCGCGACUGGGUUGCCUUUAAUGGGGUUCCUUUUUUACAAUAGAGAUUUUUCCAGUAAGUUAAGUCUGGUGGCAGAAAUAAAAACAAUAAUACGAAAAUGAUUUUCAUUAUUCUGACACUGUUACACAACCUUAUUUUUCCUUACGACUAUGGUGACUGAUGUCGUAGCCUGUUCCAGGCGUUCAGAUAGUACAGCGCGAGAGAAACCAUCUGACUGCCUGGAACAGUCUACUGGUGUCCGUUAACUUUGUUUUAAUGACUAUGAAUUAACUUCCUCUUUCAGAAUGCAACAAAAACUUUACCACAAUGUCUGGCAUAAUUUUAUCUCCACACCACCCUGGGUAUUAUCCACCGCUGAUGCGUUGCCACUGGACCAUCAAUGUUCCUCGCGGAAACACCAUAAAACUGCGAUUCCAGGAAUUCCAAUUGGAAGACCAUCCUUCCUGCUUUAACGACUUCCUAGAUAUAUAUAGUGGACUUAAGCCCAGAAAGUUUAUGGGAAAAUACUGUGGAGAAAGAUUUCCAGCUUUCGUUGAGUCAUCUUCAAAUGUUAUGGUGAUAACCUUCGAGAGCAACGACAACAUUGCCGGGAUAGGUUUCAAACUACUCUAUACCUCAGAGAAAGGUAAGGAAUUGUUAUUAGCUACUUAAAAUUGAUUCAUCAUCCUUUAAGGGUUAAGGCCAAGGAUAUUGCUAACAGCAAUUGCUGGUAACCGGCUGUUUAAGCGGCUGUUAAUGUAAUCGCUUCCCGAUAUAACAUACCUGUAGUCAAACCUCCAUGUGCGACCACCUCCGUUAAGCGACCACUGAUCCAGCAAAACAUCAAAACUUCCCAGUCAAAGCCUUAUAGUUGGAACCUCUGGUAAACGACCACCUCCUGUAAGCGACCGCGACCACUUUUUGGGCCUGAAAGUUUAAUGAUUUUCUAUUGUUUUUAACCUCUUGUAAGUGACCACUUCACGCCUUCUUUGAUCUCUAUGUUCGCUGUGUGCACUAUGCUACCUGAAAUAUACGAAGAACUUUAGUAACUAGGAGUAAUCGGAGCUUAGGAGAGUGCGUUCGAUAUGUUUGUUAGGCGUACAGGUAGCAGUUGAAGGGGAAGAGUGGAUAGUUCUUGCGAUAGAUAAAUAUGAUUAUGGCAUAUUUUGACUCAUUAUGAAAAGGCCUAGGUUUUGAAAGCUUGUGAUAUCGUAUGGGUCGUAUGGUUCGUCUCAAUUGCUUGUAAUUUGAGGAGACAUCGGGCAGAGUGCGUCGACCACAUUUUUUGUCGUUAACGCUGGAGCACAAUGAAUUGUAUUUGAACAGCGGUUCACUUACACUACACCUCUCACACCUUUCAAGGGAAUCAUGAAAGCCUUCAGUGGAAUGUGUGUGCUCACGUCAAUAACUUUUUCAGUAAUUUGGUCGAGUGUGUUGAUUUCAGUGACUUGAGUGGCGCUUCUGUAGGCUGGUUUAUAAGUUUUUCCGAAUAAAUAACAUAAAGCUAAGUGUUCGUUUGUCCGCGGCCGAAAAUAUCACAAGUCCUGAUGAAAUGGCGCCGCCGAGCUUCAUAUCUCGAUAGAUUUACUUUGUGGCACAACAGCCGCCGAGCUACACAACUCGGUAGAUUUACUUUGUGGCACAACAGCCGCCGAGGUACACAACUCCGUAGAUUUACUUUGUGGCACAACGGCCGCCGAGCUAAACAACCCGGUUUCAUUGAUGAAUGCACCAUGGCCAGUUCUGGCACACUUUUCCAAAGACAGUGACGAACCGUGCUGAAAAAUAGGAAGGCUUACCUGUAAUCUAAAGUAAAAUUUUUCCCAGGAUGUUGAACACUUUGGAAGAUUCAACAAACACAGAUCGAUAGUAGACCUUCAACAAACUCUUGAAAUAUGAACGCUUUACGAAGAGAAAUAGCACACCUCAGCAAACGUUUGGAAGAUGAACGCCAAGGACACACGAAUCACCACGUGAGUUAACGCGUCAAAGUGAGGCAAAACGUAGGCAAUCGCCUCAAAGCGAGGCAAAUGUGUGUCGACACAAAUGCAAUCUCGAAAAAACCUCUCUUAUUAAUUGCACGGGACACCCAAUAAUGCAGAGAACACCCACACACCGGACCUCUUCUUGGAAGAGCCUCCCUGUGGUUCGAUUCUUGUAAGCGACCACUAAGUUUUUGCAUUUUGGGAGGUCGCUUACGGAAGGUUCGACUGUAUUGUAAAUAUGUUUUUAAUAAGACGAUGGAUUUUAUCAAGCGGGAAAAACGUUUGAUGUCAUUUCCAAAUUUUAUCAUCAAUUAUAUUUUACAUCCCUUUGGAUGACUUAAUAUUUCUUCGGAAUUGCAAUGUCCCAUAAUAUUUAAAUCAAAUCAUAUGCUCUGAUAUCUACACUAUUCUAUUCUGCAGCAGUUUUACGUGUGGUAGUCACACUGGUAUAUUUCUACAUGAGUCAUUAAAAAUACUGAACAUAAUGACUUUUUAAAACAUUUUUCCUCUUUUUUAGCUGACAUUGAUGAAGUACCUUGUUUUCAAUACGAAGGUAGGCAACAAUUCUUCUCCCUGAACCCGCUUCCCACCCCGAAACUGAAUACACAGUAUAUAUGUUAGGAUUUGGCGUCCCUUCUCUCCGGGGAAAAAACCGGCUAAAUAGUCCAGCACAAACGGCAUCAGGGAUUGGAAAACAAACAGGAAACAAACUACAUAAAGAUUCCCGCCGUGCAGCUACCUCAAUUGUUAUUACGGCUUCUUUGAAAGAAAAUGAAAAAAAAAAAUCAGAAUGUUUUACAAGAAUAAUACAAUUAAUAAAAUGCUAUUUACUAUUUGAGGUUGUCCGUCAAGUUGCGAGUGUCAUCCCGUUUCACGAAAGAGUCUUGAGAUAGUGAUGAAAGUCAAGAAAGGAAGGAAACUGACUGCUUUACCAAGAAACAUUCCUUCCAAGGCAGCCGUGAUGUAAGCUGAUAUCGAUUUCCUGAUACUUGCGUUUGCUAAUUUCGUCAAUAAUUUGUAAAGAGAAAACUAAGGAAAUUACCAUUGUGAGCGAGAUUUGAAUAUCUGAUAUUAGUGUUUACCAAAUCAGUGAAUAGCAAUUUUUGCGCGUUUUGAUUGGCCCCCGUAACUCGGAAUAUCCUUGGCUAUUCACUGUUUUGCGACCGGAGCCAAGAUGGCUCGGAAGACGAAAUUUGAGCGAUAAAUGAAGCAGUCGUACAAACAAAUACCAAGAAAGCGACGAACUUUGGCUUGUCGGUGUUUACUGGUAGGUAGAAAAUUAUUUUCAUGCUAAAUUUGCAAGAAAAUCGAAAAUUAAUGCACUUGACAAAAUGCCCGAAUGCCUGUAAAUUGUAAACAAAGUUCCCCGUUUAAUGUACAAAAACUUUUGUUUUUUUUGUUUUCAUCCAACUGAUUUGGUAAAUUAAAUACCAAAACAACUAUCCCCCUAUGGGUCGGUGAACAGCGCUAGAUAUGUAACCCGACGCUUCGCGUCUCCAUAUAUAACCCCACUAUUCAUCUCCCCUUCGGGGGAUAGUUGUAUACUAAUUACCAUUAAGUUUUGCAAAAUUGGGCUGCGAAUUGCUCCAAGACGUCUCAAAUGUUCAAGAUGAUAUAUCAACACUCUAUGUAGUCCGAUGCAGUGUUUGUAUCGAUUUUCAACACCUUAAAGUUAAGUAGAUUGUGUUUGCACAGCACUUCUGGAUUUCUUGAUUUAUUAAUCGCAUCAUACUUAAGUGGGUGUUGAUUUGCAGUCGCAUCCAAAAAGAUCUUUUCCAUGUAAAUAUUAAUGCUCCGCCUUUUCUAAGAUCGAAGACAAAUAUUACUGAGAUUGCCUUUUCUCUCUUUACCCAAAACAUGAGAUUGUCAUCUCUUCUCGGUAUGCUAAUGUUUUUCUUUGAAUAGAUUUUUCCCCUUUCAUUAAUAGUAAUCCACAAAAAUUAAGAGAGAAAAAUUAGAAUUAAACCAACGAUUAAAUUGCACCGCAAUUAAAUAGCUGAUUUUGACUGAGAACUAAACUUGAAAAAUUAUAUUUUACUGCUUCUGAUCUUUUCAGACUAUUUCAGAGGAAUAAAAUAUCCUAUCUACCCAAGAAACAACUCUCUUAUAUGUCAAGUCUGAAGUAUUUGUAAGUUUCUGAUUAACACUUAUUUUUAGUGAGUAAACAGUACGUUUAUUUUUUAACAGUAUAUUCUAAAAAUAUCUCAUAAAAUCUCUUCAGGGACCUGAGUGGAAACCGCAUCUUCAGAAUUGAAGGAGGUGCAUUCGGCAAUGCAUCUGUGCUACAAACUUUGUAAGUGUAAAACUGAAAACAAAGAAUUCCCUUUAAAUAACUAAAAAGUCACUAAAAUGUUUACGUUAAGUUCAUGCCCCAGCUGUUCAAACGGUGAAUUACGCUUUUCCACAGGAUAAAUCUCGCCAAUUCCUUAAAACUUAUAAUUACCCCGGCGCGGGAUAGUGAUUUAUCCGGUUGAUAGCGCUACACUAUUUUUUUUUUUCCCAUAAGAGUAAAUUAUAUUUUAGAAGAAAAUUGAGGCUGAAAUUUAUGAAAUUUUAAGAAUAUUUCAAGAAUAAACCCGAGGCUGAGAAUUUGAAAAGGACGUCUCAAUUUUGUAUGUUGAAAAUCCCUAAAUACAGUACAAUUAUAUGCUUUGACUUAACUGCAUAAAAUUACUCCUUUCUCUAAACGGCGCUGGAGACAGAUCUAGACACAGAACACUAUGGCAAUUGAAACCUCAAUACAAAUGUAAAGUGGAAAUGUUAUAAGCUAUAAUUUAUAAUUAAGAAUAAUUUAAGCAUAUUUUCAGCCUAAAAUCGACAGAAAAAUAAGGAUAUUCUACCUGGGACGGAAAAACAACAUUCUUAUAUAAAAAAAGAGUAUACCCAUCCAACGUUUAAACAACCAGGCCCAAAGCAUUAACUGGGCUUCCACUAAAACUCAGUUGACCUGUAGCCACAACAACUUUUACAAAUCUAUAAACCUUUAAAAAUUAGGAAUAGUCUUUAAACGUUUUCUUUAAGGGAGUUUCUCUUAAAUUUAUAGCACCCAUUCCUGGCUUAUCUCAAAGGAUUGUUUACAUUUCAGGAAACUUGACUCGAAUUUCAUACGGGCCUUACCUAACGGCAUGUUGGACAACAUGAACAAUCUUCAGACUCUGUGAGUUUAUUAUCAUUAUUUUUAUUUUAAUUUCUUUGUCAUCAAAAUAAUAUACCGUAAAUCCUCUAUUAAUCCCUUCCCCGCCCCUCUCAAAUAAUCCCCCUCCCUCUAAUAAGCCCCCCCUUUUCAGGAGAGUAAAGUUAAUAAGCCCCUCCCCUCUCUUUUAACCCUCCCUCCCUCCCCUAAUUAUUCUUCACUAAUAAAUGAUGGACUUUAUUAAUCAAUCAGGGCUGAAAAACUUCGUGUGGACUGAUCCGGAAUGGUUUAUUUACCACCUGGAAGUUCGGGUUUGAUUCUGAUCCUCGACUGCCUGACCUCAAACCGUCUUGUACUUGUACUUUUCUCUCUUCUUUAUGGAGUACUGAUACCAUCGUCUUUUCUAAAUUAAGUAAGCCCCCGCUCCCUUCUCAAAUAAGCCUCCCCUCAAAUGAGGAAUAAAGAAACCCCCAGGAGCUUAUUAAAGGAUUUACGGUAAACUAUCUUUUUUCCUAUUUUCUCUAAGGGACUGCAGCGCUAAUUUGAUUGACACCAUUUCGACGGAAACAUUCAGUGCGUCGUUAGCAUCGUUGACUACUUUGUAAGUAAUCGAACGUAGCAUUAAAAAAAAAUAACAAUCAGACUGGCCAACAUUUUAUCUGAUUGAUGUUUGAUAUAUUUUUUUCUUCUUAGGAGCCUUAGGCAAAAUCGCAUAAAAAGCAUUGAAAAGGACGCAUUUAAAUCGAUGAGUAACUUACAACACCUGUGAGUGACACAAUACAUACGUAUUGUAUUUGUUUGCCAAUUUUAUUUAUUUACCAGCUUUUCUGGACACUGGCCUGCCCAGAGGAAUUGUGCACGAACUGGACUCAGGUCCCAUGCGAGGUGCCAUCCCUACCCAAUCCCACAACCCGUAAAGGUUGGCCACAUCACCGGGGUCUACGACCCCUACUCUUUUCGAAUAGUGAUGUGGGUUCUUUUACGUCCCACAAAAACAAAUCAGUGAAAGUGCUGUGAGACGGGACCUACGGUUUUUCGUCCUUAUCCGAGAAGACUAGAAAGUCUAACCAUUUGCAGAUGUCAUUACAAAGGCAGCACUUUCUUCUCAGUUAUUUAAAGACCCUGAGUGUUGGUCCGGCCGGGUUUGAAUCCGCGACCUCCCUCUCGGCAGACCGGCGCUCUCCCAACUGAGCUAACCAGGCUCCGGUAAACAGUAUUUUUCCUGAUUAAUUUUGCUUUUAUUUAAAACCCAAUGUAGAUACCUUCAGCAAAAUGCGGUGAAAGAGAUACCUGAUGGCUUAUUUCUUGGUUUAUCCAGUCUAAAGAUAUUGUAAGUUAAUCUGAAGAAUUAACAGUUAGCACCACGAAAGAGGCGUAAGAGUUGCUCGAGGCGCGGCCUUGAAACUGGGAGAAAGUUUUCUCAAGUCUUUGAACAUAGCAUUCUAAAAGGUUAUAUAAUCUAUACUGAGGCGCCGAAAAAAUAUUAAUUCACCUAAAAAGUCUUUUUGAGAGAAACAACUUUGCAAAAAAUGAUUAGCACACGCCAUCGCCUGCACAGCUCGCGCAGAUAACAACAACAACAACACUCGCCUCUCUUUCCUACUAUCGUUUAACAUUUUCAAAAGCUUUCUCUUAAAUUUAAGUUAUAAAACACAUGGUUAACGCUACCUCCUGCACUGUUGAGUUCUGGAUGCUCUUGGGAGGACUGGUAAGCUCACAAUAACUCGAGGUACGGGUAUAGUUUAUUGACGUCAUCAGCGCGCUCAAUGGGAAUGGGCUCCCACGCGCUUUUGACUUUGAUUGGGCAAAUAUUCUAACUAUGUUAUGAAACAUUACUUAAUGAAUUCAAACAUCUUUUGUCUUGGAUUCCCCUUCUUACAACUAGGCCGAAAGAAAAAACGUGAAAAAAGAUGCGAAAUCGGGAAAUCUGUUUUGCCGUUGCACUUUCUCAGGGUAAGAAUUUCAUCCUCCCUAUGCGAAAAAAAAAACAGAAAUGGUGAUAUUUUUUUGAUUUCAGAAACCUUAAUGCUAACCAGAUCAUGCGGUUAUCUUCAAAGACAUUUGCUGGGCUGCCAUCCUUGGAGAAACUGUAAGUGGACCUUGCACAAAAACGUGAUGAGUAACAGGUUGGAGUUAUCAUAAAAUCUUUAAGUUUCUUGCAUAUCGCAAGACUUCAAAAAAACAAAUCCGUUUCAAAGAUAAGGCAAUUCCGUCAUUGGGAUAUUUUAAAACACUGCUACUAUCGUAUCAAAAGUAUAAGCUAGGGGUUGACAAGUUACCAAAUGUUUCUUUUUCGGUUUUUAGGGAUCUCAGGAAUAAUUCCCUUGAUAUCAAAAAGUUCCCAGCAGACGCUUUCAGUGGACUUGAGAACCUUAAAGAAAUGUGAGUUUUGCUUACAACUAGAGUAUCUUUUGCGUGGAAAUUAUAAGGAGUGGCGCUACACUAUCUAGUACCCAGAUUUCCCACGGCCACUUUUGAUCUUUGUUCGAGAUUAGGUGUUAUUACUAGCAAAUGUGUUGUUCCAGAAAAUUGAAACCAAGUUGAAAUUCCAGGUCUGACAUACAUCCCCUGGAAAGGAAAUUCGGGGGACUAAAAGGUGUAAAGCAAAAGUGCCCUCCGUGCGGGGUAUGGAUUUUUCUUGGAACUACACAAUCUUUUCUGCUAAAGCCUGUUUGAAAAACUGUGUACCCUGAUAAUCACUUUUGUAACCAAUUUUCUUCUAAGGUUAUUCUUUGCAGCGUUUUGCAAAAAAAAAAAAAAACUAAUCAGAAGAGGGUAAUGUACUUACGGUAAAUAUUAGCCGAGUCAGAGAUAAAUAUUUAUUAUAUAAACUGCAGUGUUUUACAAGGAUUUCUACCACCGAGAAAUGUGGUAUCUGAACACACGUAAAACUAGGGUAUCUAAAAGAUAGUAAUGCUGCGGCACAUUCUGUUGAUACUGGCAUUAGUUAGGCAGUGAGACUUAAAAGAAUCAAAAAUGACAUUGAAUGUCCUAUUUACAUGUUGGAAAGUACCAGAAUAAUUACUAUCAGUCUAUAGAAAGAACUCGUGGGAACGUUGUUUAGAAAAUGAUCAAGUGGUUAUCAACUCUAGUUUUCCCACAAUAAAUUGUAGGAAAUAAUAGAAAUUCAGAUCGUUUAUCCAUAUAUUUAAUAUACGGUGCACGAUAUUUUCUCUGGAAACACAAUACUUUUCUUGCUGUUUGUUGCACUUUAUUAAGUAACAGUUAUUUAGCUAUAAAUUUAUAGAAAACAACAACACAAAAAACGGAAAAAAAAAGAAAGAAGGAGUAAAUAAUUCAGUAGAACUCGAACCCGGCACAUUCGACUCCACGCGACUACACCCAACCACUACACCACAGAGGCUGAUGUCUUUAGGAAAAGUCUUUCAUUUUAUUCCUUUUCCAUGAAACUUCCGCCGGCAAGAUGAUCGCCAGCCGCAUUAACUGAGCUAUUAGCAGUGAAAAAACAAUGUAAAGGCAUAUUCCAUGGCAAUAAAUGAAUGAAAGAACAUUAUUAUGCUUUUCAAAACGCCGAUACACGUCCUCGUCCUCGUAGGACACAAAACAUAUGUUUUGUUAUCUCGAUUUCCGCUGUUAUUUUGAAGCGAAUGGUCAAAAUCACAUCCAUUUUCGGCUCAUACAGUUUCUUAAGAAUAGCAUUGCAUGACAUUUUCUCACUUUCACAUCACCUUCUAGCAAGCUGGAAUUUGCAUAUCCCCCGUGUUGCGGAGUCGAAGAGCAAAUGCUCAUCUUCUCGUCAGGUUUAACACCUGGACGAGUCAAAAAAGGCUCUUGAAUUGAAAUCCAAUCCCCAAGUUAACCACCGUACUCAUCUGAAAGACUCCUGCGUGUCUUAAAAUUUGGUAAGACCUCUAACCGUGCUGUAGAAAAUUUGCCACAAAGAAAACUCUAAGUCUGAGCAGCGAACGAUGCACUCUCUCACCCACCGAACUUCCCCGUGUUUUUAUUUGAGUUGUUUGUGGCGCAAUGCACUCCGGUUAAAUGCAAUGCAUUGUGGUAAAAAGUGUGGUUAAAUGCAAUGCAUUGUGGUAAAAAGUGAUGAAUUCGAGAAUUCGUCGCCCCUUAUAUAUUUCCUUUAAAUCCUGAUUAUGUUGCUGCUCGCUCCCUUCGGUCGCUCCGCAGCAAAUACGAUAUUUUUACUUGUGAAGAUAUCGAUAAUUUCACUGACAUCAGGUUUGUCUCUUAAAUUGUACUUAAAUUCGUUAGUGUAUCAUCGAAACAUCUUCGGAUCUUCCUCGAAAGUGCUCGGCAAUCUUCGGAAAUCUUCGGACAUCUUCGGAAAUUUUCGGAAAUUCUCGGAAAAUGUUCGGGAACGUUCGUCUGGUCUUCGGGACAAUUUGAAAAAUCUUCGGAAAUCUUCGGAAGGUGGUCGGAAAUCUUCGGAAAAUCAUCAAAAACGCCGUCAUCAGUAUGUUUAUAUAAUAAAAAGAAUAUUUAACAAUUAUUCUUUGAAAUCGAGGUGAAUAGUGGCAAAAUAUUUACCGAGCCGCGAAAGCGGCGAGGUAAAUAUUCCCAAAGCCACUAUUCACCGAGAUUGAGAAGAAUAAUUGUUUUAGUAUAUACACACGAAGUGAUCUCAACAAAAUCAGAAAGGAAACCAUUCAAAAGUAGGAUUUGAUUGACAGAUCAAAUCACGCGUAAGUUUAAAAAUAGAUCUUUGCAGAAUUUUCAAACAUGGCAAUUCACAAGUUUACUCAUUUCGCAAACAACAGCGUAAUGGCUUCAAUGGAAUCGCUAAAAGUUUGAACUGUUUCCUUACCUGAGAAAAAAAAAAAGUAGAGCUGUGUUGUUUUCUGUUGUCUCGCCAAGUUUAUAGCCAAAAGGGCAUGUUGUGUCGUUCUUCGCAUGAAGUGCUGACAAAAUGGCGGCUCGGUUGCUCGAGGUAAGAGGUCGUCUUCCUGUAUCAUUCUUUUUCCUGUUUACUUGAAAUGUAGAAUUUCUGCAAACAUUUCCUUUUAAAUUUGUUUGUCAUAAAUAAACUUCGAUUUUUGAGCCAAAAUUUUCUUCUUAGAAAACGCUGAGUUCACGAAACGGCUUCUUCUACGCGAAUACACGGGAGUUGUAAACAAUCCAUCGAGCACAAAACUCCUGCUACAGUAAAUUGAAAAACGCCGUAUUGAAUCCUUCCAAGUCUUUUCUUGCCUUAAAAAAAGUCAGCCCUAGGAUUUUGUCGACUUUUAAAAGAUCGUUCUCUAAAAAAAACGGGAAAAACACCGAGCUCACACAUUAUCCACUCGCUAGGAGGUGAAUAUUGUUGAAUAGUCCGAGAUAGCGAACCAAUCAGAUUGCUUAAAUCACCAAGAUCACUGAGUGUGUAUAUACUAAUACACGUUAGCUCGAAGAUAUGAAUUUUAUGUUCUCGUGGCAAGAGCAAUAUCUCACUCAUUCGCUGCGCUCACUCGUGAGAUAUUGUUCUUGCCACUCGAACAUAAAAUUCAUAUCUUCUCGCCACCGUGUAAUAUUCUCUAUAUCUUUAAUACUCCAGUGCAGUAAGAAACUUGAUAUUUUAUUAUUUGUUUUCUUUUCAGUUAUUUGGACGAGUAUAUUCUUUGUUGUUAUGCCGAAAACGUAGUACCUGGGGUUCGCUGCAUCUCACCCAAAGACGAAUUUUCUAGCUGUUCUGACUUGAUGAAAAACAAAGGUGUUCAGAUUUGUGUUUGGAUUUUGGGGCUUACUGCUCUUGUUGGAAAUCUUCUCGUUAUUCUAUUGAGAGUUUUUGUGAAAGAAGACAACAAAGUGCAUUCAUUUCUUCUGACAAAUCUGGCUAUUUCAGAUCUACUAAUGGGUGUCUAUUUGCUUAUCAUUGCCUUCAAAGAUGUACAAUGGCAAGGUGAAUACUUUAAACAUGAUGUCAAUUGGAGAUCGGGGCUGACAUGCGCAUUUACGGGGGUCCUUUCGAUGGCAUCAAGUGAGAUAUCUGUGUUGAUGCUGACUCUUAUCACAACCGAUAGACUUAUUUGUAUUGUUUUCCCGUUUAAAAUGCGACGGAUAAAUCGCAAGCGUUCUUUCAUUAUUGUGGGAGGUAUAUGGGUUCUUGGAACAAUGAUAUCAAUCAUUCCAACCUUAGGGUUUGAUUACUUCUUUGACAAAAAGCGCGAAGUUGGAUUUUAUGGAAAAUCAGCUGUUUGCCUUCCUCUUCAACUGUCAACAGAGAGACAAGCUGGCUGGGAAUAUGCGGUUAGCAUUUUUAUCAUUCUAAACUUUGUCUCCUUUAUGUAUAUUCUCACUGCAUAUACAGCAAUGUACUUAAGGGUCAAGGGAGUUGCAAAACAGGUCAGGUCAACAAACAUGAAGAGAGAAUCCAAAAUGGCUAAGAGAAUGAUGCUUAUUGUCUUAACUGAUUUCUUGUGUUGGAUGCCUAUUAUUGUCAUUGGCCUUCUAUCCUUGCUCGGAAAAUUUCAUGAUCCUGAGAAACAAGCCUACGUUUGGAUUGCGGUGUUUGUUCUCCCAGUGAACUCUGCUCUCAAUCCAAUAUUGUACACAUUUUCUACUCCACUCGUUAAAAGAAAAGUGGGUGAACACACUGAUUCACUUAUCUCUUUCUUGGAACGUACAGUGUGGCGGCCGAAGAGAAACCCAGGUGUGUUAUCAGGGAGCUUAUUUAACAAGCAAAGGUGUUUUUUAGCGACGCACGUCAACCGAAAUUGGACUUUUUUGUAUUCUUGGGCAGUGCAGUGGUUUUGCCCAAAUCCUCGGGCAAAUUGUCUCUAUAAGACAACAGACAUCGAGCAAUACAAAUAGGUCAAGGUCGUUGGCAGGAAAAGGCCUCACUUCCGUUUGCGUGCAUCCUUCAAAUACGCCUUUCCUUAAUAAGCUCCGUAUUACCGUUUUUUUGUCGUAAUCUCCCUUAUAAACCCCCUCACUGACUUUUUAGCGGGGAAAUCUGUUAGAGAGAUAAAGGUACGUUAUGUUAAUGCGUACUAUAUAGCCAUGGCUGAAAAAGUAAGUCAUUGAGCGAAGAUGGGGCAAGUUUUCAGUUCCCCAUAAUAAACUGACGGUGUACGUUACAACCCUUUAAUACAUGCACUGUAAGCCACAAGGAAAUGUCAUGAAACCAUUUAAUAACCAAGUUGACGUCGAAACAGGAUAUUCUGGUUUGUUUCUAAUUUUAUUUUCUACUUAGCCGCCAUUGUAGGUCUGAAUACAGUGAAAACUACUCUACCGUUUGUUUACUUGUUUGUUACGUAAUAAAGUGAUCUUUUUUCGUCUCUAUGGUCGGUGUCUAUUCAGUUCUAACGGCUGCAUGCGCAAGGACUCAUUAAAAUUAGUAUAGUCUACAAAAUAAACCACCAAAAAACCCGAUACCUUCUCUUUAAACAAAUUGUACGUACGAUACAUUAGCAAAAAAACUUUUGGUUGACAUGUUUUUUUCUUGUACGUUAAUAGCAAAAGGCAAGGUAAUGCCGUUGAAGCCGUUGCCGACCUCGAAUCCAAACAAAUCCAACUGUCAACCAGACGAGAUUCUAGAACAUGAGAGACCCGAGUCAGAGCUGAAACUCGUUGAAAUACCAGGCAUAUUUGCAGAUGAAACCUCUCUGUCAGUGGUAGGUCUUGUCACAAUUUUUGUAGUAGUAACGUUUUAUGAUACGCCGAGAGAAAAUCAUAUGUAUGAGUGCUAAGGGACGGACCAUUAGAAAAGUUAUGGAGAGGGGGGAAGGGGAAUUUUGGAGCCGCAGGAAUUUUUUUUUGUUAUCAAAUUGCUUGUAUGAAUUUUUUUUAGGCCAUAGCAUGAAUAUUUUUUUAGGAUUAAUUGGCGUGCAUGAAUUUUUUUUCAUUUAAUUUUCCCUUGCGCGAAUAUUUUUUUUGUACUUCGUCCGCCCGCCCCCAACACCCCCUUAUAAGUCUUCUAAUGGUCCGUCCCUAAUGGGGGCGAAGGGGUGACCCUUGGUAAAGAUUGCAAAAGCGUUUCAACCGCAUACCAGCACUUCUGAACCAGAUAUUGAUAUUUUUCAGUAGUAUGAUAGGGAUAUUUUAUUCCCUUUUCUUGCGCAAAUAUCUUGUGCAUUUGUGGAGGAAUACAUAAAUGUCGAUGACAUCAAGUUCUGUAGUUUGACAUGAAUCGCUUUUCUUGAAAACGUCACAGAUUUUGCCGAUUGGUUGAGAGAAACUAGAAUAUGCUUUUUUGUUGAUAUAUUUUGCAAAUCAACUUUGUUGGUUACCUAAAAGUGAACAAUAAUUAUUAUCCUUUUCUGGUUUUUUGACUUUUGGCAGGCAUAUAGUGCACAUCUGUCAGUGCAAUAAAGGCGAAUUGGUUUUGGUAACACUACAAUUUUAUGUUUCCUCAAACACUAUCACCAUCACAAAAACUGAACAUGACAUCAUCCGAUUUAAGAAGUUCCUUGGCAUCUUCAUAGCGUCUGCAAUGUUAAUGUGGUACUGCACAAAAAUGGGGCUAAACAUUCCUACUACAUUUCUAUUGUCUGUCUAUAAGUGCUUUCCAACUUAAUGACAUUAUUGACUCUUAUCAAGACGCACUUAAAAGCCUUUAAUCGAGUUUGCUUGGAGAUUACCUAUGAAGUAAAGAGGCGAUUAAUUCUACACGAAACAGAAUUUCUUCGGUAAAAGUUUUUUACGUCCUACUUUAUCGAACGUCGAGUAUUCUUCAGGAUAUUUACUUUUUAUACCGUAUUCGACGAUUUGUUUCUGGAUUGAUGGAGUACACGUGUAUAAACACACGAAAAUUGAAGGGCCUCGAUUCGAGAGAAAUUACAUCAUUGCCGAAGAGCAAAAAAGUGAUGAACAUGGCGCGUCAUUUCAAUCAUUGCCGAAAAUAAACCGCAUGCUCAUUACGAGACUUAUUUUCAUUUAAUAAAAAUCUACAACAGUUAACCCGUUAGCCUCACCAUCGAAGUUUUGCUCAUAAAGAUUUUUCGUUUUUUCAACCACUGAAGUAUUCACUUAUUCCAAAGAAAUCAACUCUUUCAAGCGAUAGAUUCGUGGACCGACCCGUUCCGAAAAAGCUCGACAUCUUUCGCAUUAAAGUUUCCUAAGCUUUCUUCACAAAACAUGUACGGCGCUCUGAAUAUGUCGUCGGUCACGUCACUAUUCUUCUCCCCAGUUUCCACGGUCUCCGCUAGGAACGCCUGGGACUAUGACCCCUUCUGGUGAGAACACACGAAAGAAAAAAGGAAGAAGAAGAAAGAAACACUUGCAUUGUUUGAGUCUCUCUCGCUUUUAAGCAAGCUCGACUAAUCACCAGUUUUUUUUUUAAAUGUGAUUAUCAUCAGGGCUGAGUUGAGUUAAAUGUUUAGAAAUUCUCACUUUCUGUCAUGUUUGCUACUUUUUGUAACAAAUAUACUUUGACUGACGCAUAAAAAAAACCUACGUUUUAUUGGAGCCUGCGUAGCAGGCGGUUUUUUGGUGUGUUUUUCGUUCGUAUUUCGUACGCUAAGAGGUCAAACGAGCCGCACGAAAGCUGAACCGAGGUCAUACGAGAAAACGAUGGAGGAGGGUGCGAGAGAAAGACUGAAGAGAGUGUCUGUUUUCUUUCCCUUGCCUCCUCCCCCAUCCUUUUCUAGUUUGACCUCGUUUCAGCUUUCGCACGGCUGUAUCCCUUACUUUACGAAACACAAACGAACACACCCCCUAGAAAAGAAACAAAAUAAAACAACCGCCACCUACGCACGCUAGUUUUAUUGAAGUCCUUAUCUUGGCUCAAAACUAGUAGAGUCUGAAACAUGUUAUUUUUUGGAAAGUAUGACACAGUUUAUAAAAGAUUAUUGUUCAGUCUGUGGCAACGGUGAAUUCCUCACCCUUUGCCAUUUAUAUUUAAGGUCCUUUACAGUGGGAACGAGAAGUGACGUUGUCCUACACAAUUCAUGAAAGUCUAACCUUGGUUUUUUUCAUUUGGUUUUUAAGGGAUUUGUUGUGGCGUGUUCCGGAAGUGAAGAGAACUCACGUGUUCGACUGAUAAAGCACUUCUCAAAGAUAAAAGAAGAGGGCUGGAGCAAGGAAGUGGAAUUGGCAAAGGAGCUUAGGCAGGGACUGGAGCAUCCCAAUAUAAUCAAAUACUGCUGGCACUCUGCAAGUAUGCGGCAGAUAACAAAUACUUUGUCUUAUUCCAAUGUUGAAUAAAUGGUGACGGAAGAAAAUGUAUUAUCCAAAGCAUACAGCUUGAAUUCCCAGCUUAACGCCUUAGCAAUUUUCCAAAAUAUUCGACCUUUGGUUCGGCGUGGGGGCGUAUCACAUUAUGAGGUGCUCCGUCCAACACAUUCUUGGACCAAAAUGUUAAGGCUGCUCUGAUUUAAUUGUACUUAUUACUUGUAGCUGUAAUCUCAUCGACUGAUUGUCAGUAAGAAUAGUAUUUGCCAUCUGAGAGUUUCUUUUACUUUUUGCAGCCGAAAAAAGUGUUGUGAACUACAAGAAAGCAGAGGGAUUCCCAAGAUUCAAGAAAAGUUCAUUGUAAUUGAAACCUUUCUUUUCUUUUAGCCUGACAGGUAUUAAUAACAAGUGAUCUGAACUGCGUACAAGAGAUUUGUAGUGGUUGGCCAUGUUAACCGGAUUCUUCGAUAUUAAACAGAGUUUAAGUGAUCUAGCUUGUGACUUGGUGGCAGAUCGGAAGCCCCUAUCACGGGAACGUGAAAGACGUUUCAACUUUUUUCUUUGUCUUUUAUUUCUUCAGUUAUGUCAGGCUUUCGAGGAAACUACGACUGUCAGGAUUGUUUCCAUUUCUUAAUGGUUAUAUUUUUACAGGCCAUUGACAUUAGAAAGAGCUGAAAUCUUCCAAAACUAUAUAAAAAUUAAGAGGUUUUUAUACCCCAUUGUUCUUCCUUUUCAUCUUUUUUCUCUUUUUUCCCAUUAAUAGUUUAUUGUGUUUCGACUUUUCUGCAAACACAACUUUGGAGGAGUAUUUGAUAAGUGACGGGAUUGUUUUAAAUCUGGACUCCCUUAUCGCUGUGGCUAUGGACUUGAUCUCCGCCAUACAACACUUGGAACAGAAAGGCGUCGUCCAUAACAACAUAACAACGUCCAGUGUAUUGAUAGGCAAAGGAUUUAGGGUGAGUUAAAAAGCAUUAGGAUGCCUUAUAAAGCCAGCAACUCCUGAAGGUUGAAGUUACUGUUUAUUUGCCGUACAGAUUUUCGCAUCUUUCUGUUGAUUUUAUAACAUUUCUAACAUGACAGACAAUACAUUCUGAAAGAAUGACGUAUACCGGCUGUGAUGGUGUACGUCAGUGAGUCAUUUGACUAAACUUCCUCAGGACCAGGGAACAGAGAAAUCCUCAUCAAAAUUGUGUUGAAGAAAACCUCAAUUACUUGAUAUCUUUCAAUUUUGCUUAGAGCGCUUUUAUUGAUCCCCUAGCUUGUUUUCUUCCAGGUGCCUCCAAUAACUGCUGUCUUGGGAAGUUUUGGCUUCGCUCAGCGUGUCUCUCAGGAUUUUCCUGAAUGUAUUUUAAAUGGUCACUCAGUGAAGGACAUUUUAGGAAAGAAUAUACUUCAGUUUGGUUUCGUUCUGAGUGAAAUGAUGAGGAAUUGCUGCGACUCUAAUGAAUUUGAGGAGGUAUUACUGUUAUGUUGUUGUUUGUUGUUGUUUUGCAGUUAAUUUUUAUUUCAGUUAAUUUUUAUUUUUCCUUUGUUUCAAAUUUAUUAGCAUACCUUACCAUACCCAAAAACAAUAGAAACAUAAAAAUUAACUGAGAUAAAAAUUAACUACAACAUCAAUUAUUGGAAUUUUAAAAGAUACCUCUGCCUCACGUGACCCUUGCUUAAGAUAUGGCAUGCACGUACAUUGAGGUUUACAGAGCCUUGUCUGGGAGGCUAGACAUCAGUGUAGGAUCAAAACAGCUAAGAAGGGGAACCUUGAUUAAAGUCCAUUGGACUGAUUCCUGAAGAACCUUAUGCUUCAAUAUAUAGUUUUGCAGAAAAACAGCAGUUGUAAGAGUGGUAACUAGUCGCAGUAGCAGCUUUAGCAGUAGUGGUGGUGUUCUCUCGUAGCAGUAAGUUGUAGCUUGCUGUAGCAGUACAGCAGGAUCAGAUUAUUUCUUAACGGUUUCUUAUAAAUGAUGACUGUAAGAGUGCUGCUAUUAGUAGCAACAACAUGGUUAUGUUUUUUUGUCUGCACCAUGGUUUCCAAUCUUUACCGUACAUCACGUUUACGCAUAAUUCAGUAGCCUUUAAAAUUUCUACAUCAUAUCACAGGCCAACAAACUAAGAAUGCUAAUUUAAGAAGACCAAGCAAACUAAAAUUUAAUUUAGUUGGCCAUAAUGUAAAUAUAGGUGUUAAUAGUAAGAUUUUUUUCUUACAUUUUUUUUAAUUUACUUAUACAUUUCUUUUUUUAGCUUCAAGAGUUGAUGCUUUUGUGCCUUGAACAAAAUCCUGAAGUGAGACCAAACGCAUGUCAAGCAAAAGACCUGGUAGAGAAACUGUGGUAUCGCAAUGAUAUCUGGGAUACUCCAUUGUAG